AUGUCAACACAGGCGCCAACAUUUACACAGCCGCUGCAGAGCGUUGUGGCACUAGAGGGUAGUGCCGCAACGUUCGAGGCGCAAGUUAGUGGUAAUCCAGUUCCCGAGGUGAGCUGGUUCCGUGAUGGCCAGGUUCUUUCCGCUGCCGCUCUGCCCGGCGCACAGAUCUCGUUCAGCGAUGGCCGCGCUGUUCUGAUGAUCCCUGCUGUGACAGCCGCGCACAGUGGAAGAUUUUCUGUGAGAGCCACCAAUGGUGCUGGACAAGCCACUAGCACCGCUGAACUUCUUGUUACAGUGGAGACCGCACCACCCAACUUUAUUCAGAGACUUCAGAGUAUGACCGUGAGACAAGGAAGCCAAGUGAGACUGGAUGUUCGUGUUGCAGGAAUCCCUACACCUGUGGUAAAGUUCUACAGAGAGGGAGCUGAGAUACAGAGCUCUGCUGACUUUCAGAUUGUUCAAGAAGGAGACCUUUACAGUUUGUUGAUUGCCGAAGCCUUCCCAGAGGAUUCUGGAACUUACUCUGUAAAUGCUUCAAACAGCAGUGGACGGGCUACCUCCACUGCUGAACUACUGGUUCAAGGUGAAGAGGUAGCAGUCCCUGCUAAGAAGACAAAGACUAUUAUGUCAACAUCUUCUCAGAUGGCGUCUUCUCAGACCCGCCAGACCAGAGAGACCAGAAGAGUGGAGUCACAUUUCCAGUCCAGCUCUAUGAUGGAAAUGCGCGUUGAAGGUGGUGUAGUGACCCAGACAUUGGCACACAAGACCCCACCACGUGUGCCUCCAAAGCCAACCUCAACCUCCAAGUCCCCAACACCACCUUCUCUUGCAGCCAGGGUUGCAGGGGGACGUCAUCAGUCACCAUCACCUGUGAGACAUGUCAAGGCGCCCACUCCGGCCCCUGUCAGGUCUGCUUCUCCCACUUCUGCCUCAAGACUGUCUGUGUCACCAAUCAGACCAGUCAAAUCCCCACUGACCACACGCAAACAAGUAUCCCAUAGUCCAGAUGUGCCUCCACCAUGGAAGCAGGGAGAGGGAUUUGUGGCGGAGUCCAGCUACAGCAUGACCGCUGCCUCUAGUGCCAGUCAUGUCCAGUCUUCUGCCACCCAUGCUCACAUGGAGCAGCACUGGGAGGGCUCUUAUGGAUUGAAAACGACUGGUGCCGCUGUAUCUGGUGUCGCUGUGAGAGAGCGCCAGCAUCAUGAUACGGAUGAUAAAGUGAUUGCUGUAGUUACCGUGGUAGCAGCGGUGGACCAGGCACGUAGCUGCAACUCCCAGUCUGUAGACAGAUCCUGCACACAGACACACUCUGCUGCUGUGUUUAUUGCACAAAUACAGGAGCAGGUUGAGGGUGGGAAAAAAGCGGAGGCAAAGGCUACAGUUGUUGCUGCUGUUGACCAAGCACGUGUUCGGAAGCCAAUGCAUGGAGAGAAGGGUCAUGCUGGAGAGGAAACUUAUGAAUCUGAUUUAAAACAGCAGUCAAUGCUGUCUACCACUGAGCAACAAUUCUCAACGAGGACUGAGGCUGGGCAAAUGCAAACAACAAUUCAAACACUUGCUCCUGAACAGAGUAUUCAUGUCUCCCAGAUGCAAAGAACUACCACUCAAGUGGAUACUGGCCUUGCACCAUCCCCAAUUCCACAUUUCACAGUUUCAAAAGUUAUGGUUCCUAAACCUGACCAUAGCUAUGAGGUUUCGAUAGCAGGUUCUGCUAUUGCCACACUGCAGAAAGAGUUAUCCUCUACCUCUUCACAUGCUGCUCAAAAGAUCAUCAAGCCAGUGAAACCUCCAUCUCAUAAGAUUGUGGUGGCGACAAGAGUGACGCCAGAGCCGACCCCGCCUCCGUUUAAAGAUAUCGCAGACAGAUAUCAGACACAUUUCGACACUCAGUCACAGCAGAAACAGAUAGGCACUUCGUUUUCAGGGGGCAUGGAGCAAAUUUAUGAGGACUGGGAACAACAGGUUGUUGAAACAGCAGUUGUUCCAUCAGCAAUGGAGGAGCCAACUGUGCCACCUACUCUUGUGGCUGGCUUGAACAACGUGACUGUGACUGAGGGUGAAUCUGUGACUCUGGAAUGUCAGAUCACUGGUCACCCUGCCCCUGGCAUCAUGUGGUUCAGAGAGGACUACAGAAUUGAGAGCUCCAUUGACUUCCAGAUCACUUAUGAGAGUAAAUGUGCCCGUCUGGUCAUCCGCGAGGCCUUCGCAGAAGACAGCGGUCGCUUCACUUGCACUGCUACUAGCGAGGCUGGAACCAUCAGUACAUCCUGCUACCUGCUUGUCAAAGUGUCAGAGGAGAUUGAGAGCAGAGAGGACACUACUGUGUCUGAAUAUGUUGAAACUUCUGCAGAGCAUCAGAUUAGCAUUGGAGCCAAGGAGGAGACCAUGUCGGAGGUGAGCGCUGUUGCAGAGACUGUGGAAGCAGCUCCCUUCUUUGUCAAGAAGCCAACUGUGCAGAAGUUGGUGGAGGGCGGAAGAGUUGUCUUUGAGUGCCAGAUCGGAGGCAGCCACAAGCCCAACAUUAUCUGGAAGAAGACUGGAGUGCCCCUUACUACUGGAUACAGAUAUAAAGUGCACUACAAUAAGGAGAGUGGAGUGUGUAAAUUGGAGAUCUCCAUGACGUUUGCUGAUGAUGCUGGAGAGUACUCCAUCUUUGUCAAGAACCCUCUUGGAGAAGAGUCUGCCUCAGCCAGUCUGCUGGAGGAAGAGGAAUAUGAAGAAUACAUGAAGAAACAUGAAGUGACAUAUAAGACUGAAGUGACUACAAUGGUGCAGGAGUCUAGAGUGGCAGAAGUACCAACUGUUGCUGUUAGUGGCUAUGAGGCAGAACAGAGGAUGUACAUGCAAAACAGAAUGGCUCAGCAGGCCCAAGCGACACGCACCUUCAUCUCCGAACAGGAACUCAAGAUUACUGUCGUUGAGGAGAGGAUCAUCCACGAGAUUGAGGUCCGCAUCAUGCAGAUUACAUACCAACAGAUUGUGACUGAGGAUCGGGAAGAGAUGGUGACUUGUGCAGACCGUGAGGCUGUACAGUCAGCCUUUGCCACUCCAGUUAAAAACUACAGAAUCAUGGAAGGAAUGGGGGUCACUUUCCACUGCAAAAUGGCAGGAACUCCAUUGCCCAAGAUUGUGUGGUACAAAGAUGGCAAGCGUAUCCAUCAUGGUGGCCGUUACCAGAUGGAGAGUCUUCAGGAUGGUAGAGCCAGCCUGCGUCUUCCUGUGGUGUUGCCAGAGGAUGAAGGUGUUUACACAGCAUUAGCCAGCAACAUGAAGGGCAACUCUGUAAGCUCUGGGAAACUGUACGUGGUGCCCACUGCAGGAGCAGAAGCUCCACAGAUGCCUGAGUCACCGGCAAUGCAGAGAAUGAGGUCCACAUCCCCACGCUCUACAAGCCGCUCUCCCGGUCGUUCUCCCGGACGCUCUCCUGCUCGCAGACUUGAUGACACUGAUGAGAGUCAGCUGGAAAGACUAUACAAGCCUGUGUUUGUCUUGAAGCCACAGUCAUUCAAGUGUGCUGAAGGGCAGACUGCCAGAUUUGACCUGAAAGUAGUUGGUAGACCCAUGCCUGACACUUUCUGGUUCCACAAUGGACAACAAGUUGUCAAUGAUUACACCCACAAGAUAGUGGUGAAGGAAGAUGGAACUACGUCACUGAUUGUGGUUCCAGCCAUGCCUCAUGACUCUGGAGAGUGGACCGUGGUCGCUCAGAACAGAGCUGGAAGGACCUCUGUCUCCAUGACACUUACAGUUGACGCCAAAGAAAACUUGAUCAGACCCCAGUUUAUUGAAAAGCUGAAGAACAUCAGUGUUAAGCAAGGCACUCUGGUUGAGUUGGCUGUCAAAGCCAUCGGAAACCCCCUGCCUGAUAUUGUUUGGCUGAAAAACAGUGACAUCGUCUCCCCAAUGAAGCACCCAAAUAUCAAGAUUGAAGGCACCAAAGGAGAGGCCAAAUUCCAGAUCCCCCAAACAGUAGGCACUGAUAGUGCUUGGUACACAGCCACAGCCAUUAACAAAGCUGGAAGAGAUACCACUCGCUGCAGGGUCAACAUUGAGGUGGAAACUGCUGAACCUGCACCAGAGAGGAGACUCAUUAUUCCCAAGGGAACAUACAAGGCCAAGGAAAUUGCAGCUCCUGAGUUGGAAUCCCUGCAUCUACGUUAUGGCCAAGAGCAGUGGGAGGAGGCUGACCUAUAUGACAAGGACAAGCAGCAGAAACCACAGUUCAAGAAGAAGCUGACUUCCGUCAGGCUGAAGCAUUCUGGUGCUGUCCACUUUGAAUGCAGACUGACCCCUAUUGGUGACCCCACUAUGGUUGUUGAGUGGUUACUUGAUGGCAAACCCCUUGCAGCUGCUAACAGAUUGCGCAUGGUUAAUGAAUUUGGCUACUGUAGUCUUGACUUUGAAGUUGCCUAUGCCAGAGACAGUGGUGUCAUCACCUGCAGAGCCACUAACACGUUUGGUGCCGAUCAGACCUCGGCUACACUGAUUGUAAAGGAGGAGAAGAGCAUGGUGGAGGAAACUCAGUUACCUGAGGGCAGGAGGGGACUACACAGAAUUGAUGAGAUGGAGCGCAUGGCUCACGAAGGAGGUCCUUCUGGAGUCACUGCAGAUGAAGGUGCUGAGAAGACAAAGCCUGAAAUUGUCCUUCUUCCUGAGAAUGCAAAUGUGCAGGAAGGUGAAAUUGCAAGGUUCCGUUGCAGAGUAACUGGUUAUCCUACACCUAAGGUCAACUGGUACCUCAAUGGGCAGCUCAUUCGCAAGAGCAAGAGAAUGAGACUUCGCUAUGAUGGCAUUUACUAUCUUGAGAUUAUCGAUAUCAAGUCAUACGAUGCAGGAGAUGUCAAAGUCUUAGCAGAGAACCCUGAGGGCACAGCUGAGCAUCUGGUGAAGCUGGAGAUCACACAGAAAGAGGACUUCAGAUCUAUUCUUCGUCGUGCACCAGAGCAUAAGGCCCCAGAGCCUAGCACCAUGGCUGAACAUGGCAGAGUUUCCUUUGAUGUGGUUAAGGUUGAAAAACCAACUGCCAUCAAAGAGACCAAAGAGGUAGUGCAACUAAAGAAGACCGAACGAGUCAUCCAUUCAAAAGCCACAGAGGAGACAGACGAGUUGAAGGGCAAAUUUAAGCGCAGGACAGAGGAAGGUUAUUAUGAAGCCAUCACUGCUGUGGAGCUCAAGUCUCGUAAGAAGGAUGAGUCCUAUGAGGACAUGCUUAGGAAGAGGAAGGAAGAACUGCUUCACCAUCAGAAAAUGUUGUCUGAGGCUGAUAAGAAAAAAGAGGAGGAACGCAAAGUUCAUGUUCCCUCAAUUAAACCAGAGAGAGUAAAGCUCUCUCCCAGCAUGGAAGCUCCAAAAAUCAUUGAACGCAUUGCUAGUCAGACCGUGUCUCAGAUGGAAGAAGUUCACUUCAGAGUCAGAGUUACCGGUAGACCAGACCCUGAGUGCCAGUGGUUCAAGAAUGGAAUUCUGCUGGAGAAAACAGAUCGCAUUUACUCGUUCUGGCCUGAAGACAAUGUAUGUGAAUUAGUGAUCAAAAAGGUCACAGCAGAAGACUCUGCUAGCAUCAUGGUCAAAGCCAUGAACAUUGCUGGAGAGACUUCAAGCCAUGCAUUCUUAUUGGUGCAAGCAAAGACAGUCAUCACCUUCACACAAGAGCUAGAAGAAACCAACGUGAAAGAGAAAGACACCAUGGCGACCUUUGAGUGUGAGACCAAUGAGCCUUUUGUUAAAGUCAAAUGGCUGAUGAACAACGCAGAGAUUUUCUCUGGAGACAAAUACAGGAUGCACUCAGACAGAAAGGUUCAUUUCCUUUCUGUACUGACCAUCAACAUGAAGGACGAUGCAGAAUACAGUUGUGCUGUUAUUGAAGAUGACCACAUCAAGACCACUGCCAGACUCAAUGUGGAAGGUGCCCCACUGUCAAUUGUAAAGAGGCUGGAGAACAUUGAGGUGCCUGAGACCUACUCUGGGGAGUUUGAGUGUGAAGUGUCUCGAGAGGAUGCCGAAGGUGUAUGGCAUUUUGAGAACAAGGAGCUCACUCCCAGCAGCAAGCAUACCAUCUCCUCCCGCCGAGGACGCCACAGUUUAUCUGUGAAAGAUGUAAAGAAAGAAGACCAGGGGAAAUAUACAUUCACCACGGGUGAAUUCAAGACUAGUGCCUCCCUGAAAAUGAAACUGCGCCCUGUGACCCUGUUGCACCCCCUCUCUGAUAUGACAAUCUGUGAGGGUGACAUAAGCCAGUUUGAGGUGCGAUUCUCUCAAGAGGAUGUUGAGGGCACUUGGAUGAAGAAUGGUGUUGUCAUUGAAGCUUCAGAUCGCAUCCACAUUGUUAUUGACAAGCUCAUCCAUAAACUUCUCAUAGAGGAUACAGGCAGGCUUGAUGGAGGAAUGUACUCCUUUGUAGUUCCUGCUCAGGACAUUUCCACCACUGCAAAGCUGACUGUUCAAACGAUUAGCAUCUUGGCCCCACUCAAGGAUAUUACAUCAGUUGAGGGCACCAAGGCUGUUAUGGAGGCUAAAAUCUCUGCUGCAGAUAUUAGCUCAAUUAAGUGGUUCCACAAUGACAAGCUUGUGAUACCCAGCGAGAGAAUCCAGAUUGUUCCAAAGGGAUCCAAACAGCGUCUGGUGUUCAAUAGGACCUUCGCCUCUGAUGAAGGAACCUACAAGCUAUGUGUUGGCAAAGCUGACUCUAGCUGUAAACUGAUAGUCCAAAAAAUUUCAAUUGUGAAGCAAAUGGAGGAUCAAGUUUGCACAGAGACACAGCACGUCACAUUUAAUGUGGAGGUGUCCCACCCUGGCAUUGAUGGUAUCUGGACCUUCAAGAAACAACAUCUGAAAAAUGAUUCCAAGUACAAGAUUGAGGCCAAGGGCAAGAAUUACAGCCUGACUGUCAUUAAUGCCAUGAAGGAUGAAGAAGGGCAAUACACAUUCGCUGCUGGUGAACAGACAUCCAGCGCAAAGCUUACUGUGUCAGGUGGCGCUAUAUCCAGACCGCUGCAUGACAUCAUUGUGGCUGAGUCUCAGACAGCUGAAUUUGAGUGUGAGGUGGCCAACCCAACUGCUGAGGGCAAGUGGCUGAAGGAUGGACAACCUUGUGACUUUGGUGAAAAUAUCAGGAGUGAGAAAAAUGGAGCUGUCAGACGUCUUGUUAUUGUCAUCACCAGACCCCAGGACAUCGGUGAAUACACCUACCAGAUUGCAAACUCCAAGACAACAGCCAACCUGAGAGUUGAAGCUGUGAAAGUCAAGAAGACCCUGAAGAACCAAACUGUCACUGAGACACAAGAAGCAGCAUUCAUUCUGGAGCUCACCCAUGAGAAUGUGAAGGGCUCACAAUGGAUUAAGAAUGGUGUGGAGAUCCAGUCUAGUGAGAAAUAUGAAGUCACCGUUGAUGGCAUGAUCCACACCUUGAAGAUCAAAAACUGCACCAUACACGAUGAAUCAGUUUAUGGAUUCAAACUUGGAAAACUAUCUGCUAAUGCCAGACUGAACGUUGAGGCAAUUACUAUAACGAAGAAGCCUAAAGAUGUGACAUCACUAUUGGAUGCCACUGCCUCUUUUGAGCUGAGCCUGUCUCAUGAUGACAUCCCUAUCAAAUGGAUGUUCAAUAACGUUGAGCUUAAACCAAGUGAAAACAUCAAAAUGCUGUCUGAGAGAAAAUCUCACAAGCUGAUCAUCCAGAAUGUGGAUGACCACAAGGCAGGAGAGUACACUGCUAUGGUCGGACAUGUGCAGUGCAGCACUCAUUUAUAUGUUGAAUCUCUGCGUGUCACAAAACCCAUCAAGAACAUUGAAGUCCCAGAGACCCAGGUGGCCACUUUUGAAUGCGAAGUGUCACAUUUCAAUGUCCCAUCCACCUGGCUGAAGAAUGGAGUGGAGAUAGAAAUGAGUGACAAGUUCAGGAUUGUGGUGCAGGGCAAACUUCACCAGCUCAAGAUCAUGAACACUGGCAGUGAAGACUCUGCAGAAUACACCUUUGUCUGUGGAAAUGACAGAGUCUCUGCAACUCUGAAAGUUAGCCCCAUUUUGAUCACCUCCAUGCUGGAAGACCUCAAUGCACAGGAGAAAGACACCAUCACAUUUGAAGUGAAUGUCAACUAUGAGGGCAUCACCUACAAGUGGCUGAAGAAUGGUGUUGAGAUUCGCUCCACUGACAGAUGCCAGAGCCGCACCAAACACCUAACUCACUCUCUCACCAUCCGAAAUGUUCAUUUUGGUGAUGGUGCAGAGUACAAGUUUGCUGCUGGCUCUGCUGCAACUACAGCCAGCCUAUAUGUUGAUGCACGUGUUAUUGAAUUCACCAAGCACAUCAAAGAUAUCAAGAUCACAGAGAAGAAGAGGGCCACAUUUGAAUGUGAGAUCUCUGAGCCUAAUGCUCAGGUGACGUGGAUGAAGGAUGGACAGGAGCUGGAAAUGUCUGAAAGAUACAAGGUCUCCACUGAGAAAUUCUUGCACCGUCUAAUGAUCCAGUCAGUCCGCCUGUCUGAUGCUGCAGAGUACUCUGUGGUCGCUGGUGCAAGCAUGUCAAAGGCUCAUCUCACCGUGGAGGGGCGUGACAUCCACAUCACAGAACCCGAGGAGAAAGAAUUCACGGUUGUUGAGAAACAAAAAGUGUCGUUUGAGUUUGAAGUCAGUGAGGACGACGUUGAAGGUCGUUGGCUGAGGAACGGUGCUGAGAUGCAGUUCAACCUUGACGAUAGGCUCAACUACAUUGCCAUUAGAAAGGUCCAUCGCAUGACCAUCUCUGAAACCUAUAGAAGUGAUGCAGGGGAGUACACCUUCAUCGCUGGCAAGAACAGGGUCGUGGUGACUCUACAUGUCAAUAUCCCUGAGCCACCUCAGAUAAUUCGCGGCAUGCAGGCCCUGUCUGUGGAGGCUGGCAAACCUGCUAGAUUUUCUGUGGAAGUGACUGGCAUCCCCCAGCCCCAGGUGUUAUGGUACAAGAACUCCCAGGCUCUCUCCCCUGGCUUCAAGUGCAAGUUCCUGCGUGAAGGAAAUGAGCACACUCUGCUUCUCAUCGAAGUGUUCCCAGAGGACGCAGCCUUGUACAACUGUGAGGCCAAGAAUGACGUUGGGCUUGCCACCAGCUCAGCACCACUCAAUGUGGAAGUUUCAGAAGUCGUUUCUCCUGACACUGGAUCUCCACUCUCCAAGCCUGUGAUCAUAACACCAAUGAACAACACCUCAGUCAAUGAGGGAGAGGCUGCUAGGUUCCAGUGCAGAAUCUCUGGUGAAGAUCUAAAGAUAUCUUGGUACGUCCAUAAGAAAGAGAUCGGCCAGUCCGAUGCCUUCAGGAUGUCUCAGUUCGAUGACACCUGCCAGCUGGAGAUUUCCAGAGUGUACCCCGAGGAUGAAGGGGAAUACACCUGUGUUGCCAGAAACUCGGCAGGAAUGGUCACUUGCGCAGGAUAUCUGGCACUUGAAGUAUUGACAGUGGUUGAAAAGGAGGUGGAGAUAAAGGAAAAGGAAGUUAAAGCUUUUUCUAGCUUCACUGUCUCAGCUGAAGAGGAAAAACAGGAUUCUUACUUCACUGGUCUACAAUUAGGCAAAAGAAAAACACUUGAACUCAAGCCAGAGUCCAAACUUUAUUCUAGUACAACAGAGAAGAAAAAAGAAAAGCCAGUUUUUGUGACCCAACUCUCACCAGUAGCUGUCACUAUUGGGGACAUAGCUAGAUUUACUGUCACAAUAUCUUGUCUUCCAAAGCCUAAUGUCCAGUGGUUCCACAAUGGUCGGGUUAUAACAAGUUCAUCAGUUUACACAUUUGUUCAAGAGCGAGACGAAUAUACCCUCGUCAUUAACAAAGUAGAGAAGGAAUUUGAAGGAGAAUACUCAUGUACUGCAAGCAACAGGUUUGGCCAAUCAACCUGUACUACUUUCUUGAACAUCCAAAUAAGUGACACAAAGAAACCAGAGAGGCAGGUUGAGAAAAUGUUCAAACCCACUGGCCAACCACCUGAAUUUAUUAAAACUAUUGAGCCUGUACAAUGCUCUGAAGGUGGUCUAGCUCUCUUCAAGUAUAUUGUCACUGGGAAUCCUCUUCCAGAGGUUCAGUGGCUUAAAGGUAGUUAUCAAAUUCAGCCCAGUAAGUAUUGUAUUGUGGUGAACAACCCAAAUGGCUCUGGCUUCAUCAACAUGAAGGGCAUCCAAAAGGAGGACAGUGGUCUCUACACAUGUAGGGCUUCCAACCCAUCUGGGGAGGCCUCUUGUAGUGCUGAGCUAAUCGUGUUCAGAGAGUCUGUCUCUAUAUCUCAGCACCAGGAACAACAUGUGGUUGUUCAGAAACAAAAAGGUUAUAAAGUAUCCAUGACUGAACAGGCUACAGAGUCACGCUUGUACAUGGUCAACCUUCCUGGAGAAGCCAGGGCCAGAGAUCAGAUGGUGUACACCAUAGGUACUGAGGAGAGACAGGUUAUUUCCAGCGAGCAAGUGGACACCCUUAGAGAGUUGGAUAUCUCUGCUGCUACCCUUCAUAGAGAGCGAGUCACCCACCAGGCUGCAGUGCUGCAGUCACAUGAGGUAGAAGAGAGAGUGUCUGUGACUCCCACCAGACCACCUCCAGCCUCAGCUGCGCCUAUUAAACAACUGCAUAUGGCCGCUUUUACAUCUGCUGUCCAAGAGAGCCAAAAGCUCAUAGAGCAACAUUCUGACCGUAUCCAAAGUCCGGAAAUCUUAGAGCUUGAGCCUGCAAGGGAGCAUCAUUCAAACAUAAUGUCUGCCACAUCAGAAGAAGUUAUUCCUCUAAUCACAGUGAGAACUGAGGUUUUAGGAGACAGAAAACCAGAACAGAUCAAGUCAUCUAAGGAACCAAAACAGGUUGUCAGUAGUCAUCUAGUUGAAACCAGUUUACCAAUUCUGAAAGAGAAAUUAGGUAUAACCACUAGGCCUGAGGAAGAGAGAAGCUUCAGAGUUACAGAGGGUGUUAAGAUUUUAUAUACCGCUACAUUGACUGGGCAACUGCCACUAUCAGAGGGCCAUUGUGAUACGCUAUCAACAUCGGAUAAACCCACUCAGUCCCUGCUAGAGAAGGAACGUCCUACCCCAGUGGUCGCACCGGUCAGUGAGACUCAACAUACUUUAUCCAAAGAGCAGAGAUUUGAAAUACACAAACCUAAACAAGAGAGCGCUUUGGUAAGUAAAGAUAGGUUAUUGAAAUCAGCCAUGAGUGCUGAAGAAAAACAUCUGCUCCAGACUGAACACUCAAAAGCUAUUCCAGGUUUGGAAAGCGCAAUGUCUUUGCAAUUUGAAAAAGAAGAGGAACAGCUCUUACAUCUACAGACGAUUAGUAAGCCAGAUAUAUUGCAGUCUGAAGGUAGAUUUACUUGCGAGAAGCCAUUGCCAGAGAGUGCAGAUGCAAGAAAAAGCCCUACUUUGUUGCACACAGUCACCCACAAUGAAUGGAAAUCUGUCACUUGUGAGAAGAUAUCUGAGUUUUCAGCUCAGCUGGACACAAUUUCAAUUGAACCAAGAAAAGAAGCCAAAGCUCCUUUACAUCUUCAGUCUAUUCAGUCAGAAAGUGUAUUACCUAAAGAAGGUAUACUUAGUCCUGAGAAGCCAGAUCAGCAGACUGCAGUACAGAAACAGGAAAGAGCCCGCAAACAUGCAGCAACCUCAGAGGAUAAAAGGGAGUUUAGUGCAGAUUAUUCCAAAGAUCUUGAUGUGUCCGUGACAGGAGUUCAGUCAGAGCUUAGAACAGAACACAGACCUCAGAACAUUCUUCAGGUCACAUCAAUGCCCAUGCAGAUAUCCAAAGAAACACCAUUUACUAGUGAUGUCAAACAGCAGCGUGCAUUAAUCGAAAAGGAGGAUCGCUGGAACAUUAUGCACUCAGUAACUGUGGUUGACUCUCAAAGUAUAGAAGAGGGGCAUACCAUAAAUUUGAAAGCAAAUGAUGCAUUCAAACCUGUAGUGAAAAUUGAACCAAAGAUCCCGACAAAGCCUGUCUAUAUUGAAGAGAAGGCAAUAGCAACUGAAGGUUGUGCCAUUUUACAUGCAGCUGAACAGGAUUUUGCUGUUCAGAUCCACGAAGGUCAGUCAGUGAGACAAUCAAUAUUAUUGGAGGAGAAACACAUCAUUGUUGGUGAGCAAUCAAGUGAAAUUGGAAAAUCUGCUGGAUUGGUUGUCAGUGUAAAGACUCAGCCUAAAGGGGUAUUAUUUGUGCACGAGUCUCAGGAGAGCCAAGUUCUUCCAAAGGAACUUACCUUUGUGAUCCCAAUGCCAAAACCAACAAGUUUGGGCAUCAGACAUCAGUUGAAAACUGCGCUUCAGUCUGCUGUGGCUUGUGACCAGCCACUUAUACUAGCAGACGUUGUUGAGAGAUUGGAGGCUGUCGAGGUACAGGAAGUGAAGGUAGGCAGGGAAACUAAGGGUGCAAUGUUCACCUACCUUAUCACAACACCAGGUGCCUCCAUGGAAAUAACAAUUGCUUUUGAAGGAGAAUACCCUCAGACUGCUGAUCUGAGGACAGAACUCCAAGCAGCUUUCCAUGCUAUAGUUUAUAGAGAGCAACAGACCCUCAUUUUGGACCAACCUGGCACAAUGCAAAUAGUCAAGCCUCAGAAAACAAAUGUUAGCAGUGCAAAAUCCAACGAAAUGCUGUCAUCGGUGGUGGAAACUGUCAGAGUAACAGAGAGUGCAGCGGGUUUCGAAUCCCCUGUAACCCAGUCUGCUGCUCAGAAGACUGAAACAAUGGCUUCGUUCCAAAGCAUAACAGCUCAGGAUCGCACUGUGGUGCAUGAAUCCAGGCAGACUACUAGGCAGGAGACCAGAACUGUGACAGUAAAAAGCCAUGAUGAGAGAGAUGUAGGUGCUGCAGAUUUAACCACAGCAGUACCCUUCGCCUCUGUCCCUGUCGAACAGUCUCAUGUGUUUAUACAGAGAGAAACGAUGGAGGAGUUUCUGUCAGAGGCAGUUAUGAUUAGUAAACUUCCUGAGCAAUUCACUAAAGCUUAUCCCAUUAUUGUAACUCCCCUGGAGGAUAUUUGUUCAGAGAACAAUAGCAUGGUUACUUUUAGUGUGACCAUAAUGUGUGUCACAAAAGUUAACUGGCUUUUCAAUGGAAAGUUGGUCAAAUCUGGCAAAGAAUUUAAGUGUUCAAAAGACCAUGACACAUACACACUAGUAAUCUGCAAGAUUGUCAAGGAGAAGCACGAAGGAGAAUAUGUCUGUGAGGCUGAGAAUGAAGCUGGCAAGGCUACAACAACAUCAAGACUCACUGUUGUCUCGAGAGUGCCACCGGUUUUCAGGUACAAAAUCCAGCCCCUGGAGAUCAAUGUUGGCAGCGGAGCCAAGUUCGAAUGUGAGAUUGAAGAUGCACCAAAUGUGCAGUUCAAGUGGUUCAAGUCUGGCACUCCUAUCAAAGAGAGUUCAAAUUGCAGGAUCAUCAGUCGGCAACUGACAUCUUCAUUGGAUCUUCUGAGCCCAACCAAAGCUGACAGUGGUGAAUAUACCUGCAAGGCUACAAACCAGCAUGGCAGUGACACCUGUGCCGCCAAACUCAACGUAACUGAACUUUUCCCACCUGCCUUUAUUACUAAGCCUGAUCCAUUGACAUUGUAUGUUGGGAAAAAGGCAAACAUUCAGUGUGUAGUCACUGGAUCUUCACCGAUGACUAUUGUCUGGCAUAAAGACAACAAUGCCAUUUCUUCGGGGGGAAACUACAAAAUCUCCUCAGAAAAGAAUAAAUAUAUUCUUGAAAUAUCAAAACUUGAACUUACGGAUCAAGGUGUUUACCUGUGUAAAGCGUUCAACAGUGUUGGAACUGCUGUGUGCAGCAUGGAGAUGAAGGUCAUCAACAAACCCUAUUUUGUGAAAACACUUGAAUCAGUGUCAGUCGCUGUUGGAAAUCCACUGCACCUUGAGUGUCAGUUGGAUGAGGAUACCGGAGUGUCCAUCACCUGGAUAAAAGAUGGCAAAAAGCUCCAUCAAACAAUGGAUUGUAAACAGUCUUUUGAAGAUAAGAUGGUCACUCUUGAUAUUCCAAAAGGAAAACUUAAAGACACUGGAAACUAUGUCUGUACAGCUGCCAAUGAUGCUGGAAGCACAAGUUGCUCCACUUCAAUAAAGGUUCAAGAACCCCCAGUCUUUGUAAAGAGACUGGAACCCAACUUGGUUUGGAAGCAAGGCAUAAGUGCACGUUUACAGUGCACAAUCAAAGGGUCACCUGAACUCCAUGUCACCUGGUUUCUGAAUGACAAAGAGCUCUCGGCUGGCGAGAAAUACAAAAUCACUUUCAAGGAUGGUUUUGCUACUUUGGAGAUCGUUGAAAUUGCUUUAGUAGACAGUGGAAAUUACACAUGUGAAGUCCUGAAUGAAGCUGGCUGUGAGAGCUGUAGCACCAAGUUAACUAUAAAAGAACCACCAUCCUUCAAAAAGGAAUUGCAAAUGGUUGAAGCAGUCAGGGGCACUGUUGCUCUCUUCCAAUGUGAAGUUGCAGGCACUGCCCCAUUUGAAUUCAAUUGGUUUAGGAGUAAGAAAUCACUCACUUCCGAUAGGAAAUACAAGAUUGUUUCUCAGGACUCGAUUGCUUCUUUGGAGAUCUGCUCAUUUGAAAGUGCAGAUGUUGGGGAAUAUCAAUGUGUUGUGUCAAAUGAUGUUGGUUCAAUCACUGCAAAGACAAUUGCCAAACAGAAAGAACCACCAUCAUUCGCAAAGAAGAUUGAGAACACUACAGCAGUUUUGGGCAAUGCUGUUAAACUGCAGGGUACUAUAAAAGGCUCUGCCCCUAUUACUGUCAAGUGGAUGAAGGAUGCUGAAUGGCUUAGGGAUGAUGACCCUAAUAUCACCAUGGCAUUUCAGAAUAAUAUCGCCAUUUUGACAAUAGCAGCUGUUGACAUUUGCCAUGGUGGAAAGUAUACUUGCCAAGCAGAGAAUGAGGCUGGUCAACAAAAAUGUGAAACCUCUUUAGCAGUUCAAGAACCCGCUAGAAUCUUAGAGAAAGCCGCAUCCAUCAACGUGACUUCAGGGGAAUCAGCAACCUUGGAAUGCACAAUUGCAGGAAGCCCAGAUCUUAAAGUGAAAUGGCUCCAAAAUGGAAAGGAGAUUACAGGAGGUCGAAAAUAUAAAAUCACUCUUAAAGACAAUGUAGCCAUCUUAAAGAUUGUUGCGGCAGAGAAAGGAGGCACAUGUGAAUACACGAUGGAAGUGUCCAACCGCGUCGGAAAAGAUCAGUGCUCUUGUUCAGUCACAGUGCUAGAUCGUGUUCUUCCACCAUCUUUCACAAAAAAUCUUAAGAAAGUUGAUGGAAAUAUUGGUAACAACAUUACUAUGGAGAGCAAAGUAUCUGGAUCUCAGCCCAUGUCCAUCUCUUGGUACAAAGACGAUAAAGAAAUAACGUCUGGACAGAAAUAUCAACUUGAAAUGAAAGAAACCACGGCUACAUUGGGAAUAACCCAAAUAGAAAAGUGUGAUGAGGGAGUAUAUACAUGUCGGGCAACAAAUUCUGCUGGAUUUAAAGAGAGCAGUGGAACCUUAUGUGUUAAAGAACCUCCGAUCUUCACAUUAAAACCUGACAACCAAGAUGUCGUACCAGGAUCUACUGUUGUCUUGAAGUCUGCUUUCACUGGAUCAGCUCCUCUUACUGUUAAGUGGUUCAGAGAGGACAAGGAGAUAACCACUAGAGGCGCAAGUUUUAUCAAGAAAGACGCUUCUUCAAGUUUCUUGGAACUUCACUCAGUGAAACCCAGUGACUCGGCUAACUACACUUGCCAAGUGGCCAAUGAUGCCGGGAAGGUGGCAUGCUCUGCAGUCUUGUUUGUGAAAGAACCUCCUCAGUUUUCAAUGAGGCUUGAGCCAUUAAAACUGGUGAAAAAUGGACAACCACUUACAUUGACGUGCAAAGUCACUGGCAGUCCUGUGAUCAAUGUUAAGUGGCUUAAGAAUGAGACUGAAAUCACUUCAAAUGAUAAAUGCAGACUGUCCUUCACUGACUCAGUUGCUUCACUUGAUAUUGUGAACUGCUCUGUUGAUGAUAGUGGAGAUUAUGUUUGUGUGGCAUCAAGUGAUGCUGGUAGUGACCACUGCGGCAGCACAGUUACAGUCAAAGAACCUCCCAUGUUUGUGACAGCUUUUGAGUCCAAAGAAGUUGUGAAAGGGUCUGAUGUUAUAUUCGAAGGAGUUAUUUCAGGCUCAGCUCCAUUUGAAAUAUCUUGUUAUCGGGACACCAAGCAGAUCAGAAAUGACAAAAGGCAUAAGAUAAAUAUACAAGAUGGUGUAGUCACUCUUCAGAUUCUUAAAUGUGAGUCUGGGGAUGCUGGAAAAUACCAAUGUAACAUAGAAAAUGAAGUUGGGAAGACAACAUGUGAUUGCCAAAUUACAUUAAAAGAACCACCCUCGUUUGUACAGAAAAUAGAGAACAUCAGUUCUUUAGUUGGCUCAGAGAUUUCUAUGCAGUGCACUUUAAAGGGAUCACUGCCCAUGACUGUAUCAUGGAUAAAGGAGGAUCAUGAAGUUAAAGAAGGCGAACAUAUAAAGAUAUCUUAUGAGACCAGAACGGCAGUGUUAACUUUAAGAAACACUCAGAUGAAACAUGGUGGAAAAUAUAUUUGUCAGGCACAGAAUGAGGCUGGAAGUCAGAAAUGUCUUGCCACGCUUACAGUCAAAGAACCUGCAAAUAUUACUGAGCAAGCCAAGUCUAUCAGUGUAACAACAGGAGAUCCAGCUACUCUUGAAUGCAGGUUCUCAGGAUCUAAAGUCCUCAAAGCCAUGUGGCUGAAGGGUGGAAGAGAGCUGACAUCAGGUCAAAGAUACAAAGUACAGAGCAGAGAUAAGAGCUCUGUUCUGAAGAUACUCUCUACAGAGAAAAGUGAUAGUGGUGAAUACACCUUUGAGGUUUCAAAUGAUGUUGGAAGCAGCACCUGUGAGGCUUCAAUCACUGUUCUAGAUCAAACUAUUAAACCAUCUUUCACAAGAAGACUGGAGAAAAUGGAGAGUAUCAAAGGAUCUUUUGCCCACUUGGAGUGUCUUGUGUCUGGAUCCCUGCCAAUAUCUGUACUCUGGUACAAAGAUGAGAAGGAGAUCAAGAGCGAUGAGAAACACAAAUGCACAUUCUUUGAGAACUCGGCAUUUCUAGAAAUUAGUCGUCUUGAUAGUGCUGACAGUGGCGGCUAUACCUGCAUUGCUAGUAAUAAGGCAGGCAAAGACCAGUGUUCUGGUGCCUUGCUUGUGAAAGAACCGCCAUCUAUUCUAGAAAAACCUGAAUCAAUGGAUGUUUUGCCUGGAUCAAAGGUUCAGUUUAAUGUCCUUUCGUCUGGCACGCCACCCUUGACCAUGAAAUGGUUUAAAGACAAGAAGGAGAUCUUAUCAAGCUCGGAUUGCUCUGUGAUUAAAGAUUACAACUCUACCUCACUGGAGCUCUUCUUUGCCAAAACGUCAGACUGUGGAAACUAUGUCUGUGAAAUACAUAAUGACGUCGGCUCUGAUGUUUGCCAGGCAACGCUCUUUGUCAAAGAACCUCCCAGUUUCCUUGAAAAACCUGACAAAUUAUCAGUUGUGAAACUUAGAGAAAAUAAACACUUUGAGUGCCAUAUUGGUGGCACUCCAGAAAUACAAGUGCACUGGUUCAGAGAUGGGAAGGAGAUAAGUCGUAGUGACAAAUACAAAAUGUUCUUCGUUAAGUCUGUGGCGAGCUUAGAGAUAAUUGGUGCUGAUGCCAAUGACAGUGGAGUAUACUUCUGUGAGGCCCGUAAUGAGGCAGGCAGUGAGAGCUGCAGCAUGGAGUUAGCCGUGAAAGAGCCCCCAGCAUUUAUUGGAGAGUUAACGCCUGUUGAAGUCGUGAAGGGCUCUAUGACUGUCUUUGAAUGCCAAGUGGCAGGAACUGGUCCAUUUGAGGUUACAUGGCACAAAGAUAAAAAGCAGAUCAAAACCAAUAAGAAGCAUGCAAUUUAUGAAUAUGGUAAUGUCAUGAGCCUGAAAAUACAGGAAUGUGAUGCUUUAGAUGUUGGUGGUUAUCAGUGCACAGUUUCAAAUGAGGUGGGAAGCUGUUCGUGUAGCACCACAAUGUCUAUGAAAGUGCGACCGUCUUUCGUAAAGAAGAUGGAAAAUGCUUCCUCUGUUUUGGGGAGUGUCGCUACAUUUCAGUGUGUUGUGAUGGGAUCGCCAUCUCUGUCUGUACAAUGGAAAAAAGAUGAGAACUGGAUCUUGGUAGAUCCUAAAACUGAAAGGAUCUUUGAAAAUAAUGUGGCAACUCUAAGGAUUCCGAUCUGUGAGGCCUGUCACAGUGGAAAAUAUACCUGCCAGGUUGCAAAUGAGGCUGGACAGGACAAGUGCUUUGCAACCCUGAUGGUGCAAGAACCACCUAAGAUUAUAGAAAAACCAGAGGUGAUAAAUGUCACUCUAGGUGAUGCAGUCAGUUUGGAGUGCAAAGUCUCUGGCACCCCUGAGAUCAAAGUAAAGUGGACAAAAGAUGGAAUAGAACUCACACCCAGCAGGCAAAAUAAACUUAACUUUGAGAAUAACCUCAGUAGUUUGAAGAUUCAGUCUGCACAACUGGAAGAUGCAGGGGAUUACCUGUUUGAGGCGACAAACUCUGUUGAUACCUGCAGCUGCAAGGUUAAAUUGAUUGUCGUAGAACAAGUCAUUGCGCCUACAUUCAUCAAGAAAUUAAUGGAGACUCAGGAGGUUUUGGGCUCUGUAGUUUAUAUGGAAUGCAAAGUCGCUGGUUCUUUGCCAAUAUCAGUGCAAUGGACCAAAGACGGCAGUGUCCUUGCAAGUAAAACCAAGUAUCAGUUAGAGCAGAAAGACAACACUGUGUCUUUGGAAAUUAAGAAUUUUGAGGAAGAGGAUACAGGGGAGUACUUGUGUAAAAUCACAAACAAAGCUGGAAGUAGUGAUUGCAGUGGUGCAUUAAAAGCAAAAGUGCCACCAAGCUUUGUAUCUGAACCUGAGUCCCAGGCUGUCAUUCCCAAAGCCACUGUACACUUACAGGGUGUAUUUCAAGGAACACCUCCUUUUACAGUCAAAUGGUUCAAGGAUGACACUGAACUGAUAACUGGACCGUCAUGUUCAGUUGGACUGGAAGGAUUAUCUUCCUUCUUAGAUCUUUACUCAGUUGGAUUUUUGCAAAGUGGAACGUACUCUUGCCAAGUUAGCAAUGACGCUGGCACUGUGAAGUGUACAACCAAUGUAUUGGUGAAAGAACCUCCUGAAUUCGUACUGAAAUUGCCACAUACAACGUUCGUGAAGCAGGGCGAGCCACUCCAUCUUGAAUGCAAAGUUACAAGUGCGCCCUCUCUGCGAAUGCAGUGGUACAAAAAUGACAAUAAGAUAACAGAUGGUGACAACUGUAGAACUUCAUUUGUUGACUCAAUGGCAGUCCUUGAGCUGUGCUCCACAAGAUCUGCUGAUGAUGGAGUAUACACCUGUGAGGCACAGAAUGAUGCUGGGGCUGUAAACUGCAGCACCAUCAUCACAGUGCAAGAUCCACCAAGUUUCAUGAAAGUACCGAAACCUGUAGAGGGGAUCAAGGGAAAAGAUGCUAUGCUAUACUGUGAACUGAAUGGCACAGAACCCUUUAAGAUAAUCUGGUACAAAGACAAAAAGCCACUUAAGGAAAGCAGGAAAUAUAAGAUGAUGAAUGAGAGUAGCUCUGCCACUCUCCAUAUUCUUGCAGUGGACCCCUCAGAUGUUGGUGAAUAUGAGUGCGGGGUCACAAACAAAGUAGGAUAUGAAACAUGCCAUACAACAGUUACGCUCAGAGAAGCACCUGUUUUCGUGAAGAAACUGGUAAACCAGUCAGUCAAAUUGGGUGAAGAAGUCACUCUGAUGGCCACCGUCAAAGGCUCUCAGCCUAUAACUGUGUCUUGGGUGCAAGAUAAGGAUCAUGUUCUUAGGGAUGGAGACAACCGGAAAAUCACAUUUGAGAACAGCGUGGUCACCCUGAAGGUCUUUAAGGCUGACCAAACCACAGGUGGCAAAUAUACCUGCCAACUCAAAAAUGAUUCCGGAGUUGUGGAAUGUGUUUCCAACCUCACUGUUUUAGAACCGGCUACCAUUGUGGAUAGCCCAGAGUCAUUCAAUGUCAAGGCAGGUGAUUCAGCAACUCUUGAAGUCACCGUAGCCGGAACACCAGAAUUGAAAUCUAAGUGGUUCAAGGACGGUGUCGAGCUCUCCUCUGGCACCAAGCAUAAGAUAACCUUCUCAAAGAAUAUCUCCAGCCUGAAAGUCCUGUCGACAGAGAGCGUUGAUACAGGAGAAUACAAAUGUGAGGUCAAAAAUGAGGUUGGCAGUGUUUCCUGCAAGACAACCCUCACUGUCCUAGAUAAAAAGAUUCCACCCACAUUCAUCAGGAAACUGAGAGACACCCAUACUAUUGUUGGUAAACCUGGUGAAAUGGAAUGCAAAGUUGCAGGUUCUCCACCUUUCACUAUCUCUUGGCACCACAUUGAUCAGGAGAUCAAGAGUGGACCAAAUCACGAGAUUAUUUGCAGUGACAACACCUGCAAAGUUAAACUGCCAACUCUUAAGUUGUCAGACUCUGGAAAAUACACAUGCAAAGCCGUUAACACAGCAGGAGCCAGUGAAACAAGUGCUUCUAUGAUUGUACAAGAACCUCCAUCCUUUGUGGAAAAACCUCAGGCAAAGGAAGCUCUGCCUGGUGCAAAUGUAACAUUUUCAGCAACAGUCCAUGGAAGUGCCCCACUGAAACUUAAAUGGUUCAGGGGCACCAGGGAAAUUGUGUCUGGAAAGGGCUGUGAAAUUGCUCUCCAGGGCAAUGCAGCUACUUUGGAGCUAUACAAAGUGGCCAAAUCAGAUGCUGGAGAGUAUACAUGCCAGAUUAUUAAUGAUGCUGGGAAGGAAAGUUGCCCAGUUAAUCUGUUCAUGAAAGAACCAGUACAGUUUGUGAAGAAGCUGAAGGACAUGUCUUCUGAAAAGGGGAAACCUUUGAAACUUGAAUGCACAUACAAUGGAACUCCCAAAAUAUUUGUUACUUGGUUGAAAGAUGGGAAACAGCUCUAUGCCUCUUAUCAGUAUAACGUGUUGACCACAGAGACUUCCUGCGUCUUGGAAGUACUCAAUAGCGAUAGCAUGACUGCAAGUGGGAAAUACUCUUGCGAAGUUACCAAUGGAGUUGGAACUGAUAUCUGCCAUGCUCAAGUGACCUUAUUAGAACGACCAUUCUUUGUUGAGGAACUGGAACCAAUGGAAGUCACUUCUGGUGAUCCAGUUUGCUUGAAAUGCCGCAUUGGAGGAACCCCUGAUAUUAGUGUGUCCUGGUUCAAAGCUGACGGAAAGCUUUGUGCUACCAAUACUUGCCAAAUGGCAUUUUCAAAUGGCAUUGCGACUUUGAUACUAAGCAAACCGUCAAAGGUUGAUACUGGUGAAUACACAUGCAAAGCUGAGAACAGAAUUGGAUCUGCCUCAAACAGCUGCCGCUUAUCAGUGAAAGAUGUCAAAACACCACCUUCCUUCCCCAAGAAACUUACUAGUCUUGAACAGGCUGUAGGACAGCCAGUCAUAUUUGAGUGUCGUGUUGUAGGAUCCUCUCCUUUAGAAGUCUCCUGGCUAAAAGACAAUGGAUCUUUAAAAAAUGAUGGAGAAUACUUAAUGUCUUAUGAUGAUAACACUGCUGCCCUAAAAAUUGCACGAGGUGAAAUGAAACACUCUGGGGAAUACACUUGUAUAGCUACAAAUAGUGUUGGAACUGCAUCUUGUAAAGCUAAACUCGAGCUUCAAAUUCAAGAACCAGUACACUUCAUCAAGAAGCUGGCAGACAUUUCAGUUGUCAAGGGCAAACAUUUGAAACUCGAAUGCACAUACUCUGGAACGCCCAGCAUAUUUGUCACCUGGCUGAAGGAUGGGAAACAACUCUAUGCCUCUUAUCAGUAUACUGUGACAACCACAGACACCCACUCUAUGUUGGACGUCCUUAACAGUGACAGUUUUGAGGCAGCUGGGAAAUACUCUUGCGAAGUUACCAAUGGAGCCGGAACUGAUAUCUGUCAUUGUCAAGUAAAAAUAGAGCGCAAAAUCUCCCCCAACUUCACCAAGAAGCCUGCAGAGACAAUGGAAGAUACAGAGGGUCAUUUGGUGAAGAUUGAGGGUCGUUUAUCUGGAUCUCAACCCAUUGACAUCGUUUGGUCCAAGAAUCACAGUGAAAUUCACGCCUCUGAUAAGUACAAAAUGGAAUUCAAGAGCAACAUGGCCAUGCUGUAUAUCAAGAGCUCCCAACUCUCAGACAGUGGUGCUUAUACCUGCACAGCCACCAAUGAAGCUGGUAGUGCCUCCUACCAAGUGUCACUUAACAUUUCAGAACACAAGAAGGGCCCAGUAUUCGACAUCCCUCUCAAACCUGUGACUGUAAACGAGGGUGAGAACCUGAAGCUUAGCUGCCAUGUCCAUGGAGCCCCUCCUCUGAAGAUUAAUUGGUUGAAGGAAAGGAAGGAGAUAAAAUCCUCCACAAACUGUAGAGUUGUUUUUUCUGAUGGCACUGCCUCUUUGGAGGUCCUCCGCACAUCGAAAACAGAUGCAGGGGACUAUCUCUGCAAGGCUACCAACGAUGUUGGAAGUGAAUUUGCAAGGUCCAGAGUGACAAUUAGAGAAAAAGAAGUCAAACCUGAGGCCACUGCUGCAGCCCCAGCUCCAGCUCCAGCAAAGACUCCAACAAAGAGAUUUGACAACUUGUUCUUUGUAGAUGAGCCCCAGAGUGUCAAUGUAACAGAGAAGGGCACUGCAACUUUCAUUGCCAAAGUUGGAGGUGAUCCUAUUCCUAACGUGAAAUGGAUGAAGGGCAAGUGGAGACAGAUCACUCAUGGUGGUCGCAUCACUAUUGAGCAGAAAGGCCCAGAUGCCAAGUUGGAGAUCAGAGAAAUAACCAAAUCUGACUCCGGACAGUACAGAUGUGUUGCAACUAACAAAGCAGGAGAAAUAGAAUGCAGCACCGACCUGAAUGUUGACGAAAGGAAAGACACUGGGGGAGGAGAUGGAGACUUCAGAGCAAAACUGAAGAAGACACCAUCCAAACAGAAAAGUCCAAAGAAGGAGGGAGAGAUUGACCUCGUGGAGAUUCUUAGGGGUGUGGACCCCAAAGACUAUGAAAAAGUUGUUAGAGAAUACGGAAUCACUGACUACCGUUGUCUUCUUCAGGCCAUUGAGCAGCUGAAGAGGGAGAAAGAAGCGGAAAGUGGAACACCGGAAACUGAGCAUGGAGGAGAAUCUAAGGAUACGGCCAGGUUUAUGGCUGAGUUGCAAUCAAGAAUGCAGGCCGAGCCUGUCACUCUGAUGAGUGACAUCGAAGACCAAGAUACCACUCCAUUAAGCACAGCAACCUUUGAGUGUGACAUCAAGAUCAACUACCCUGAGAUCACCCUGUCCUGGUACAAGGGAACUCAGAAGCUUGACAACAAUGACAAAUAUGAAAUCAGCAUUGUUGGUGACCGUCACAUCUUGAAGAUCAAGCAGUGUCAAACCAAAGACCAGGGCAACUACCGUGUUGUAUGUGGCCCACAUAUCUCCAGCGCCAAAUUGACCGUUGGGGGUAGUGAUUCCCAUGAUCUGCUUUUAGCUGGCAUAAUUCACUUCACCAAACGCAUCCGGAGCAUUGAAGUGAAUGAGAACCAAUCUGCUACCUUCGAAUGCGAGUUGUCCUUCGACAAUGCUAUCGUUACAUGGUACAAAGACACGUGGGGACUUAAAGAGAGCCCAAAGUAUAACUUCAGAAGUGAAGGCCGACGACACUUUAUGACCAUCCGCAAUAUAACCUCUGAUGAUGAAGGCGUUUACUCGGUGAUUGCGCGGUUGGAACCCAACGGUGAAGCUAAAAGCACAGCUGAACUUUACCUUUCAGGCAAAGAAAUUGAAUUAGGAAGGGUUCCUUUUGAUGUCCCAGAUUCAUCAAUACAAGCAUACAAAGGUAAGAUUGGCACAUGUUAAUUGUUAUAAGAAUCAGCUGAAUACUAUUAUGAAGAGAGGACAGAAAUGAGAGAUAAGGGCCCUGUAACAGCACCCGGGGGAGCUGGCAAAGGUAAGAUUGCAACAAUACAUCAAAGGGAAGAAAAACUUGAAAUGCCAACUUUGAAGAAAGUGACCAGAAUUUCAAAGGACACUGAGGAAGAGCAGGAUAUCAUUAAGCUGAAAAGGGUUCCACAGAUACCCUCAGAAGAAGAGACAGUUGAACCGGAGGUUCCGACCCAGGAAGCCUCAAGGACCAUAGUUGUUGAAAGUUACGAGAGAGAGGAGUAUAUGUUUGAAACAACAGAAAUAGCUGAGAGAACCUCAGUAUACGUUAAGAAGCCAAUUGAACAGGUGGAGUUUCACAAACCUGAAGAAGUUGCAUCAAAAGAUUCUACUGAGGAAUCUUUGGUUCACCUUAAAAAAUCCCAAAAGGUUCUGAAAGAUGUCCAAGUAGAGGAGAAAAUGGGUUUGAAGAAAACACCAAAGUUGCUGAAAGAAGAAUCACCUGGCCAACCUAGUUUAUCUCUGAAGAAGGUAUCGAAAUUGCCAUCAGACGAGAAAGAGCAAGAAACUGUUAAGCUUAAACCAUUUGAAAAACCUGCUAAACCGGGAACUGUUGAGCCAGAGAAAGACAAAAAAGACACUGAACCCAGAGCUGCUUAUGAUAGAAGUGAGAGACCACAAAGAGAUGAAGCAGUUAAAGAAUCUGUUUCUGCUCCUAUGAAGAAAUCUGAAACCAUCUCAAAGGAUACGAAAGAGCCACAGGCAGCCAAAUUUAAACCAGUGGCCAAAGCUCCUGAAGAUGAACACGUCGAAGAGUUUGUCAAACCACUGGCAAAGGUGAAGACAAUUCCUUCGCAGGAGCAAGAGAAGGAAGAAGUUAAAUUGAAGCCAUUUUCUAAGUCACCAAAAGCUGAAGCUGUGAAGCCUGAGAAGGAGCCUGAGAAGAAUAAAGAGGCUGAAAAACCUCUUCAUCAAAAGCCAAGUCCUCCAAAACCAGUACCUGUAAAGAAAAUUGAAAAGAGUCCUCAAGAGGAAAAGCCAACACAGUUAAAAAAGGUGGAGCUUGUGCCUAAAGAACCAGAGGAAAAAGAAAAAGACAAACCCUUAAAGCAUGAAGAGACACUUAAGAAAAAGGUGGAACUGAAAAAGACUCCUUCACCUAAGGUUGAAAAACCAAAGCCAAAAGAAAUUGAAAAAAUUAUUAUGGAGAGGAAGCCCAGUGCAGAACGCACCAAAAAGCUGCCUAGACAGGUUUCACCUAAAGAUUCAUUUGAAGGUGUUACCCUAAAAAAGGUUCCAAAGAAAAUAUCACCAGAAGAGGAAGCACCACAUAAAACUGUUAAAGAGAAGGUGCCAGCAAUGAAGGAACUGUCCCCUGUACAGUUACGAAAGAUUUCAACUCAGUUGGAGGAGGAAGUCUUUGAGGAGGAGCCAGAGAAGGAGCUGGAAUCUGACAAUGAAGGUUGGGGAUGGGAACUUGUCCCUCGAGAUAGUUCUGGGUCCACAGAAGACUGGGGAGAGGAACCUUUGGAAGGUGAUGCACGUGAGACCCCUGGAAUGCCAGGUGCCAGCAGAGAUGGGAAACCAAAAGAGGAUGCUGCCGGUAGAGGUAGAGGUAGAGGCAUUCAAGCGAAGCAAACCCCCUCACCUGGUGGUGGUCGGGGUAGAGGACUGAAGCCCGGUGCUGGAGGAGACAAACCCCCAGAUGCUAAUCCUUUUGGAUUCCAGCUCAAAGCAGUUCCACUGAAGUUUACGAGACCACUCAAAGACAUAGUGUUACAGGAGGCUGAAUCAGUCGGUGCUUCUGCUACGUUUGAGUGCGAGGUUUCGCCUUCUACUGCAAUUACUACAUGGAUGAAAGAUGACGCCAACAUAAGAGAGAGCCCAAAACACAAGUACUACUCGGAUGGCAAAGAUCGCAAACUGCUCAUCAUUGAUGUGCAAGUUUCUGACACUGGUGAAUAUACUUGUGUUGCCAAGCUGGGCAACAAGGAAAAGACAACAACCGCCAAACUAAUAGUAGAAGAAUUGCCUGUGAAGUGGGUAAAGACUCUGGAAGAGGAUGGUAUGUCAGUCCUCAAGAGUCAGCCUAUGUACCUGACCUGUGAGUUGAACAAAGAGAGAGAUGUGGUCUGGAAGAAGAGUGGUGUCCCUCUUAAAAACAUCCCUGGAAAAGUGGCUAUCAAUGUCAUUGGAAUGCAGCAUGCCAUUACAAUCCAGGACACAGGAGAUGACGACGCUGGCAUUUACGCUUGCGAGUGUGAUGACCUCAGGACUAAAACAGAUGUCAAAAUCAUUGAAAUUAUCAGAGACUGGUUGCAGAAACCAUUGAGAGAUCAGCAUGUGAAACCCAAGGCCACUGCCACUUUCAAAUGUGAGCUCUUCAAAGAAACCCCCAACUGGAAGUGGUUCCAUGGCGACAAGGAGAUUCCUAAUGAUCCCACUGACAAGACUGAGGUCAAGAAAGAAGGAAAACAACUGACUCUCAUAGUUAAGAAUGUAUCACCUGAUGAUAUUGGGCAAUAUGCCAUGGAGGUUGAAGGCCGCAGAUACACAGCUAACCUGACUCUUGGAGAACGUGAAGCUCAGAUCUUGAAGCCUAUCUCCAGUAUGGAGGUUGUUGAGAAAGAGGAGGUUACGUUUGAAACUGAAAUAUCUGAAGAGGAUGUGGCUGGAGAAUGGAAACUUAAAGGGCAAGUCCUGCAAAGAUCACCGAUGGUUGAAAUCAAAUCUGAGGGCCAGAAACGUUUCCUCACUCUGAAAAAUGCUCAGCUUGACCAGUGUGGUGAAGUGUCUUAUCAAGCUCUGAACGCUAUCACGAGUGGGGUGCUCACAGUCACAGAACUGGAAAUGGACUUCACAGUCCCCUUGAAGGACGUGUCUGUACCUGAAAAGAAACAGGCUAUGUUUGAGUGUACUAUCACAAAGGAUGUGCCUAAAGUCAUGUGGUUAAAGGGGUCAGACAUCCUGUCGACAGGCGAUAAAUAUGACAUUAUUGAUGAUGGAAAGAAACAUAUAUUGGUCAUAAACAACAGUGAAUUUGAUGAUGAGGGACAAUACACUAUUGAAGUCUUGGGCAAAAAGUCAACAGCCCAGUUGACUGUGGAGGGUAUGAGGCUCAAAUUCAUAACACCACUAAAGGACCAAACUGCCAAGGAAGGUCAAACAGCUCGGUUUGAGGUUGAGCUCUCUCAUGAGAAGGUACCCCUGACAUGGUACAAAAAUGAAAUCAAACUCCAUGUGAGCAGGACCGUGCUCAUCCAUUUUGAAGGAAAGAAACACACGUUAGAAAUCAAGGAGUUGACUCUAGAUGAUACCUGCCAGAUUAAAGCAGAGGCUAAAGGAAUUCCCUCAACGGCAAACUUGACGGUGCUAGAGGGUGACGCAUACUUCACAGUGAAGUUGCAGGAUUACACCGCAGUCGAGAAGGACGAGGUCAUUCUGGACUGUGAACUCAGCAAAGAUGUCCCUGUGAGGUGGUACCAUAAUGAGACUGAAAUUAAGGCCUCUAAGAUGGUAACCAUAAAGGCUGAUGGCAACAAAAGAACAUUGUCUAUCAAGAAAGUGGAAGGAAAAGAUAAGGGACAAUACCUAUGUGAUUGUGAUACGGACAAGACCAUGGCAACCAUUAGCAUUGAAGCUCGUGAUAUCAAGGUAUCUCGCCCAAUGUAUGGUGUUGAGCUCUUCGAUGGCGAGACCGCUCGUUUUGAAGUGGAAAUCUCUGAAGAUGAUGUCCAUGGCCAGUGGAAACUGAAGGGAGAAACCCUUUCACCUUCCCCAGAUAUUGAAAUCAUUGAGGAUGGUGCCAAGCACACUUUCACAUUAUACAACUGCAAGGUCUCCCAGACAGGAGAGGUUGGAUUCACAGCUGCCAAUGCUAAGUGUACAGCCAACCUGAAAGUGAAAGAACUGCCACUGACCUUUAUCACACCUUUGAGUGAUGUGCAAGUGUAUGAGAAAGAUGAGGGAAGAUUUGAGGUUGAGAUUUCAAGACCAACAAAGACCUUCCGUUGGCUCAAGGGAUCUCAGGAGUUGGAAAAUGAUGACAAGUUUGAGAUUAUCCAUGAAGGAAAGAUACACACUCUGGUGGUCAAAAAGGCUGCAUAUGAGGAUGAAGCUAAAUACAUAUUUGAGGCUGAGGACAAGAGGACCACAGGAAAACUAGUUAUCCAAGGUAUACGCCUUGAGUUUGUCAAGCCCAUCAAGGAUGUCACAGUGAAGGAGCGUGAAACAGCAGAGUUCAGUAUUGAACUGUCACAUGACAAAAUCUCUGUCGUCUGGUACAAGAACGACGUCCGUCUGCACCCCAGCAAGGUUGUGCACAUGUCAGACAAUGGCAAAAUGCACACCUUGACUUUCAAGCAGGUGUCCAUUGAUGACACAUCCAUGAUCAAAGUGGAAGCCUUGGGCAAGAGCUCUGAGGCCAUGCUCACUGUUCUUGAGGGAGAACCUUACUUUGUCACAAAACUGCAAGACUACACUGCUGUUGAGAAGGACGAAGUGAUGCUGGUUUGUGAACUUAGCAAGACCUCUGCUGAGGUGAAAUGGUUCAAGGACGGCCAGGAGAUCAUGCCUAGCAAGAAUCUGAUCAUUAAAACCGAUGGAAAGAGGCGUUUGCUGACAGUGAAGAAAGCAGAGAAGGGCAACAUUGGAGAGUACACUUGCGAUUGUGGUUCUGAUAAAACCACAGCCAGGCUGGACAUUGAGGAGCGUGACAUUAAGGUUGUUCGUCCACUGUACAGCGUGGAAGUGACAGAAACUGAAAUUGCCAAGUUUGAGACUGAGAUCUCUGCCGAUGAUGUCCACGGUCACUGGAAACUCAAAGGAGAGGCCCUUCAUCAGUCUCCUGACUGUGAGAUUAAGGAGGAGGGUACAAAGCAUGUCCUCAUCCUAUACAACGUUCGCAUGGAUCAGGCCGGAGGUGUCGACUUCCAGGCUGCCAAUGCUAAAUCCAAUGCUCAGCUUAGAGUUAAAGCGCGGAGUAUAGGGCUUAUGCGGCCUCUCAAGGAUGUUACUGUUACUGCCGGGGAGACCGCCACUUUCGACUGUGAACUUACUUAUGAAGGAAUCGUUGUAGAAUGGUUCUUGGGAAGCACCAAGAUGGAGCUAGGUGAAAGGGUGGUCACCAGAGCAGAAGGCAAAGGACACAGUCUAACUAUCAGAAAUGUCAAGCUGACAGAGGCUGGGGAAGUCAGGCUCACUGCAAAGGACUUCAAAACCCAGGCCAAACUCAUUGUCAGGGAGCCACCAGUUGAGUUUACCAAACCUCUGGAGGACCAGACAGUUGAGGAAGAGGCCACUGCUACAUUGGAGUGUGAAGUCUCCAGGGAAAACGCUGAGGUCAGGUGGUUCAGAGACACACAGGAGAUCCGCAAAACGAAGAAAUAUGACCUUAUUGUUGAUGGCCGAAAGAGAAGACUCAUCAUUCAUGGCUGUACUCUAGAUGACUCAAAGACAUAUACAUGUGAUGCUAAAGAAUUCAAAACCUCUGCUUUCCUGAAUGUUGAACCUCCACAUGUUGAGUUCUCUAAGCCACUCCAUGAUGUUGAGGUCAAAGAAAAGGAAAAUGCCAGAUUUGAGUGUGAGGUGUCUCGUGAGAAUGCCAAGGUCAAAUGGUACAAGGAUGGCAGCGAGAUCAGAAAGGGAAAGAAAUACGAGAUCAUUGCCAGUGGUGUCAAACGUAUCCUUGUGGUCACCAAGACAGUCUUCGAUGAUGAAGCAGAGUACGAAUGUGACGCUAAGACCUCCAAGUCCUCUGGCAUGCUGACAGUUAUUGAGGAAGAGGCUAAGUUUACCAAGAACCUGUCUAACGUGGAGGGAACAGAAACAGACAGUGUGAAGAUGAUUUGUGAAGUGUCAAAGGCCAGCGCUGAGGUCACCUGGUGGAAGGGAGACCAGGAACUGCCAGAAGGAGGAAGAUAUGAACAGGUCACGGAUGGAAGGAAGAGAAUCUUCAUUAUUCAAGAUCUCAAGAUGGAGGACGCUGGAGAGUUUAACUGCAGACUGCAUAACGCCAAGACAUCUGCAACAUUAACACUGAAUGAACUGGCUGCGGAGUUCAUUGCCAGGCCUCAGAGUCUUGAGGUGGUUGAGGGAGAAAAGGCUGAAUUUGUCUGCUCAGUCUCUAAAGAUACCUAUGAAGUCAAAUGGCUCAAGGGUGACAAGGAGAUUGUAUCCGGAGAUAAGUAUGACGUUGUCUGUGAUGGCAAGAGAAGAGCACUGAUAGUGAAGAAUUGUACACCACAUGAUGAAGGAGGCUAUAUCGCCUUCAUUGGGACUACCAAAGCCUCAGCUGACUUGUUUGUCAUUGAAAAACUCAGAAUCAUCACACCCAUCAAGGAUAUGCAAGUGAAGGAAGGACAGGAGAUCAUUUUCAACUGUGAGGUGAACACUGAGGGAGCUAAAGCUAAGUGGCUGAAGAACGAGGAGACCAUGUUUGAGAGCAGCAAGUUUGUCAUGAUCCAGAAAGACAACGUGUUCUCUCUGAGGAUCAAGGGUGCUCAGAAGGCAGAUGAAGCCACGUAUACUAUUACAUUGACAAAUCAUCGUGGUGAACAUGCCAAGAGCGAUGCCAAUGCCAAAGUACAAGAGGAGAAGCUCAAGAUUAUUGAGCCUCUUGAGGACUGUGAGACACAAGAGAAGAAGACCAUCAGCUUCACUUGCAAGGUGAACAGACCUGAUAUCACCAUCAAAUGGAUGAAGGCUGGUCAGGAGAUCACCAUGAGCAAACGAAUCCUGUACCGUGUGGAGAAAGAUAAGCACACACUGACCAUCAAGGACUGUGUCAUGGACGAUGAGGGUGAAUACACCGCCAUGGCUGGUGAUGACAAGUGCACUGCUGAGCUGAUCCUCAACGAAGCUCCCACUGACUUCUCCACACCACUCAAAGACCAGACCAUCACUGAGUUUGAGGAUGCUGAGUUUUCUUGCAAGCUGUCUAAAGAGAAGGCUGUUGUUAAAUGGUACCGGAAUGGUCGUGAGAUCAGAGAGGGACCCAGAUACUCAUUUGAGAAAGAUGGCAGGAUUUGCAAACUCAAGAUCAAGAAGUGCAGACCAGACGAUGAGUGUGAAUAUGCCUGCGGCGUGGAAGACAGGCGAUCCAGGGCCCGCCUCUUUGUUGAAGAGACCCCAGUUGAGAUCGUCAGACCACCUCAGGAUGUGUUUGAGCCUCCAGGCUCAGAUAUUGUGUUUGAGGUGGAGCUCAACAAAGACAGAGUUGAGGUCAAAUGGAUGAGGAACAACAUGAUCAUCGUCCAGGGUGACAAGUACCAGAUGAUGAGCGAGGGCAAGGUCCACAGACUCCAGGUGUGUGAGGUCAGGCCUCGGGACCAAGGAGAGUACAGAGUCGUUGCCAAGGAGAAGGAUGCCAGAGCCAAGCUGGAACUGGCAGCUGUGCCAAAGAUCAAGACAACUGAUCAGAACCUGGUCACAGACGCUGGAAAGCCUUUUGUCAUGGCGAUUCCAUACGAUGCCUAUCCUCGUGCAGAGGCUGAGUGGUUCUUUGACAUAGUUAGCCUGCCUGUGCAGAACAUUGACACCUCCGCGGACAAGACAGAAUACAGGCUGAAGAGCCCCAAAAAGACAGAUCAGGGCAGGUACAAGAUCGUCAUCAAGAACAAACAUGGACAGGGAGAGGCAUUCAUCAAUCUGGAUGUUAUUGAUGUCCCAGGACCUGUGAAGAACCUCAAAGUGGUUGACACCGCCGACGGUGAGGUCAGCCUGGCCUGGGAAGAGCCAGAGAGUGAUGGUGGCAGCAAGAUCAUUGCAUAUGUGGUGGAGAGGCGUGAUAUCAAGCGCAAGACAUGGACCCUUGCCACUGACCGUGCUGACGCUCCAGAAUACUCUGUUAGCGGUCUCCAGAGGGACAACAAGUACCUCUUCAGAGUAUGUGCUCGCAACAGGGUGGGCAGUGGUCCCACUGUGGAGACAGACGAAGCUGUCCAGGCCAAGAAUAAGUUUGAUGUGCCAGAGGCACCUGAGGACGUUGUGGUUGGCAUCGUGAACAGGUUUGGAGCCACAGUCUCCUGGGAAAAACCAAAGUCUGAUGGCGGAUCUGAGAUCACCUCCUACAUCAUUGAGUUCCGUGACAGGACCUCUGUGAGCUGGGAGGUAGCUAUGAUUGCCAAGGCUCUGGACCGCACAGCCACUCUCACUGAUGUCGUUGAGAACAAGGAAUACAUCUUCCGUGUCAAAGCCGAAAACAAGGCUGGCAUUGGCAAACCAAGUGCUGCCACCGAUCCAGUUAAGAUCAUGGACCCCAUUGAGAAACCAAGCCCACCAUUGAACUUCAACUACACUGACCAGACAAAGAACUCUGUCCAGCUGACAUGGGAGACCCCCGCCAGCAAUGGAGGAAGCAUGAUCACUGGCUACAUUAUUCAGAAGUGUGAGGAUGGAACAGACAAGUGGCUCAGAUGCAAUGCCAGGCUCUGUCAGGACCUUAACUACAAGGUAUCUGGACUGAAGCAGGGGAUGCAGUACCACUACAGAGUGUGUGCAGAGAACGCAGCCGGAGUUUCAGAUCCAGCUGAUAAGCUUGGACCUCUCUUGGCAGAUGAUUGUCAUGUUGGACCUUCCAUGGAUCUCAGUGGAUUUAAGGAUGGCCUGGAGGUCAUUGUUCCUCAUCCACUUGUUAUCCGCGUCCCUCUUCUUGGAUAUCCCACACCCACCGCCAAGUGGAGCUGUGGUGAUAAAGAGCUCACUGCUGGUGACCGUGUGUCCAUGGUUACAAGGAGCACCUACACAGAACUGACAGUGGCUCCAAGUGUACGUCCAGACAAAGGCACAUACACUCUGCACCUGGAGAAUGAUGUGACCAGUGCCUUUGGAGAGAUUGAAGUCAAUGUUAUUGCAUCACCAAGUGCACCCAAAGACUUCAAGGUUUCCGAGGUGACAAGACACCAUGUCCACCUGAUGUGGGAGGCACCAGAGCAUGAUGGAGGAAGCCCAGUUAUUGGCUACCAAAUUGAAAAGAAGGAAGUGUCCCGCAAGACCUGGGUCAAGGUUUGCAUGGGUGUACAGGACCUGGAGUUCACUGUGGCAGAUGUCAUUGAAGGCAAAGAGUAUUUGUUCAGUGUUACUGCAAUCAACAAGUGUGGCCCAGGAGAGCCUGCCUACAUUGACGAGCCAGUCAAUGUGUCCUCGCCUGCCACUGUGCCGGAUCCACCUGAGAACCUGAAAUGGAGAGACAAGUCAGGAAAGGGCAUCUUCCUGUACUGGGAGCCACCCAAGUAUGACGGCGGAGCUUCAAUCAAGAGCUACGUUGUAGACAAAUGCCAGCGUGGCACAGACAAGUGGGAGCCAUGUGGAGACCCACUGCCUGAGCUGAAAUUCCAGGUGACAGGUCUGAUUGAGGGACAGUGGUAUGCCUACCGUGUGAGGGCCAUCAACAGGCUGGGAGCAGGCAAACCCUGCAGGGCUACAGAUGAGAUCCUGGCUGUUGAUCCCAAAGAGCCUCCAGAAAUUCAACUGGACGUGAAGUUGCUGGCUGGUUUGACCGCCAGAGCUGGAACCAAGAUUGAGCUACCAGCUGAUAUUGUCGGAAAGCCCGAACCCAAGGUAAAAUGGACCAAGGCUGACCUGGUCCUGAAGGGAGAUGAUCGCAUCACCAUCGAUACCAAGACAGGAAACUCCACUUUGUCUAUCGCCAAAACUGUCAGAGAAGACACAUCUACCUACAUCAUUGAGGCAGUCAACAGCAGUGGUCGUGCUACCGCAACUGUUGAUGUCAACAUUCUUGAUAAGCCUGGUCCUCCAGCUGCGUUUGAUAUUUCUGAGAUCACCAACCACUCCUGCUACCUGGCCUGGAACCCUCCCAGAGACGAUGGAGGUUCUGUCGUCACCAACUACAUUGUGGAGCUUAGACCCUUCGACAAAGAGGAGUGGACCAAACUGUCAUCCACUGUGAAACAAACCACUUUCAAUGCCACCAAACUCACCCCUGAAAAGGAAUACGUCUUCAGAGUACAGGCUGAGAACCAGUACGGCAUCGGCGCCCCUAAUGAGCAUGUGCCAAUCAUCGCCAAAUACUCCUUUGAUCCUCCUGGUGCUCCAUCCAGAUUGCAGCCUUCUGAUAUUGCUAAGGACUCUCUGACUCUGACAUGGUACGAGCCUGAUGAGGAUGGUGGCAGUCCUAUCACUGGGUACUGGAUCGAGAGGUUCGACCCAGAAAAUGACAAAUGGAUCAGAUGCAACAAGCUGCCCAUCAAGGACAUCACCUUUAGGGUGAAGGGCCUGCCUACCAAGAAGAAGUACAAGUUCCGUGUCUUGGCUGAGAAUCUUGCAGGACCAGGAAAACCAAGCACUGAGACUGAUCCAGUCUUGGUCAAGGAUCCAAUUGAUCCUCCAUGGGCUCCUGGCAAACCCUUCAUCCGAGAAAUAGCUAAGACAUCUGCCUCCCUGCAAUGGACCAGGCCAGAGCACGACGGCGGGGCCAAGAUCGAGGGUUACAUCAUUGAGUUCCUGAAGACUGGUACCGAAGCAUGGAUCAGAGCAGCAGAGGACGUGCCCCAGACUGAGCACUUCCUGAAGGGUUUGAUGGAGAAACAGGAGUACUCAUUCAGAGUCAAGGCCGUCAACUGUGCAGGAGAGAGUGAGCCCAGUGACCCAAGCGAUCCUGUGGUCUGCAAGGAAAGACUCUUUCCUCCAUCACCUCCUCAAUGGCUUGAGGUGGCUAACAUCACAAAGAUCAACGCUGAGCUGAAGUGGCAGGCUCCUGACAACGACGGUGGCUCUCCAAUCACCAACUACGUUGUUGAGAAGAGGGAUGUCAGGCGUAAGACCUGGACUGCAGUGGACACCACUGUGAAGGAGCUGAAGUACACUGUCACUCCACUGAACGAGGGCUCUCUCUAUGUGUUCCGUGUGGCUGCUGAGAACGCAGUCGGACAGAGUGAUUACUGUGAACUGGAAGACUCUGUUCUAGCUAAAGAUACUUUCACCACUCCUGGGCCACCCUAUGCCUUGACUAUUGUGGAGGUGUCCAAGAGACACGUUGAACUGAAAUGGGAAGCUCCAAAGAGUGAUGGUGGGAGACCCAUUACAAAGUAUGUCAUUGAGAAGAAAGAGAAACUUGGAACCCGCUGGGUGAAGUCUGGAAAGACCCCUGACGCUCUGUGCACCUACAAAGUCACAGACGUGGAUGAGGGCACUGAGGUUCAGUUCCAGGUCCGUGCUGAGAAUGAGGCUGGUGUUGGACACCCUAGUGAACCAACAGAAGUAGUCACCAUUGAGGAUGCUACAAGUCCACCAUCUCCUCCUGUUGACGUGGUCAUAGUUGAUGCCAGUAGAGAACAUAUCAACAUUACCUGGAAGGUACCAUUGAAGAAUGGAGGUAGCCCCAUCACAGGAUACCAUGUUGAGCUCCGAGAGGCUAAAGCUGAGAAGUGGAUGAGAAUCAACACUCGCCCAGUCAAGGAGCUCAAAUACAAAGCAGAGGAAAGCAUCAAGCCAGAGAAACAAUAUGUCCUGAGAGUCCGUGCCAUCAACUCUGUUGGUGUCAGCGAUCCUUCUGCCAUUUCUGAGAAGGUCUUUGCCAAGGAUCCAGACAGUAUUCCUACUAUGGAUAUGGAGGCCCUAGACAUUGUGGUGGUUGAGGGUGACAAGCUGCAUAUCAACAUCCCAUACAAUGCCGUCCCCAAACCAGAGAUGGUCUGGAGCAAAAUCAUCCACACAGAUACUGCCUCUGACACAAAGUUACAGAAUGACGACAGACGGUUGAUGACUUGUGAGCUCAACAGUGUUCACCUGGAAGUGAUGAAGUGUGUGCAUGAUGAUGCUGGAGAAUACUCCGUCACUCUGGAGAAUGCGAUUGGAACAGCCACCAGAAUCAUCAACGUUAAAGUUAUUGGUCUGCCCGGCCAAUGCAAGGACAUCAAUGCAGAUGAGAUCACUAAGAACUCCUGCAAGCUGACAUGGGAGGCUCCAGAGAGUGAUGGUGGUACUCCAAUUCUCCACUACGUUCUGGAGCGUAGAGGGGCUUCUAAUAAGACUUUCAGGCCUCUGAUGUCAGGAGAAAACAUCCUGACCUACCAGGUCAACGAUCUCAAGCUGAACGAAGAAUAUCACUUCCGGGUCAAGGCUGUCAACAAGGUCGGCUCUGGGCCAUUCCUGGAGCUCCGCAACCCUGUCAUCACUAUGGAAGUGAAACAGAAACCAGAUCCACCCAUUGAUGUUGAGGCUCAUGAUCCAACCGCCAACUCUAUCACACUGACCUGGAAACCACCAGUGUCUGACGGUGGUUGCGCCAUCACUGGCUACAUCCUGGAAUGCAUUGAGAAGGAUGGUGAUAGAUUCCAGAGAAUCAACCCAUCCCUGGUGCCUGGUUUCACCUAUGUGGUGAAAGAUAUGACAGAAGGCAAAGAGUAUCAGUUCCGUGUUCGCGCUGAGAACGCUGCUGGAGUCAGCGAGCCGUCUCGCAGCACUCCACUGACCAUGAUCGCUGCUCCCGUUGAAAAACCCAAGGUGUCCCUCCAUGCUCGCCUGCAGCACGGCCUGUGCAUCAGGAAGGGUGAAGAGAUCCGCCUGGACGCCUACAUCUCUGGCGCUCCAUACCCAACUGUCACCUGGCUCAGGAACAACGAAGACGUCAAGAAUGUACCAGAGAAGAAGCCAGUACUGCCUAUUCUGAAGAAGAAGGGGGGCAAGGUUGAACCUGAAGUACCUGAGGUGUUUGUAACCCCUCUUCAUGAGCGUCUUUCUUAUGCUGUAAAGAAGGGCGAGACCUCAAUCAUGGUGCGAGACUCCAUCAGAGCUGACCACGGUCACUUCUGCAUCCAGGCCGAGAACUCUCAUGGUGUUGCAACUGCGUACUGUGACGUCAACGUCCUUGAUAAGCCUGGACCUCCAGUGAACUUUGUCUUUGAGGAGAUCAGGGACACCUCUGUCAUCUGCAAGUUCGACCCUCCUCUUGACGAUGGUGGUAGUGAGAUCCUGAACUACAUCCUUGAAAAGAAAGACAACAAGAAUGAAGAUAUUGGAUGGAUCACGGUAACUUCAACCCUCAAGGUUUGCAACUAUCCUGUUACCAAACUGAUUGAAGGAAAGGAGUACAUCUUCCGUAUUACCGCUGAGAACAAGUUUGGCUGCGGACCUUCAUGUCUCUCUGAGCCAGUCGUUGCCAAGAACCAAUUCGAUCCACCCGAUGCUCCAAACACACCCCGAAUUGGAGAGGUGACUGCCAACAGUGUGUUCAUCUCCUGGCAUGAGCCCAAGGACAACGGUAGUCCCAUCCUGGGCUACUGGAUCGAGAGGAAGGAAAUGAACAGCAAACACUGGACUAGGGUGAACCGAUUCCUGCUCAAUACCCUCUCUGUGAAGAUUGAGGGUCUUAUGGAAGGCCUGGUAUACAUAUUCAGAGUCUGUGCAGAGAAUCUGGCUGGCCCCGGACCCUUCAGUGUCCCAACUGAUCCCCAGAUUGCUAUGGAUCCAAUCUUGCCACCUGGCCCACCCACUCCAAGAGUUAUCGAUACCUCUGCGACAACAGUUGAUAUCGCCUGGGUUCCCCCCCUGUACAAUGGAGGAGGGGAUAUACUUGGCUACCAUGUUGAGAGUGUUCUGGCUGGAGAGAAGGAAUGGAAACGUAGUACAGAGUUCAGAUGCAAGGAGCUGAAGUAUACAGUGACUGGGCUGACAGAGGGUGCUGACUAUUACAUCCGGGUUAUUGCUGUCAAUGACGCCGGACCGGGAGCACCUGGCAUGACUGAACCAGUCACUGUGAAGGAGCCUCAAGAGCCCCCAGUGGUUGACUUUGAUGCUUCUGUGAAGAAUGGAGUCAUCAUCAAAGCCGGCGAGGCACUGAGACUGCCAGCGUUCGCCAUCGGCAGACCACAACCAGAAGUGAAAUGGAUGAAGGAUGAGGCUGAAACUGACAAAGAGCAUGUUGUGAUCGAAACUGAAGGAAAGAACAGCCUUCUGUUCAUCAAGUAUGCCAAGAGAACUGAUCACGGAAAGUACCAGAUCUCUGGAACCAACAGCAGUGGAACCAAGUCUGCUGUCACGAGAGUUGACGUCAUGGAUGUCCCUGGGCCUGUGGUUAAUCUGAAGACUACUCAUGUCACCAAGAAGAACAUCAGCUUGAGCUGGGCAGAUCCUCUAGAUAACGGUGGCAGCGAUGUCAUCGGCUACGUAGUGGAGAAAAAGGAUGCGAAAAUGAAGCUAUUCAGACAACCUAUCGAGAUUGCUUCAUGCAAGUGUGACAUUCAGGGUUUGCUUUCAGAGGAAGAGUACGAUUUCCGUGUUUUUGCAAGGAACAAGUACGGUGAUGGCCCUCCAACGGACAUUGGGCCUAUUCUGGCUUCGGAUCCCAAAGCUGUUCCAUCUCCACCAUUGAAACUGCACUACACCGAAAGGUGGACUACUGCUAUUGCUCUUGCUUGGGAGCCACCUCGCAGCGAUGGAGGUAGCCCAAUCACGGGUUACUAUGUUGAGAAGAUGAGAGCAGAUGGAACUGAGUUUGACGUGGCCAAUCGCAAGCUCUGCAAAGACUUACACAUCAAAUUGGAAAACCUAUCAGAGAACCACGUGUAUCAGUUCCGUGUGUUUGCCGUGACUGAGGUGGGAGAGGGCGAACGCUCCAAACCCAUCAGUGCUAACAUACAGGAUGAUGAAAUUCCCCCCGAAAUCUCAAUCUUGGAGCAUUUCAAGAGAGAUACAAUCAUUGUGAGGAAGGGAGCAGCAAUUGAGAUCCCUGCUGAGGUGGUGGGUCUGCCAAUGCCAGAGGUUCAGUGGUCUAAGGAUGAUGUCAUCAUCCCCAUGGCUACUGAGACACUGUUGAUGGAGUUUGAGGAGGUGGCCCGCACCAAAUGCACCACCAAGAUCAGCAUCCCUGAGACUAUCAGAGGAGACAAGGGAGACUACAAACUGGCUGCCACCAACUGCCAUGGCAAAGCACACCGCAUCAUCCAUGUGGAGGUUCUAGACCGCCCUCUGCCACCACGUGACAUUGUGGUGUCUGACAUCCAAGCUGAGUCUUGCUAUCUGACUUGGGCGGUCCCAGAGGACGAUGGGGGAAGUGAGAUCACCAACUACAUCAUCGAAAGGAGGGACGCCAGCAGGAAGAAGUCUGACUUUGAGCAGCUCACCUGCAAUAUCAUUGAUAGGAGAUAUGGGGUGUACAAAAUGGACAGAAUGGGCCAGUACCAAUUCAAAAUCAAAGCUGAGAACAAGUUCGGAAUCAGUGACGGUUGUGAAUCCGAGAAGGUCGUUCUCAAGGAUCCAUUCGGUCUUCCUGGUCCACCUCGCAAACCAAAGGUCAUCGCAGCAACUUCCACUACUAUGACGAUCACCUGGGAGCCUCCACUGCAGAAUGGUGGCUCCUCCAUUCAGGGAUACUGGCUGGAGAAAAGAGAGAGAGGAGCUGGGAUCUGGGGUCGUGUGAACAGAGCUCCAGUCACCAAGCCUGCAGUGAAGGGUUUGGAAUACACAGUCCUCCGCCUUAAUGAAGGGGCUGAGUACCAGUUCAGAAUUAGGGCUCAGAAUGCUGCUGGAAUCGGACCUCCCAGUGAAGCAUCUCCAUGUCAAUUCGCUGUUGAUCCACGCAAUCCCCCGAGUGCACCAGGAGUGCCAGUUGUUAAGGACAAGACCAAGACCAGUGUCACUCUCACCUGGACCCCACCAGAGAAAGAUGGCGGCAGCCCAGUCAAGGGCUACAUCGUUGAGGUUCAGGACACAGACUCCCUGGAUUGGAAGAGAGUCAGUGACCCUGAGAAGCUGCACCCUACCACUGAGAUCACUGUUCCAGACCUGAAAGAAGGCCAGAAGAUCAGAUUCAGAGUCACUGCUGUCAACGCUGCUGGCAAAUCUGAACCAAGCGCACGUUCUGCUGACAUCACUGUCCAGGACAUCUUAACUGAACCAAACAUUACUCUGGAGGUCAGCGCCCAUGAGCUGUUGUCCUGCAGAGCUGGAACUACCAUUAAAAUACCAGCUCUCAUCACCGGCCGUCCCACUCCUAAAGUUACAUGGGAGUUCAAGGAUGGAACAGCAGAGACCGAGAAGAAGAAUGACAUCCAUAUCCUUCCAAUCGAUUCAAAGAUCGUGUCAACUGAUACAACAUCAGUCAUUACCAUCCCUGAGAGCCACCUCAAACAUGCCGGACGUUACAUCAUCACAGCGGAAAACGCAGCUGGACACAAGAACAUGAAAGUCAGAGUCAAUGUCCUUGAUCUGCCUGGCCCACCCAAAGACCUCAAAGUCACAGACAUCACAAGAGGCACAUGUAGACUUACAUGGAAGGCUCCAGAUAGUGACGGUGGUGAGAGGAUCAAGAGUUACUUCAUUGAGAAGAAGACUGUGGAAGGAAAAGCUUGGACCAAGUGCAACCCAGCCUGUGCCGCCCAGUCCUUUAUUGUGCCCGACCUCAUUGAGGGACAGGAUUACCUGUUCCGUAUCCGGGCGGAGAACCGCUUUGGAUUUGGACCACUAGUUGAGACCAUUGAAUGUUCAAAGGCUAGAGAUCCUAUCCAUCCUCCUGAUGCUCCCACAAGGGUAAAGAUUCAAGAAGUGACUAAGGGCACAGCAACCCUGACUUGGAAGCCACCCAGGAAUGACGGUGGAGCUCCAGUGACACACUACACUGUUGAACGUCUGUGCUGGGACAGUAGUGGAUCUCAGAAGCAGUCCUGGAGACAGUGCAACAGACGUGAUAUUGAAGACCUCACCUUCAAGGUUGAGGAUCUGACUGAAGGAGAAGAGUAUGAGUUCCGUGUCAAGGCCGUGAACGAAGCCGGCCCCAGCAGACCAUCAUCUACUGUUGGACCAGUUGUCAUCCAAGACCAGACACGUGCUCCUGCUAUUGACCUGGAGGAGUUCAUGGAGGUUGAACAAGGAGCUGAUAUCAGCAUCAAGGCAAAGAUCAGGGGCUGUCCAUUCCCCACUCUCACCUGGCUCAAGGCUCCAGCACACAAGGGUGACGACAAGGUUGAGGUUGCGUAUGACGAGCACAUCAACAAGAUUGUGUCUGAUGAUAGCUGUGUACUGCUGAUCCAGCAGGGAAAGCGCUCAGAUACAGGCCUCUACACUAUCACAGCCAGUAACAGCCUAGGAAAGGCCUCCAAGGAGAUGAGACUCAACGUCUUGGGACGUCCUGGACCACCAUCCGGUCCUGUGAAGUUUGAGGAGGUCGACGCUGAGAAGAUUACCCUGUCAUGGCUGCCACCUAAGGAUGACGGUGGCUCCAAAGUGACCAACUACGUCAUUGAGAGGCGUGUAGCCAACAGGAAGACAUGGAUCCCUGUAACCAAUGAACCCAAGGAGCGUAUCUGGACGGUGGAGGGCCUGAUGGAAGGGCAUGAGUAUGUGUUCCGAAUUUGUGCUCAGAACAAAUAUGGAGUUGGAGAGCCUCUGGACAGUGAACCUGAAGAAGCCAGGAAACUCUAUGCUGUUCCCGGCCAAUGUGAAAAGCCAACCAUUUCAGCCGUUGACCAUGAUUCCAUGAUGGUCAACUGGGAAGAGCCAGAAGAUGAUGGAGGCAGUCCAGUGACUGGCUAUUGGCUGGAGCGUAAGGAAACCACCUCGAAGCGCUGGAACAGGGUGACGCGCGACCCCAUCCGGGCCAUGGCUUUCGGGGUGUCCCAUAAUGUGACUGGACUCAUUGAGGGGUCACAGUACCUCUUCCGGGUCACAGCUAUCAACGCAGCAGGAUGUGGACCUCCUAGCGCAUGCACCGACCCGAUCUUCGCCAGAGAUCCUAUCUCUGUCCCUGGACCUCCAACACCAAAGGUCACAGACUGGACCAAGUCAUCAGUGGAUCUAGUCUGGAUCCCACCUCUGAAGGAUGGUGGAUCUAAGAUCACGGGAUACAUUGUUGAAUACUCAGAGGAUGGAACAGACAAAUGGGUUAAAGCUAAAGACAAGGAACACAGAAGCACCAAGUUGGUCAUUACUGGAUUGAAGACCGGUGGAUUCUACAAGUUUAGAGUGACAGCGUUGAAUGCUGCAGGCCCCAGCGAACCCGGUGAAGUCCCAGACGCUAUUAAGGUUGAAGACAGGACAAUUGCUCCUGAGGUUGACCUUGAUGCCACAGUGAAGGAAAGGAUGGUGGUCCAUGCCGGUGGUGUGAUCCGCAUCCUGGCCUUUGUGUCUGGCCAGCCUGCUCCAAAGAUCACAUGGAGCCGUGAUGACGGUGCUCUACCACCAGAAAGUGCAGUUGAGACCACCGCCAUCAGCUCAUCGCUGGUCAUCAAGCCCUGCACCAGAAGACACCAAGGAGUCUAUACUCUGACUGCUGCUAACUCAGGAGGAGAAAAGAAGAGAUCUAUCAUUGUUGAUGUCCUGGAUGUCCCUGGUCCAGUUGGCGUACCCUUCACCUCAGAGAACCUCACUAGCGACUCCUGCAAGCUGAACUGGUUUUGUCCUGAGGAUGAUGGUGGUUCUGCCAUCACCAACUACAUCAUUGAGAAGCGCGAUGCGGAGAGGAAGGCUUGGACUGCCCUGUCCUACACAGUCACCAGACACAAUGCUGUGGCCCACGGACUGCAGAAUGGAAAAGCUUACUUCUUUAGAAUCGCAGCUGAGAACUCCAUUGGAGUUGGACCUUUUGUUAACACCGCAUGUGAAAUCAUCAUAAAGGAUCCCAUCACCGUUCCAGACCGCCCAGAGGACCUUGAAGUAACAGCAGUUCAUAAAGACUAUAUCAGCUUAACAUGGAAACCUCCUGUGUCUGACGGAGGGUCAGAGGUCACCAAGUACAUCCUGGAGGCCCGUAUGAUCGGCAAGGACAAGUUCACACGUCUGACAAAGGAGAAACUGAUGGAGAGGAGAUUCACCUACGACGGUCUGAGAGAUGGGGACACCUAUGAGUUCAGAGUUAGCGCUGUGAAUGAAAUUGGGCCCAGCAAGCCAUCGUUCUGCACCAAACCAAUCACCUGCAAAGAUGAACUUGAACCCCCAACCAUUGAGCUUGACUUCCGUGACAAGAUCAUCAUCCAUGUUGGGGAGAGCAUGGCUCUCCAGGGUCGCUACACCGGAAAGCCCUCUCCAUCUAUCAUGUGGUACAGAGAUGACGAAGAGCUGAAAGCAGAUCAGCACAUCAAGUUCAAAAACUCACUGACCACCAUGACUUUAGGCCUUAUGAAAGCCAAGCGCGAGCACAGCGGCAGAUACUGCGUGCUGGUUGAAAACAGCACCGGCUCUCGAAAGGGCAUUUGCAAUGUGACCGUUGUAGAUCGCCCAACACCACCAGUGGGUCCAGUCAUCUUUGAUGAAGUUCACAGAGAGUUCAUGGUGAUCUCUUGGAAACCUCCUAUUGAUUCUGGCGGAGUGGACGUGUCCAACUACAUCAUUGACCAGAGAGACGUCAAUAGUGACAUCUGGAGGAAUGUAACAUCUGCUUCGACGAAGUUGACGUGCAAAAUCCCCAGGUUGAUUGAGGGAAGAGAGUACAUCAUGAGAAUCUGUGCUGAGAACAUGUAUGGAAUCAGUGACCCACUGGAUUCAGAGGAGAUGAGAGCCAAAGAUCUCUUCAGAGUGCCUGAGGCACCAGAGAUGCCCAACGUGAGGGAGGUGUAUGCUGACAACUGCCUUGUGCUUUGGAGCAGACCUCGUGAUGGCGGCAAGCCCAUCACUAACUACAUAUUGGAGAAGAAGGAGCCAGCUGCAAAGAGAUGGUCUCGUGCCACCAGAGAACCCCUCUACCCAACUACUCAGUUCAGGGUGCUUGACCUUAUUGAAGGCUGUCAAUAUCAAUUCCGGGUUAUGGCAGAGAAUGAAAUCGGCACUGGUGACCCUAGUCCCCCAUCAAACACAAUUCUUGCCAAAGAUCCAAUUGUUCCUCCCAGCCCCCCUGUACUGCCAGAGGCAAUCGACAAGACCAAGGAUACCGUAAGCCUGAAAUGGCAGCUACCUCGCCAUGAUGGCAAAGGCAAAAUCUUUGGUUACCUUGUUGAGUACCAGAAGGUUGGUGCAGUAGAAUGGUCACAGGGCAAUGAGACUCCCGAAGAGUGCCCAGAAUGCAACUAUGUUCUAAAGGGCCUGGAAGACGGAGCAGAGUACAACAUCAGGGUCUUCACUGUGAAUGCUGCUGGACGCUCUGAGCCUGCCCCUUGUAAGCAAACAGUGAAAGUACAUGACAGACUGGAGAUACCAGAGUUGCUGCUUGAUGCCAAUAUGUCCCGUGACCAUCUUGCGAUGGUAGGAACUAAUAUUACUCUCAGUUCAGUGAUCAAGGGCAUGCCACCUCCCACUGUAGCAUGGCAGAAGAACGGAGAAGAGGUUCCCGCAGAUCGUUGUACCAUUGCUGCCACUGCCAAUGGCAGCAAACUUGUUAUGCUCAACUGUGUCCGCUCAGACAGCGGCAACUACACACUCACUAUUGAAAAUGCAGCUGGAAAGAAGUCCGCUACAUGCACAGUGCUCACCUUAGAUAAACCCGGACCUCCUCGGGAUCUGAAAAUCUCUGAGAUCACCAGUGAGUCAGCCUACCUGACCUGGAAGGUUCCUGAGGAUGAUGGAGGGGCUGUCAUCUCUCACUACGUUGUGGAAAAGAAAGACGUGGCGGCUGAGAAAUGGGUGCCCGUCGCUGCAUCAAACAAGAAGCCUAGUCUGAUGGCUCUGUAUCUUAUGGAAGGAGUCCAGUAUCUGUUCCGUGUUGCUGCUGAGAACCAGUUUGGCAGAGGUUCCUACAUCAUGACUAAGACGCCGAUCAAGGCUGUUGAUCCUCUUUAUCCACCCGGUCCACCAAAGAAUCUACACCACAUCGACGUAGAUAAGACUGAAGUCUGGCUCCAAUGGGAUUGGCCAGACCGCGACGGAGGAAGUGAGAUCACUGGAUUCAUCGUUGAGCACCAGGAGGGAGAGGGAAAAGACUGGGUCACCUUCAAGACUGUCAACAAUCCUCAUAGCCAUGUCACUGGACUGGAGGAGGGAAAGACAUACAGGUUCCGUGUGAAGUCCCAGAAUGCUGUUGGCGUGAGCCGUCCUGACACCAGUGUCCCUGUAACCUGCCAGGAGAAACUCUUGCCACCAACUAUUUCAGUGGAUGUGAAGCUUAUUGAAGGUUUGAUUGUCAAGGCUGGAAGCACUAUCGUACUCCCAGCAGUCAUGAAAGGAAUUCCUACUCCCACAGCCAAGUGGGUGAGUGACGGAAAGGAACUGGCAACAAAGGGCAACGUCAAGAUUGACACUGAGGGCAUGAACACAUCUCUCACCAUCACUGGAUGUGUCAGAGGUGACACUGGAGAGUAUCUCCUCACCGUGGCAAACACUGCUGGAAGCAAGACUGUUGCUCUGCACGUCACUGUGCUCGAUGUCCCAGGUGCCCCCAUUGGCCCGAUCAACAUCCUUGAAGUUACCCCUGACCACAUGGUCAUCAACUGGAGACCACCUAAAGAUGAUGGUGGCACUCCUUUGACGUGUUACAUUGUUGAAAAGAAGGAUACCAAAAAGGCAUGGGAACCAUGGUCAGUUGUGUGUUCAGGAUGCACUGGUACAAAGGCUAAAAUUUCUCGAUUGGAGAAAGGUCGUGAAUAUAUUCUGCGUGUCCGUGCAGAAAACAAGGUGGGCAUUGGUGCUGGACUUGAGAGUCCUCCCACUAUUGCCAAACAUAUGUUUGAUCCACCUGGCCCUCCAGGCCAGCCAACCUGCUCUGAUAUCACAGAGAAUGCUGUGACCAUAGAAUGGACUCUGCCUGAAUUUGAUGGUGGCAGUCCAGUCAGUGGCUAUGUAGUAGAGCGCAGAGAAAUGACAGGGAAAUGGAUCCGCGUCAACAAGACACCUGUAUUGGAUCUCCGAUACAGAGCAUCAGGUCUGUUUGAGAACAACAGCUAUGAGUUCAGAAUCUUUGCUGAGAACGUUGCUGGCGUCAGCGAGCCCUCUCCUGUAUCAGAUCCAGUGAAGUGCACCCGUCCUAUUACUAAGCCAGGACCCCCAUUAAACCCUAAGCUGAGGGACUGGAGCAAGUCAUAUGCUGACUUGGUGUGGACCAAGCCAACAAGAGAUGGAGGCAGCCCCAUCUUAGGUUAUAUAGUUGAAUGUCAGAAAUCAGCCAGCGCCAAAUGGGAGAAAGUUCAUAAGGAUCUCAUCCCGAUGUGCGCAUUUAGAGCAAUGGGACUUACUGAGGGCAUGGAAUACAGGUUCCGCAUUAGCGCUUCCAAUAUUAUUGGAGAUGGAAAACCUACAGAGCUCUCAGAAACAGUCCUUGCCAAGGACAUUCUGGUUCCCCCAGAGCUGACAGUUGAUGUUGCUUGCCGUGACCUUCUGACAGUUAGGGUGGGACAGAGUAUCAAUCUUGUUACUAGAGUUAAAGGUAGACCAGAUCCUGAUAUCACUUGGUCUAAGGAUGCUAAGAUUCUAGGCAUAGACAGGCGUACUGAGAUGAACAACAACUUCCCUCUGGUUGAGCUGGUGAUUUCAGAUGCAGUAAGGCAAGAUUAUGGAAAGUAUGCUAUCCUUGCUAAAAACAGCAGUGGUCAAGCACAGGCUACCAUUAUUGUGAAUGUGCUUGACACUCCAGGCGUCUGUCAGAAUCUGAAGACCACUUACGUGACAAAAGAAUCCUGCAUGGUUUCCUGGGAGAACCCAGAGGAUAAUGGAGGAACUGAAAUAACACAGUACAUUAUUGAGAGCCGUCAACCUAGUCAAAGGAAUUGGACAGUGGUAUCAAAUGAUUGCACCAAACGCCUUAUGAAGGCACCACUCCAUGAGGGUUGUGAAUACUUCUUCCGUGUGAGUGCAGAGAACAAAAUUGGUGCUGGACCUUCAACAGAGACCAAAACAGCCAUCCUUGCUGUUGAUCCCAUUGAGAAGCCUGGUGACCCUAUUGACUUCAUUAUCUCUGAGAUCGGCAAGACAUUCGUCUUCCUGAAAUGGAAGAGACCAGACUAUGAUGGUGGCAGCCGUAACCUGGGCUACCAUGUUGAAAAGAAACCUAAAGUGGCAGAGGAAUGGGAGAGACUGCACAAGGGUGCGAUUAAGGAAACUUACUUCAUGGCAGACAAGUGCAUUGAAAACGAAAUUUACCAGUUCAGGGUACAGACAAAGAAUGAAGGAGGUGAGAGCAACUGGGUGACAACUGCUGAGGUUGAGGUUAAAGAACAGUUAGUGGUGCCAGAGAUCAAGAUGAAGUUGCAAUGGACUCUAGUGGUUAAUGCCGGUGACGCCAUUCCAAUUGAAGCUGAUGUCAAGGGAAAACCAGCUCCGGAAGUAAAGUGGACAAAGGAGAAAGACACAGGGGACAUCACCAAGAGCCCAAGGCUCCAAAUAGAGGCCGGUGUAGAAUUCUCUAAAUUCCUGUUGACAAACUCAAGACGUGGAGAUACUGGAAAAUAUAACAUCACUGCUACCAAUAGUGCUGGAACAGCCACUGGAUGGGCGAAUGUGUGUGUGCUUGAUAGACCUGGUCCUAUCAGCAACCUAGUUGUAAAUGGUGUUACAGUGGAUAGGUGCAUGUUGACAUGGGAUAUGCCAGAUGAUGAUGGUGGAUGUGAAAUUUAUAACUACAUCAUAGAAAAGUGUGAGAAGAAGAGAAUGGUGUGGUCCAUACAUUCUUCUGCUGUGAUCACCAACUCUGCUAAAGUAACCCGCCUUGUAGAAGGAAAUGAAUAUAUAUUCAGGGUGCGUGCAGAAAACAAGAUGGGGGCAGGUCCUGCAGUGGAGAGCGCACCUAUUGUGGCAAGGACCGAAUUCAGUAAACCUGGCAUUCCAGAAGCACCAGAAGUUAUCAAGAUCUCCAAGGAGGAGAUGACCGUUACAUGGAACCCUCCUGAGAAUAACGGUGGAAAGGAAAUCUCUGGUUACAUUCUGGAGAAAAAGGAAGAAUUCGGAGUACGAUGGUCUCCUUGCACAAAGCAUUCCAUUGAUUCGACCCAACUGACUGUCACUGGUUUGCUGCGUGAUCAUGAAUAUCAGUUCCGCGUCAGGGCUGAGAAUGAAAUAGGACUUGGUGAACCAAGCAAACCCUCAAGAUCACUCGCCGCCAGGGAUUCUCUUGAUGUACCAGCCCCUCCAACAAAUCUGAAGGUUGGUGAUAGUACAAGGACCUCUGUAGCACUGAAGUGGACAAAGCCUGUUUCUGAUGGUGGAGCUCCUAUCAUUGGUUAUGUGGUGGAAAUGAGGAUCAAGGGAAACAAGGAUGCGGCAUGGAAGAGGUGUAAUGUCGCAGCCCAGCUAAUUGUAUGUGAAUUCACUGUCUCCAGUCUGGAUGAUCAUGAAUGGUAUGAAUUCCGCGUUUCUGCUCAAAAUCAAUGCGGUAUGAGCUUAACGGCGGAUCUUACGAUGCCCGUCCAACCAAAGGAUAUCCUUGAGGCACCUGAAAUUGACAUGGAUGCUAGUCUGAAGGACGGUCUGACAGUCAGGGCCGGAUGUCCCAUCCGACUGGUGGCAACCAUCAAGGGAAGACCAGCUCCCAAAGUCUGCUGGAGAAGAAUGGGUGUCGAUAACGUUGUCAGGAAGGGCCAUGUGGACAUCAUUGACACAAUGACCUUCCUGGUUAUCCCUGAAAGUACACGGGAUGAUUCAGGCAAAUACUCCCUGACCCUGUCCAGCCCAGCUGGGGAGAAGGCAGUGUUUGUCAAUGUCAAAGUACUGGAUACCCCAGGGCCUGUAGUGGGUCUGGAUGCCACAGAUAUUAAACAGACGUCCGCCAAACUGGCAUGGUCCCCCCCUGAGAACGAUGGUGGCAGUGCAGUCACUCAUUACAUUAUUGAGAAGCGUGAAAUCGAUCGCAAGACCUGGGGACCAGUCGCAAACAAUAUUGAACAGACUGAAACCUACGUCAAGAAACUUGUUUCAGGCACAGAGUAUUUCUUUAGAGUCACUGCUGUGAAUGAAUAUGGUCCUGGAGUUGCGAAGGUCUCGCCAAAGUCCUACAUGGCAUCUGAUCCUGUCAGCAAACCUGAACCAUGCCCAAAGAUUGAUGUAUUGGAAAUUACAAAGAACAGUGCACUUCUGGGAUGGCUGAAACCAUUGGGUGAUGGAGGAGCUAAGAUAGAUGGUUAUAUAGUUGAAUACACAGCGGAAGAGAAGCCAGAACCACAAUGGAUGGCAUACACAACUGUUAAAAAUUUAACCCUUUCAGUUAGUGGACUCAAGGAGGGUAUGAAGUAUAGAUUCCGGGUGGCCGCAAGAAAUAUCAUGGGUCGCAGUUCGUACACUGAAACUAGGGACGCUUAUGAGAUCAAGGAACAGAUGCUGGAACCCAAGAUUAUGAUGGCGGAGGCUGUGUCUGCCAAAGCAGGAGCGAAACUCAGGGUGGAAGCUCUUGUGUCUGGAAAGCCAGCACCAACCUGCACAUGGAUGCGAGGAGAUGACAACGUUGUUUCCUCUAGUCGUCUUGCUGUGCACAAAUCUGCAAACAUGUGUGUGCUCAUCAUCAAAGACGUGUCCAGAACCGACAGUGGAAUAUACAGUUUGGUUGCUGAGAACAGCUGUGCUAAAGUAGAUCAGCAUAUUAAAAUCAUCAUCAGAGAUAUCCCCGGAGCGCCUGAGCCUCCAUUUGAGAUCAGUGACAUUGACGCUGAUGCCUGCACACUCUCUUGGAAAGCACCAAUUGAAGAUGGCGGAAGCCAGAUUACAAACUACGUAGUGGAGAAGUGUGACGUGAUCAGAGGCGACUGGGUAAACGCUGUAUCGUCCUGUGGCAAGACUGGCUGCAGACUGGGAAAGCUCAUCCCUGGAAAGGAAUACAUCUUCCGUGUCCGUUCUGAGAAUCGCUAUGGAAUCUCAGACCCCCUAACAUCGGACAGGAUGAUUGCCAAAUUCCCCUUCGAUGUGCCCAGUGAGCCUUUAAACUGCCACAUCACCAAGGUCAACAAGGACUGUAUGUUUGUAGCCUGGGACAGACCUGAGAGCGAUGGUGGCAGCCCUAUUACUGGCUUCUACAUUGAACGCAAAGAGAGGAACAGUCUCCUUUGGGUCAAAGCUAACGACUCAGUUGUCAGAUCAUUGGAAUAUCCCUGUGCAGGCCUUAUUGAGGGCUUGGAAUACAACUUCAGAGUAUCUGCCAUCAAUCGUGCUGGACAGAGUAAGCCAAGCAAGAAGUCUGACUUCGUCACAGCAAGGACACCAGUUGACACACCAGGCAAACCAGAGGUUCUUGAUGUUACCAAGAAUGCAGUCACCUUGGUCUGGACUAGACCAAAGAAUGACGGUGGAAGCAAGAUAAUUGGAUAUUAUGUUGAGGCCCUGAGGCUCCCUGGAGACAAAUGGGUCCGUUGCAACACCAGCAGUCAGAAUGUACCCAGAGAAGAGUACACUGCAACUGGACUGGAGGAAGACAUGGAGUACCAGUUCAGAGUCAUCGCAAAGACCGCUGUCAACAUGAGCCGGCCAUCAGACAUCACGGACCCAGUUCUGGUCUCUGCAGAGAAGGUGCCACCAAGAGUAGAAAUUGGAAUCCCAAUGAAGAGGCUUAAGCCAGUGAAGGCUGGGGUAAAUGUACUUCUUGAGGCAGAGGUGUUUGGAAAACCGAUGCCCAAGGUUACAUGGAAGAGGGGAGAGGAAGUAUUGAGAGCUUCUGAGACGUUGAAGAUGUCCCAGUUGAGACAUCUCUUCAGCAUAGAGCUUCUUGGAGUAACAAAGGAACACACAGGAGAGUAUACUAUUUUGGCAGAAAAUGCAAGUGGAUCCAAAACUGGAGAAAUUAAGUUAACUGUUUUCGAUGUCCCCGGUCCACCAGUCUCUGUCAAGUUUGGUGACGUGUUUGCCAAUAGUGUCCAGAUUAGUUGGGAGGCGCCUCUUGCCGAUGGAGGCUCGGACAUCACAAACUACAUUGUUGACAAACGUGAGACCAGUAGAGCUGAAUGGGCUCAGGUCGCAGCCCAUAUUCAGGGUGAUGUGUUUGAACUCACCACAAAGAAACUGAUUGAGGGACGAGAGUACCAGUUCCGCGUCCGCGCAGAGAAUAGAUUUGGGGUUGGAGAAGCCAUUGUGACGGAUCCCGUCUAUGCCAGGAAUCCAUUCACUGUCCCUGGGGCAUGUGAGGCACCAGUCAUCACAAACAUCACCAAAGAGCACAUGACCGUUAGCUGGAAGGAACCUGCCGAUGAUGGCAAGUCAACCAUCUUAGGAUACAUAGUGGAGAAGAAGGGAACCAAGGAAGUCAACUGGACUAAACUGAACAGGAAAGCAUUGAUAGAGAGAACCCUGGAAGUUGCUGGUCUGUCAGAGGGAGCAGAGUAUGAAUUCAGAGUAAUUGCCCUGAACAACGCUGGCCUUGGCAAACCCAGUGAGCCAUCCACUGUGGCUUCAGCCCACGAUCCUAUCAAUCCUCCUGGACCCCCUGUGAACCCGAUGGUCACUGACGUCAGCCGCAGCACGAUUAGCCUGACCUGGACUAAACCAGCCAAUAACGGAGGCAGUGACAUCCUGGGAUACCUUGUUGAAUGCAAGAGAACAGACGCAACAGACUGGAUCAGAUGCAACGUGCCCAAGAACCUCCAAGACACAUUCUACCUUGUUCAGAACCUCAUUGAUAAAUCUGAAUAUCAACUGCGUGUGUCUGCCGUGAACAAAGUGGGCUUCAGUGAAACAUGCGAAGUGCCAGAUAAACAUGUAGCAAAGGACAUUUUGGUUGCUCCUGAGGCAGAACUCAGUGCUGACCUGAAGGAGGUUCUAGAGCUCCGUGCUGGGUCCCAAAUGAGACUUUUCGCCACAAUAAAGGGUCGUCCCACUCCCAAGGUGAUCUGGGCAAAAAUGAACAGCAACAUCAAGGAAAGACAAGACAUUGUUAUCAAGAGCACCGACACUGACACUGUGGUGUUAGUCCAGAGUUGCAACAGAUAUGAUGCGGGCAAAUACAUCCUGAGCCUUGAAAGUCGCAGCGGAAUGAAGAUGUAUACAAUUGUUGUCAAGGUUUACGAUACCCCUGGGCCACCAGUCAAUCUCAUGGUAAAGGGGACAACAAAGGACAGUGCAAAGAUCCUUUGGGAUACUCCUCUUAUUGAUGGUGGAAGCGAAGUGACCAGUUACAUUAUUGAAAAGCGUGAUGCAGAGAGAAAAGCUUGGUCUCUAGUUAAAGAUAACUAUGCCAAAAACACUCUCAAGAUCCCUGAUUUGGAGGCUGGUAGAUCUUACUGUUUUAGAGUCAAGGCUGUGAAUGAAUAUGGUGUUGGCGAGGCAUGUGAAACCGCAGAUUCAGUUAGAGCGUCUGAGGAACCUGGGCCGGUCAUGGACUUCAAGCCCUUGUUGAUCACAAAGCAAGGAUGCACCCUUGGAUGGAAGAAACCUCUCAGUGAUGGCGGUAGCCGCAUCAUUGUGUAUGUGCUUGAGGUUAUGAAUGGAGAUGAUAACUGGAAGGAGCUAAUGAGUUCCAAGAACAUGCAGUACAGUGCCAAGGAUCUGGUGGAAGGAAAAGAAUAUAAGUACAGAGUCAAAGCAGUAAAUGACUCUGGUGACAGUCCGUACAAGGAGCUGGAUGUGGUGGCUAAAGACCAGAUCAUUCAUCCUGGAGUUGACUUGCGGGGCAUUCCCAAUCUGUGCUACAUUGCAAAGGAGGGAAGUAUAGUCCGCAUCAAGCUCCCACUCUACGGCAAACCUACUCCUAAAUGCUCCUGGAAGAAGGGCGAGGAUGAGGAUUUGACCGAUACUGGAAGAGUGUGUGCAGAAUCCACAGCAGUCAACACUACCCUCCUGAUCCGUGACUGCCAGAGGAGCGAUGCCUCUAAGUACACAGUCACACUGAAAAACAUUUCUGGAGUAAAGGAAUCCACCAUCUUCAUUAGGGUGGUUGGCAAACCAGGAAUGCCUGUCGCACCAAUGAAGUUUAAGGAUGUCACUGCAGAUGGGUGCACCCUGAGAUGGACUGCACCUAAGGAUGAUGGUGGAUCAGAGAUAACCAACUAUACUCUUGAGAAGAGGGAUUCUGUAACCAACAUGUGGGUUAGCAUUGCUACCGAUAUUGAAGCAGUUUCCAAUACUACCACCUUCAGAGUGACAGGUCUUCAUGAGGAGACGGAAUACAUCUUCAGAGUCUGUGCACAGAACAAGCAUGGUGCUAGUGAAGGACUCAAAUCCGAGCCUAUUGUUGCCAAGCAUCCAUUCAAUGUACCUGAGGCACCACCUGCACCUGUGAUCAUGAGUAUGCGUCAUGAUUCAUCAUUUUUGGCCUGGUCUGACCCAAGGAAGACCGGAGGCUCUCCAAUUACUGGCUACCAUGUUGAGUUCAAGGAGAGGAACAGCAUGCUGUGGAAGAGGUCAGGGGGAGCCAUUAAGAUGAAGGAACACAAGGUCACCGGCUUAACUGAAGGACUGGAAUAUGAAUUCAGAGUCAUGGCCACGAAUCUGGCCGGUGUUGGCAGAGCAAGUCCACCAACUGAGGCGCAUGUUGCCUUGGAUCCAAUUGAUGCCCCUGGGAAACCUGAUGUGAUCAGCAUCACAAGAAGUACUGUAACACUUCAGUGGACUGAGCCCAAGUACGAUGGUGGACACAGACUGACUGGCUACAUCGUUGAAAAACGUGAUUUGCCUUCCAAGAUCUGGCAAAAGGCUAACAAUGUGAAUGUUGUGGACACAGCAUACACUGUGAAAGAGCUGCAAGAGGGAUGCAAGUUUGAGUUCAGAAUCAGGGCAAAAAAUGCCGCUGGAGCAUUGAGCCCUCCCUCUGAACAAACAGAUACACUUGUGUGCAAGGAUGAAUACGAGGCACCAACCAUCACUAUUGAUUCCACUGUAAAGGAGGGACUCACAGUCAGAGCGGGUGACCACAUCGUCAUAACUGCAACAAGUAUUGUAGGCAAACCCUCACCAACAUCAGUGUGGUCUAAGGGUGGAAAAUACUUCAAGCCUUCAGAUAUCUGCCAGAUUGAGUCCACUGCAACAUCCUCGACAUUGACGGUCAAAUAUGCCGGGAGAUCGGAUUCUGGAGAAUACACAAUUACAGCCAGCAAUCCAUUUGGUGUCACAGAAGAAGUUGUGAAAGUGAAGGUUUUGGAUGUACCCGCAGCUCCGGGUCCUAUUGAGGUCAGUGGAGUUUCGUCUGAGAAGGUCACACUGACAUGGACACCACCAACUGAAGAUGGUGGAUGUCCAGUUAAAUAUUACACCCUGGAGAAGAGAGAAACAAGCCGCCUCCUUUGGACCAUUCUGUCAGAAAAAGUACUUGACUGCCACUAUAUUGCCACGAAGCUAAUCCAGGGAAAUGAAUACAUCUUCCGUGUGAAGGCAGUUAAUCACUAUGGUCCUGGAGAAGCAGCAGUGUCUGGGCCAGCUAAGAUGGUGGACCAAUUUGGUCCCCCUGGUCCUCCAUCAAAACCAGAGAUUGAAGAGAUUGGAGGACACCAUGUCAAAAUCAACUGGAAAAGACCGAUUGAUGAUGGUGGUAGCGACAUCACAGGCUACAUGGUUGAAAAGAAAGAAAGAAAGGGCAUGAGAUGGGUUCGGGCAGCGAAGAAAUCCAUUGCUGAACUCUCAUAUGAAGUAACAGGACUCACAGAGAAAGUCGAAUAUGAAUUCAGGGUGGUUGCAGAGAACAAAGCAGGCUUCGGAGAGCCAAGUGAACCAUCAUUAUCUGUUACGACCAAAACUGUUAAAUAUGCACCUGGACCUCCAAUCAACCCAAGAAUUACAGAUACAACAAAGACUUCUGCAACAUUCUUCUGGGGGAAACCACUUGAAGAUGGUGGGCUUGAAGUCACAGGGUACUUUGUUGAGCAUAAAAAAGAUGGAGAAGAGGAAUGGUUCAAGGACACACCAACUGCUCCACUGAGAAUUACAGAAUUUGUUGUUCCUAACUUGACAGUGGGAGCAAAAUACCACUUCAGAGUCAGUGCAAUGAAUGCAGAGGGAGUUGGUGAACCAGCUCAAACUGAAGAACUGGUUGAAAUUAUUGAACGUGAAGAAGAGCCAGACCUUGAACUGGAUGUUGAGCUGAGAAGAACCCUUGUUGUCAGGGCGGGAUGUUCCAUCCGCAUAUUUGUGCCCAUUAAAGGUCGCCCAGCUCCUGUAGUAGCUUGGACGAAGGGCGAAGACACACCACUCAAAGGACGUGCUAACAUUGACAGCACAGAGUCAUACACUAUGCUUGUCAUCCCUGACUGCACAAGAAAUGAUGCAGGAAGAUACAACUUGAUCCUUACGAAUGCUGCAGGAGAGAAGACUGCUCAUGUCAAUGUGAGAGUUCUGGAUUCACCUGGACCACCAAUUAAUCUGAAGCCAAAGCACAUUGACAAAGAGAGCAUCACUCUUCAAUGGGAACUGCCGCUUAUCGAUGGUGGUUCAAAGAUAACAAACUAUAUAAUUGAAAAGAGAGAGUCAACACGCAAAGCAUAUUCCACCAUAAUAUCAGUGUGUCCAAAUAGCACAGUUAGAAUUCCUGAUCUAGCAGAAGGGUCAGAAUAUUACUUCAGAGUGUCGGCUGAAAAUGAGUACGGAAUUGGCGAGUCGGUUGAGACUACAGAUCCAAUUCGAGCAUCUCAAGCACCAACACCCCCUGAGAGCGUUUAUGCUACAGAUGUCACCAAGACCUCUGUCAGUCUUGCAUGGACAAAGCCAAAACAUGACGGUGGUAGUAGAGUUACUGGAUAUGUCCUUGAAGCUCAAAAGAAGGGAGGAGACCAGUGGUCCCAUGUGACAACUGUCAAGACAAUGGACUUCAUAGUGAAGAACCUGAACGAAAAUGAACAGUAUAUAUUCCGUGUCAUGGCUGUAAACCACUCUGGAAGAAGUGGUCCUUGUGACAGCAAGCCUGUUACUAUCAAGGAAACAAUAACAAUGCCAGAAUUUGACCUGCGUGGAAUAUGCCAGAAAAUUGUAAUUGCCAGGGCAGGAGAUGAGAUUAAAGUUGAGAUACCAGUUAUGGGACGUCCAAAACCAACUGUUUCAUGGACGAAAGAUGGUCAGCACCUCAAGAUAACCCCAAGAAUAAUCACUGAACGUACUGCAACCACAAGUAUACUGAAUAUAACAGAAUGCAUAAGGAGUGACACAGGACAUUAUGGCAUGACAGGGAAGAACAUAGUUGGCUCAGUGACAGAUACCAUCAUAGUAAAAGUGCACGAUGUCCCUGGACCUCCAAAGGGACCAAUAAAAAUAGAUGAAAUCUCCCGUACCUAUGCUGUCAUCUCUUGGGGAACGCCUGAGAAUGAUGGAGGUGUACCAAUCAACAAUUACAUUGUUGAAUUAAGGGAAACUACAGGAACGUCAUGGAUAGAAUUGACAUCAUCUGUAAUCCGUACAAUAUUUAAAGCUACUCGUCUGAAGACUGGUGCGGAAUACCAGUUCAGAGUCAAAGCUAAAAACAGAUAUGGUGCUGGUCAACCAAUCAUCUCAGAGUCAGUGGUUGCUGCAUAUCCAUUCAAACCCCCUGGGCCACCUAGUACUCCAAAGGUUGUGGCCUUUACCAAAGACACAAUGACAAUUGGCUGGAAUGAACCUGUUUAUGAUGGUGGAAGUGAAGUCAUUGGAUAUCACAUUGAGAGGAAAGAGAGAAGCAGCAUCCUUUGGCAAAAGAUCAGCAAAUCCACGGUGAAAGAUAAUCAAUUCAAAUCAAGUGGACUGGAAGAUGGAGUUGCAUAUGAAUUCCGCGUCACUGCUGAAAACAUGGCGGGAAUUGGUAAACCAAGCAAGGCUUCAGAAGCAAUGCUAGCCCUUGAUCCAGUGGAUCCACCAGGUCAACCAGAGCCAAUCUUUGUUUCCAAGAAUAUCGUAACAAUUCAAUGGACAAAGCCUGAAUAUGAUGGUGGGUUCAAGAUUACUGGCUACGUAGUGGAAAAGAGAGACUUACCAGCUGGUCGUUGGAUGAGGGCCAACUUCACAAACAUCAUUGAGACCACUUUCACUGUAAGUGGGUUAACUCAGAAUGAGGCCUAUGAAUUCCGUGUACUUGCCAAAAAUGCAGCUGGUUCAGUAAGUGAACCAUCUGAGCCAUCGGAUCCCAUCACCUGCACAGAUGAUAUUGUGGAACCACGAAUCAUGGUUGAUGCCAAAUUCAAGGAUGUGAUUCUACUGAAAGCAGGGGAAAACUUCAAACUUGAGGCAGAUGUUGCAGGCCAACCACUACCAUCCAUGGUGUGGACCAAGGGUGGAAAGGACAUUGAAAAUACGAUGAAAUUGACAAUUAAAAUGACUGAUUUAACAACAACUCUGAUUAACAAAGACUCGUUAAGAAGAGAUGGAGGUGAAUUUGUUCUGACUGCCACAAAUGUUGGAGGGUUUGCCAAGCAUAUCUUUAAUGUCAAAGUCCUUGACAGGCCAGGUCCACCUGGAGGACCCCUGGUGGUGUCAGAUAUCACAUCUGACAACUGUAUUUUGGAAUGGGCUCCACCCGCAGAUGAUGGUGGUGCAGAGAUUGACCAUUACGUGAUUGAAAAGCGUGAAUCAAGCAGGCUUGCAUGGACAAAUUCGGCCUCAGGCUUAACUGAUACCCAAUUUAAGGUGAACAAGUUACUCAAAGGAAAUGAGUACAUAUUCAGAGUAAUGGCAGUCAACAAAUAUGGAGUCGGAGAGCCUCUAGAAUCUGCUCCAACUAUUGCAAACAAUCCAUGGGUGCCAGCAGAUCCUCCAAAGGAUCCUGAAGUAACAAUAAUCACUAAGGAUUCAAUGAUUCUUAUGUGGAAGGCUCCUGAGUAUGAUGGUGGAACUCCAAUCACAAACUAUAAUAUUGAAAGGAAAGACAAGAUUGGUCUUCGCUGGGUAAAAUGCAACAAGAAGAAAGUAAAAGACUUGCAGUUCAAGGUAACUGGGCUUCUAGUAACACAUGAAUAUGAAUUCAGAAUUCUUGCAGAGAAUGCAGCUGGAUUAAGCUUACCAAGCAAUUCAAGUCCUUUCUACAAGGCUACUGACACCCUCUACGAACCAGGCCCUCCAGGAAACCCAAGAGUCGUGGACACAAACAAGUCGUCCAUUACGAUUGCAUGGAACAAGCCAAAUUAUGAUGGUGGUUCUGAAAUCACAGGAUACAUUGUGGAGACCUGCAUUCCUGGGGAGGAGGAAUGGACAAUUGUUACUCCGCCAGGAGGACUAAUGGGUACAUCGUUUACCCUUAUGAACUUAGAGGAGGACAAAGAGUACAUGAUUCAAGUUUCUGCCGUAAACAGUGAGGGUAUUGGAGAGGAAGCAACUAUUCCUGGCACACCGAGAGCUCAAGACAGGCUGCUUCCACCGGAAUUUGACCUGGAUGCAGAGCUAAAGAAGGUUGUGAAUAUCAGAGCCUGUAACACAUUGAGACUUUUUGUACCUAUCAGAGGAAGACCAUCACCCGAGGCAAAAUGGACCAAAGAAGAUGGUGAACCUAUUACGAGAGCAACCAUUGAAAGCACAACUUCUUACACAUCACUGGUGGUGGAAAAUGUCAACCGAUUUGACAGUGGCAAGUACGUGCUCACAAUAGAAAACAGUUCUGGAUCCAAUACAGCUGCUGUGAAUGUCAGAGUGCUAGAUACCCCAGGUGCCCCGCAAAAUCUCAAGAUCAACAGCGUCACUAAAGAAUCUGUCACUCUUAUCUGGGAUGCUCCAGUAAAUGACGGUGGAGCAAAGAUUAAGAACUACAUUGUUGAAAAACGUGAAUCAACAAGGAAAGCAUAUGCCACUGUAAAUUCUAACUGUCAUAAGAACACCUGGAAAGUUGACCAGCUGCAGGAGGGGUGUAACUACUACUUCAGAGUUUUAGCUGAAAAUGAAUAUGGAAUUGGCCUACCAAUUGAAACCCGUGAAUCAGUUAAAGUUUCUGAAAAACCACAGCCUCCUGCCAAAAUCACCCUCGCCGAUGUUACCAAGACUAGUGCCACCCUGUCUUGGGAGAAACCAGAGCAUGAUGGAGGAAGUAGAGUGGUAUGCUAUGUUAUUGAGAUGCUGAGCAAAGGUGCCGAGAAAUGGGUCCAGUCUUCCAUUGUCAAAACAUUAGAAGCAGUUGUCCCUGGACUGACACCAGGUGAAGAGUACAUGUUCCGUGUAGCAGCAAGAAAUGAAAAAGGAACAAGUGAUCCACGUCAAAUUGGUGUGCCAGUGAUUGCUAAAGAUCUUGUGAUUGUCCCAUCAGCUAAAAUGUUGUUCAACACAUUCAGUGUUCUAGCAGGAGAGGAUUUGACAGUACAGAUUCCGUUUAUUGCUCGUCCCCGAGCAACUAUUUCAUUCAUAAAGGACAAUCUACCUAUGAAGCGUACCACCAGAGUUAACUUUGGAGGAUCAGAUAAACUGAUCAAUCUUCAAAUCAAAGAGGCAUGCAGAGAAGAUGUUGGUCAGUACCGAAUCAUACUCGCAAACACUGCUGGGGAUACAUCUUUAUACAUCUCAGUAGUUGUUCUUGACAAACCUGGACCACCAAAGGGCCCAAUUAAAGUUGAGGCUGUUACUACUGACAGUGUGCUUUUCUCCUGGACUCCUCCAGAGUAUGAUGGUGGUGCAACAAUCAACAGCUACCUUGUAGAAAAGAGAGACACGUCCACACAAACUUGGUUGGUCGUGUCUCCAAAUCAUGCAAGAACAACGAUUAAAGCUUCGAGGCUGAAAAACGGUUCAGAGUACCAGUUCAGGGUGACAGCUCAGAACAGGUAUGGAAAGGGCCCAUCUCUGACCUCAGGGUCUGUUGUUGCUGAGUAUCCAUUCAAAUUACCAGGCCCUCCAGGAACACCAUCUGUACAGUCUUCCACAAAGGAUAGCAUGGUAGUUGUGUGGAAUGAGCCUGUUAAUGAUGGUGGAAGCACUGUGCUGGGAUAUCAUCUUGAGCGCAAAGAGAGAAACAGUAUUCUCUGGGUGAAGCUCAAUAAGUCUCUCAUCCAGGAUACAUCUUACAAGACCACUGGUCUGGAACCAGGACAAGAAUAUGAAUUCAGAGUUUACGCUGAAAACAUUGUGGGAAUUGGAAAAGUUAGCAAACUUUCCGAAGGUCACAUUUCUAGGGAUCCUUGCGAUCCCCCCGGAGAUCCUGAGGCUACUAAGAUAACAAAGGAUUCUGUAACAAUCACAUGGACAAAGCCAGAGUAUGAUGGUGGUGCCAAUGUCACCGGCUAUAUUGUAGAGAAGAAAGAGUUGCCAGAGGGCCGCUGGAACAAAACCAACUUCACAAAUAUCAUUGAAACCGAGUAUGUGGCAACCAGCCUUGUGGAGAACCAGAAAUAUGAGUUCCGAGUUAUUGCAAGAAACGCAGCAGGUGUUUUCAGCCUUCCCUCAUACAGCACUGGACCAAUUACUGCUAAAGAUGAAAUCGACCCUCCUCGUAUUAGCAUUGACCCACAGUUCACACAAACUGUUUAUGUUAAUGCUGGAGAUGGCUUCAAAAUCGAUGCCGAUGUUCAUGGUAGUCCAAUACCCGAAAUCCUCUGGAUGAAGAGUGGCCACGAGGCACCCCUUGCAAACACUAUCACCAGAGACAUAAAAAAUACAGACAGCACCACUUUGUUGACUGUCAAAGAGGCUAAACUUGAAGAUGGAGGCAAGUACACUUUACUUCUAAAAAAUCCAGGAGGCGAGAAGUCAGUGAAGAUCAAUGUGGUUGUUCUGGAUAAACCUGGGGCACCACAAGGUCCUAUCUCUGUCACUGGCAUCACAAAUGAUCAAUGUUGCCUUGCUUGGAAAUCCCCACUCUAUGAUGGCGGCAGUAAAAUCACUCAUUACAUUGUGGAGAGAAGGGAGACAAGCAGAUUAAUUUGGACUGUUGUUGAUAAUAAGUGUGAGUCAAAUUAUCUGAAGGUUACAAAACUCUUGGAGGGAAAUGAGUACAUUUUCAAAGUCCAGGCAGUAAACAAAUUUGGACUUAGUGUGGGUCUGGAAUCAAUUGCUGUGACUGUCAAAGACCCAUUCGUUCCCCCAGAUUCACCAAGUAGGUUGGAGGUUUCCGAUGUCAAAAAGGAUUCAAUGGUGAUUACCUGGGAGGCUCCUGGAUAUGAUGGUGGCAGUAAUAUUAUUGGAUACAUUAUUGAGAAGCACGAUAAGGAGGGCGUGAGAUGGACCAGAUGCAAUAGGAAGACAGUUACUGACUUAACCUACAAAGUCACCGGACUUAUGGAAAGUCAUAUUUAUGAAUUUAGAGUUCUGGCUGAGAAUGUCUCUGGAGUUGGAGAGCCAAGCUCCCCAACAGUUUUCUACAAGGCUUUGGAUCCAAUCUUCAGACCAGGUGCACCAAUUAAUCCUAAAGUAACUGACAUAAGCAAAACUUCGGUUUUCCUGUCAUGGGGCAAACCUAUAUAUGACGGAGGAUGUGAGAUUCAAGGAUACAUUGUGGAGAAAUGCGAAGUGCCAUCUCCUAUGUGGACAAUCUGUACUCCACCAAGUGGCAUCAAACAAACAAGAUUUGAAGUUAGAAAAUUGGAGGAAAUGCAUUUGUACAAGUUCAGAGUUUGUGCUGUCAACAAGCUUGGUGUUGGAGACCAUUCAGAUGUCUCUGGAAUCAUUCUUGUCGAGGAGAGGGUUGAGGAACCAGAUCUGGACAUUGACCCAGACCUGAGAAAGGUUGUGAACAUUAAGGCUGGAUGUUCCCUCAGACUGUUCAUUCCUAUCAGAGGGCGACCCCAACCUGAAGUCAAAUGGGGAAAGGAUGAAGGUCCUAUUAAGGAGAAUGCACAAGUUGAAGUGACAAGUAGUUACACGUCCCUUGUGAUUGAUAAUGUCAACAGAUUUGACAGUGGAAAAUACACUGUUUCUGCAGAGAACGCCAGUGGUGAAAAAUCUGCUUUAAUUACUGUUAGAGUUCUUGACACACCUAGUGCCCCAGUCAACCUCAAAGUGAAAGAUAUCACUGGUGAAUCAGUGACACUUACAUGGGAUGCCCCUGUGUUAGAUGGAGGAGCUAAAAUCAGAAACUAUAUUGUUGAGAAGCGGGAAAGCACCAGGAAAGCCUAUGCAGCUGUGGUGACAAACUGCCACAAAUUAUCAUACAAGGUUGAGAACCUUCAAGAGGGUUGCAAUUAUUAUUUCAGAGUCCUUGCUGAAAACGAACAUGGUGUUGGCUUGCCUACAGCAACCGUUGAUCCCAUCAAAGCCUCAGAAGUACCCCAAAUCCCACGAAAACUGAGUGUUGUUGACCAAACCAAGACAAGCAUAUCUCUUGCCUGGGAGAAGCCAGAGCAUGAUGGUGGAAGUAGAAUCAUUCAUUACCUGCUAGAGAUACAACCUAAAGGCUCUGAGAAAUGGUCAGGUGUUGCAACUGUCAGAGCAAUGGAGUCUGUUGUCAACAAUCUAAAUCCGGGUGAAGAAUAUAUUUUCAGAGUGUUCGCUAUCAAUGACAAAGGAAAGAGUGACCCAAGAGAACUUGCACUUCCAGUGACAGCAAAGGACCUUGUUAUCGAGCCUGAUGUUAGACCUGCAUUUAGCAAUUACAGUGUUCGGGUUGGUAAAGACUUCAAGGUUGAAAUCCCGAUCGCAGGACGUCCUAAACCAGCAGUUAAAUGGACAAAGGAUGGAUCAAUCCUACUCCACACCUCAAGGGUUAAAAUCACUAACACACCAGAUAGUACAAAUCUAAGUAUCACAGAGGCUACAGGAGAAGAUGGCGGAAUGUAUGGCAUUAAUGUUACUAAUGUAGUUGGGGAAAAGAACGCAACAAUUGAAAUCAUUGCUCUUGAUAAACCUGGCCCACCAAGUGGACCUGUAAAGUUUGAUGAAGUUACUAUUAACACUGCAACUAUUUCUUGGGGUCCACCAAAGCAUUCUGGUGGCUGCCAGAUUUCAAAUUACAUUGUUCAGAAAAGAGACACAACCACCACAACUUGGGAGAAUGUUGCUGCCUCCGUGGCAAGAACUACGCUCAAGGUGCAAAGGCUGAAAACUGGGGCUGAAUAUCAAUUCAGAAUCAUUGCUCAAAAUCGAUAUGGCAAGAGUUAUGGUUUGGACUCACAUCCUUUGACUAUAAAGUACCCUUACAAAGAACCUGGCCCACCCGGCACUCCAUUCAUUGCAUCUCUCUCCAAGGAAUAUAUGGUUGUGGAGUGGCAUGAACCAGUCGCAGAUGGAGGUAGUUCUGUUCUAGGCUAUCACCUUGAAAGGAAAGAGAGAAACAGCAUCCUCUGGACUAAGCUUAACAAAUCACUCGUUAAAGACACCAUUUACAAAACCGGUCCCUUAGAGGAGGCUGUUGAAUAUGAAUUCAGAGUUUAUGCUGAAAAUAUUGUUGGCAUUGGCAGAUGCAGCAAAAUCUCAGAGGGUUGUGUUGCACGUGAUCCUUGUGACCCUCCUGGCACCCCAGAGGCUAUCAUUGUAAACAAAGAGUCCAUCACCAUUGAAUGGACAAAGCCAGAAUAUGAUGGAGGAAGUGUGAUUACUGGUUAUGUUGUUGAGAAACGUGACCUUCCAGAGGGACGCUGGAUGAAGGCAAACUUUACCAACGUUAUUGAGACCAGGUUUACUGCUACUGGACUAACUGCUGAUGCACAGUAUGACUUCAGAGUCAUUGCUAAGAAUGCAGUUGGAACAUUCAGCAAGCCAUCUUAUAACAGUGGACCUAUAACAGCAAACGAUGAGGUGGAAGCGCCAAGAUAUUCUAUUGAUCCUGCGUUCACCAAAACGAUCAUUAUCAAUGCAGGAGACACAUUCAAACUUGAUGCUGAUGUACAUGGAAAGCCAGUACCCACAAUCCAGUGGUUCAAGGAUGAUGUGGAAAUUGAAAAGAAUACAAUGAGAUUGGAGGUCAAAAAUACAGAAAGCGUCGCAAUGAUAGUUGUGAAGGAUUCUGUCAGAGUUGACGGUGGAAAUUACAAACUUGUCCUGACAAAUGUUGCUGGAUCAGAGUCAGUUCCAUUCAAGGUGAAUGUACUAGACAGACCAGGACCACCUGUAGGUUCCCUCCAUGUCACUGGAGUCGCUUGUGACAAAUGUACUCUGUCAUGGCGUGCUCCACUACAUGAUGGAGGCAGCAACAUCACACACUACCUCAUUGAGAGGCGUGAAACCAGUCGUCUUGCUUGGACUAUGGUUUCUAACAGCUGUGAGACCACAGUGUAUAAAGUAACUAGUCUCCUGGAGGGCAAUGAGUAUAUUUUCCGUGUCAUGGCUAUCAACAGUUAUGGCAUUGGUGAACAUGUGGAGUCUUCAGCAGUAAUAAUGAAAAAUCCAUUUGUUGUCCCUGGUGCACCACAUGUUAAUGAUGUAACGAACAUUGCCCGGGAUUCCAUGACUGUCUGCUAUUCUGCACCAGAGACUGAUGGGGGAAGUAACAUUACUACUUACAUCAUUGAGAAGAAAGACAGAGCUGGAGUUAAAUGGACCAAAUGCAACAGGCAAAAGGUCACAGACCUAUCUUUCAGAGUAACAGGUCUGACAUCAGAUCAUGAAUAUGAGUUUAGAGUAUCUGCUGAAAAUGCAGCUGGUGUUGGUGAGCCAAGUCUACCAACAUCAUACUUUAAGGCCAGUGAUCCCAAGUACAAACCUGGGGCACCCACACAUGCACAUGUGAUUGAUACCACAAAGAGCUCAAUCACAGUCGCAUGGGGAAAGCCUCUCAAUGAUGGUGGCAGUCCUAUCCAGGGAUACAUUGUAGAGAUUUGCAAAGCUGAGGAGGAGGAAUGGACAAUGUGCACACCACCAACAGGCCUGCGGGUCAAUAAAUUUGAAAUCACAAAACUUACUGAGGGUCAGGAAUAUCAGAUCCAGGUCUGUGCUAUCAAUAAACUGGGUGUUGGUGAACUAGCUGCUGUAUCUGGAACAUCUAAACCAGAGGAGAAGGUAGAGGAUCCAGAAAUUCAACUGGACUCGGAAUUGAGGAAAGGAAUUGUGGUGCGUGCUGGAGGAUCUGUGAGAAUCAAUGUACCAUUCAAAGGCAGACCAACGCCAGAGAUUAAGUGGUGUAAGCUGAAGAAGGUUGAAGAAGUGGAAGAAGAACAAGAAUUGCAAGAGAAAGCAGUGGUUGAUAAAGGUCUCAACUAUACUCAGCUUUCCAUUGACUCUUGUGACAGAAGUGAUUCUGGAAAGUACAAUGUGACUGUGAAGAACAGCAGUGGUACCGUUUCUGAAUUUGUAACUGUGAAAGUGCUAGAUACACCAGGUGCCCCUCUGAAUCUCAAAUUGACAGAAAUCAAGAAAGACUCCAUAACUCUUGUUUGGGAUGCCCCUCUUACUGAUGGCGGAGCGAAAAUCAAGAAUUAUGUUGUUGACAAACGUGAAUCAAUCAGGAAAGCUUUUGCAAAUGUAACAACCAAGGUCAACAAAACAACCUACAAGGUUGAAAACCUUGUUGAAGGGGCUAUGUAUUACUUCAGAGUUAUGGCUGAGAACGAAUAUGGAGUUGGAUCGUCGACUGAAACAAAGCUUGCAACAAAGGCCUCUGAGGUGCCUCUUCCAGUCGGAAAGAUCUUCUUGACUGAUGUUACUAAAGUCAGCGCAUCGUUCAGAUGGGAAAAACCAGAGCAUGAUGGUGGAAGCAGAAUUACUGGUUACCUAGUUGAGAUGCAGCAAAAGGGAGGGGACAAAUGGGGUGUUGCAACAUCCACAAAGGGUGAUUGUCAUGGCACAGUCACUGGACUUACUGCUGGACAGGAGUAUCUGAUCCGUAUCGUAGCUUACAAUGAGAAGGGAAAGAGUGAGCCUAAAGCACUGGCAAUGCCAGUUGUUGCUAAUGACAUGACUAUUGAACCAAGCUUAAAACUCAUGUUCAACACCUACACCGUCAAAGCUGGUGACGAUCUGAUAGUAGAAAUCCCAGUGUUUGGUAGGCCGAAACCCCAAAUUGUUUGGAAGAAAGAGGGUCUGCCAUUGAAAAUGACAUCAAGAGUGAAUGUGAUAAACACAGCAACAACUGCUACCAUUAAAAUUACUGAGGCAUGUAAGGACGAUUUUGGAAAGUAUACCAUUAUGGCAACUAACACAGCUGGCUUAUUCUCUGAAGACAUAGGAAUCACAAUCCUUGACAAACCUGGUCCUCCAACCGGACCCAUUAAAGUCCUUGAAGUAAGCAAUAACUCUGUCAGUCUUUCAUGGGGAGCCCCGGAGUACACAGGCGGAUGUCAAGUAAAGCAUUACACUGUGGAAAGACGAGAUACAACACAAACAGCAUGGCAAAGUGUGAAUGCACAGCUAGCUAGAACAGCUAUCAAAAUAACCAAGCUGAAAACUGGCGCAGAGUACUGUUUCAGAAUCUGUGCUGAGAAUAGAUAUGGAAAGGGCGCUCCUUUGGACACAAAAUCAAUUGUGGUGCAAUAUCCAUACAAAUCCCCAGGACCACCUGGAACUCCAUACAUCAAAUCUGCAACAAAGGAUCAAAUGAUUAUUGAAUGGAAUGAGCCAGUCAAUGAUGGUGGUAGUACGGUUAUUGGAUACCAUCUUGAAUCUAAAGAAAGAACCAGCAUUAUGUGGACGAAACUCAACAAAGCCCUCAUUGCUGAUACCUCUUUCAAGAUAUGUAAUCUUGAGGAGGACAUUGGAUAUGAAUACAGGGUCUAUGCUGAAAACAUUGUUGGCAUUGGCAGAGCAUCCAAAAUAUCAGAAUCAUUCGUUGCUCGAGAUCCAGUUGAUCUACCAGGUACCCCUGAGGCUACUGUUAUCUCCAAGAAUCACAUUGUGAUUCAAUGGACUAAGCCACUGUAUGAUGGAGGCAGUAAGAUCACUGGAUAUAUUGUGGAGCGGAGAGAUCUAGCCAACAUUGAGGGUCGCUGGAUGAGAGCCAACUUCACAAAUGUCAUUGAGACAGAAUUUGCCAUCUCUGGCUUGACAGAAAAUGAAAAAUAUGAGUUCAGAGUGAUUGCAAGAAAUGCCGCUGGUAUUUUCAGUGAGCCUUCUGACAGCACUGGACCCAUUACUGCCACAGAUGAGAUUGAAGCACCAAGAGCCUCAAUGGAUCCUAAAUACAAGGAUGUCAUUGUUGUUAAUGCUGGGGACAACUUAGUUUUGGAUGCUGACAUCUAUGGCAAACCCGCUCCUGAGGUCUUAUGGUUGAAGGAAGGAAAGCAAAUGGACAAAGCUCUUCGAAUUGAAGUGAAAACGACACAGAAACGUGCAGCUAUGCAUAUCAAGGACUGCACAAGGUUAGAUAGUGGAAACUAUGACCUCAGUCUCACCAAUAUCGGUGGGGUAAAGACAAUCCCAAUCACUGUGAAGGUCCUUGAUAAACCAGGUGCACCCACUGGACCACUGAGAGUCACUGGACUGACUGCCGACAGAUGCUUCCUGUCUUGGACUGAUCCCUCUCUGGAUGGUGGUGCAGCUAUAAGUCACUAUAUUCUGGAAAAGAGAGAGACCAGUCGGUUAUCCUGGACUGUGGUUAACGCAAAUAUUCAAGCUACAAAUUUCAAAGUAAUCAACCUACUGGAAUUGAAUGAAUAUAUCUUCAGGGUUAGGGCUGUGAACAAAUAUGGCAUUGGUGAUCCUUUGGAGUGUGAGGCAGUAACUGCACGCAAUCCAUACAAGCCUCCAAGUGCACCCGGAACACCUGAAGCAAGUACAAUAACAAAGGAUUCUAUGGUCCUAUCAUGGUCAAAGCCAGAGAACAAUGGUGGAGCAGAAAUCGACUGCUACCAUCUUGAGAAACGUGACAAGGAUGGUGUAAGGUGGACCAAAUGCAACCGGCAGCCAUUGACUGAUCUACACUUCAAAGUCACUGGGCUUUUGGAUGGUCAUUUCUAUGAAUAUCGUGUUUCUGCAGAGAAUGAAGCUGGAGUGGGAGAUCUGAGCGAACUCUCCCUGUUCUACAGAGCAUGCAAUGCUACAACAGCACCUGGACCACCACACCAUCCUAAGGUGACAGAUCACACCAGCUCGACUGUGUCCUUGACUUGGGGCAAACCCGCUUCUGACGGUGGAGCAUACAUCAAAGGGUACAUUGUUGAAAUGAGAGAGGUGACAGAUGAUGAAUGGACCAUUUGUACACCUCCAACUGGCAUCCAGGCAACACACCUCACUAUUAAGGACUUGAAGGCAGGACUAGAAUACAAAUUCCGUGUCUGUGCUAUCAAUUCAGAGGGUGUUGGUGAGCCUGCAGAUAUACAUGGCACUGUGAUUGCUGCAGAAAGAGUUGAGGCACCAGAGAUUGAACUGGAUGCCAACCUCAGGAAGGUUGUCUCUGUCCGUGCAGGUGGAUCUCUGCGUCUGUUUGUCACAAUCAGAGGAAGACCUGAACCUGAAGUUAAAUGGGCAAAGUUGGACGGCGUGCUGACAGAACGUGUCAUGAUAGAAUCCACAAGCUCAUAUACUAUGCUUGUAAUUGACAAUGUAAACCGAUUCGACAGUGGCAAAUACACAUUGAACCUUGAGAAUAACACUGGUGAAAAAUCUGCACUUAUCAACGUCAGAGUGUUGGACACACCAAGUGCUCCACAGGCCUUUGCAGUCAAAGAUAUCAAAAAAGAUUCUGUAAAUCUUGUUUGGGAAACACCACUCACAGACGGUGGAUCAAAAAUAACCAAUUACAUUGUGGAGAAGCGAGAAUCCACCAGAAAGGCUUACACUGCCGUGACAACUAACUGCUUAUCUAAUUCCUUCAAGAUUGAUGAGUUGUCAGAGGGAUGCAUUUUCUACUUCCGUGUAUGUGCUGUAAAUGAGUAUGGCAUUGGGUUGAUGGCUGAAACCAAAAACCCAAUUAAAGUUUCUGAAGUGCCUAUGCCACCACGAAAUGUCAGAGUUACAGAUCUCACGAAAAACAGUGUAUCACUUGCGUGGGAAAAGCCAGCUCAUGAUGGUGGAAGCAAAGUAAUGUGCUACAACGUUGAGGUGCAAGGUAAGGAUGACAAGGGUACACAGAAGUGGAAUCCUUCAUGCACAGUCAAAAUCCUGGAAACAACUAUUGCAAACCUAGUAGCAGGUGACGCAUAUUCAUUCAGAGUCAUUGCAAUCAACGAGAAGGGAAAGAGUGUACCAAAGGAACUUGGUCUACCUGUGACAACAAAAGAUAUUGCUAUUGAACCCUCAAUUGAGGUGUUAUUCAACACUUACAGUGUGAAGGCUGGAGGUGAUCUUACAGUUGAAAUCCCAGUUAGGGGCCGACCUAAACCUGUUAUUGCAUGGAAACAUCAUGGCCUUCCUUUGAAGCAAACAAGCUCAUUGACAAUUCUGAAUACCAAGACCUCAUCCAAAAUUAUUAUAAAGGAGGCGGGCAGAGAACAUGUCGGAAAAUAUGAAAUCACUGCCGCAAACCCAGGUGGAUUGAAAAUAGCAGAGAUUGGAAUUAUUGUCCUUGACAAACCUGGUCCACCAACUGCUAUCAAACCAACUGCUGUAACUUCAGACAGUAUUUCAUUGUCAUGGGCUCCACCAGAGUAUGAUGGUGGUUGCUGCAUCAACAACUACAUUGUAGAGAAGAGAGAUACAAAUGCAACAGAUUGGCAAAUGGUCUCAGCAAAUGUUGCAACAACAGCAAUUAAAGCCUCCCGAUUGACAAAGGGUGCUGAAUACCAGUUCCGUAUCUAUGCUGUAAAUCGUUAUGGAAAGAGUCAACAUACAGAUUCCCGUGGAAUUACAGCCCAGUAUAACUUCAAGCUACCUGGCCCACCAUCGACUCCUAAAGUGGUACAUGCAACCAAGAUUUACAUGCUUGUCACAUGGAAUGAGCCAGUCAACGACGGAGGCAGCACAGUUCUUGGAUAUCAUUUGGAGCGAAAGGAGAGAACCAGCAUCAUCUGGAACAAGAUGAACAGAGGUCUCAUCAAAGAUACAGAAUACAAAGUGACUGGCAUUGAAGAGGGCAUGGGGUAUGAAUACCGCGUUUACGCUGAAAACAUUGCUGGAAUUGGAAAAUGUAGCAAAGCUAGUGAGGCUGUUUCUGCAAGAGAUCCAUGCGAUCCCCCUGGCGAGCCAACAGUGACAGGUAUCACAAGAACAUCGGUAUCCCUCGCUUGGACAAAGCCAGAGUACGAUGGUGGAGCCAAGGUUACUGGUUACAUUAUUGAACGCAGAGAUCUCCCAGAAGGCCGCUGGAUGAGGUGUAACUUCACCAACGUGGUGGAAACCUACUAUGACGUCACAGGCCUUACCAAGGACCAGCAGUAUGACUUCCGUGUCAUUGCAAAGAAUGCUGCUGGAUGCUUCAGUGACCCAUCUGAUUCCACUGGUUCAAUCACAGUCAAGGAUGAUGUGGAUCCACCACGUAUCAUGAUGGACGUGAAGUACAGAGCUGUUGUAGUUGUGAAAGCCGGAGAUGUUCUUAAAAUCAAUGCAGAUAUCGCUGGUCGUCCACUGCCAGUAGCAUCAUGGAAAAAAGAUGGCAAAGAGAUCGAGCUCAGGGCCAGAAUUCAGAUUCUUGCAACAGAUACCAGCACCUCAGUAAUUGUGAAGGACUGCAUAAGGCGUGAUUCUGGACAAUAUACUUUGACUCUGCAAAAUGUUGCCGGAACAGUAUCUACACCAGUGGAUGUUGUGAUCCUGGAUAAGCCAGGACCUCCCGCUGGCCCCCUGGCGACUACAGGCAUUACAGCAGAAGAUGUCACCUUAGCAUGGGGUCCUCCUCAAGAAGCAGGCGGCGCAGAUAUCACACACUACGUUGUUGAGAAACGUGAAACAAGCCGUCUUGCUUGGACAGUGGUGAAUGCAGAUCUGAACAAGACACAUUUCAAGGUCACAAAUCUCCUCAAGGGUAAUGAAUACAUCUUCAGGGUCAUGGCCGUCAAUAAGUAUGGACAUGGCGAAACCCUUGAGAGUGAGGUCGUCAAAGUGGCUGAUCCAUUCACAAAACCAUCUGCUCCCACAAAUUGUGAGAUCACGGAGGUAUCCAGUGAGGAGAUGAAACUUGUCUGGCAGAAACCUGUUUCAGAUGGAGGCAGUGAAAUUACUGGAUAUGUAAUUGAAAGGCGUGACACGGCAGGUAUACUCUGGGUCCGUGUGAACAGAGAGCUUGUGACUGAAUUGACAACCAUAGCAACUAAACUACGAAAAGGAUAUGAAUAUGUGUUCCGCGUGUUUGCUGAAAACGCUGCUGGUUUGAGUCCUCCAAGUGAAGCAUGCCCAUCGUUUAGGGCUGAAGAUGAACAGGUCGAGCCAGACCCACCAAGUAAACCAAAGGUUGUUGAUUCAACCAAGAGUUCAAUCUCCAUCAUUUGGAACAAGCCAGUAGAAGAUGGCGGAGCUCCAAUCCUUGGAUACUGUGUGGAGUAUAAGAAACUUAAGGACGAGGAAUGGACAGUGGCCAUUCAGAACAUAAAGAGCAUGGAGUUCACCGUCUCUGGACUUACAGCAGAUGAAGAAUAUGAGUUUGCUGUUAAGGCAAUAAACAAGAUUGGUGAAAGCGAGCAAAGUCCAAUUUCUGAGCCUAUCGCAGCAAUGGAUAGAACUGUGGAGCCUAUGUUUGAUGUUGACAUAGAAAUGCGCAAGACAUUGAUUGUCAAGCAUGGCAACGCAUUCACUCUGACUGUACCUUAUAAGGGAAAACCUGCACCAUCAGUAGAAUGGAGCAAGGAGGAAGUAGACCUCAAGGCAAGAGCAACCAUUGAAACAAAUCACAGCUGCACUUCACUAACAAUUGAAACGGCAACAAGAAAUGACUCUGGACAGUACAAUGUAACAUUAGAGAAUGGCAUUGGAGACCCAGUAACAUUACCAAUAGUUGUAAAGGUUCUUGACUCUCCUGGACCACCACUUAAUGUAGUUGUUAAGGAUGUCACCAAAGACACUGCUACCGUUACAUGGGCAGCUCCAGAAAAUGAUGGAGGUGAUGCUGUGAAGGCCUACCAUGUUGAGAAACGUGAAGCCAGCAAAAAGGCAUGGGUGUGUGUGACCAACAACUGCCACGCGUUGUCCUACAAAGUGGAAGAUUUACAAGAGGGAGCCUUCUAUUACUUCAGAGUCAUGGGAGAAAACGAAUUUGGAGUGGGUGUUGCUGCUAUCCCCAAGAAUGGAACAAAGAUUACAGAAAAACCAAGUCCACCUCAAAAGCUUGGGGCUAUUGCAGUAACCAAGGACAGUGUUACAAUCGGAUGGAUUAGACCAGAACACGAUGGUGGAAGCAGAGUAACUCAGUACUUCAUUGAAGCACUUGAGAAAGGACAACCCAAAUGGUCGAAGGUUACUCUUGUGAACACAACUUCCUUCCAAAUCAAAAACUUGAAGGAAAAUGCUGAAUACUUCUUUAGAGUUAGUGCUCAGAAUCAUGCUGGACUCGGCGAACCCAAAGAGAUGAUCGUUCCUGUUGUAGUGAAAGAUCAACUGGAGGCCCCAGAUUUUGACAUGAAAAACUACCCCAGCAAUACUGUCUAUGUGAGAUCAGGAUCAAAUCUGACCUUUGAGCUUCCUAUGACCAGCAAACCUUUGGCAAAGGUUAGUCUGUCAAGAAACAAUGUUAUUCUGAAACCGUCCAAGAGAUUGGUCACUCAAGUUACUGCUGAAAGCCUGAUCAUCAAACUGAAUGAGAGCAUUGCAAGUGAUGCUGGCAGAUAUGACAUCAGCGCCUCCAAUACAAGUGGUAUCACCAAGAUGUUCAUCAACAUCGUUGUGUUGGAUAGACCUGGUCCUCCAACUGGUCCUAUUGAGGUUGGCGAAGUGACUGAAUCCACAGUGGCUCUCAAAUGGGCUCCUCCUGUGUAUGAUGGUGGCAGCCCAGUUACCAACUACGUUGUACUGAGACGUGAAACAAGCACACCUGCUUGGACUGAAGUGUCUUCUCAGGUUGCGAGAAGUGCCAUAAAGGCCGGCAAGCUUACCAAAGGAGAGGAAUAUCAGUUCAGAAUCAAGGCAGAGAAUCGCUUUGGUAUCAGUGACCACAUUGACACCCCACCAAUCACAGUGAAACUUCCAUACACAUUCCCUGGUCCUCCAUCAACACCAUGGGUAACCAUGGUUUCAAGAGAGAGCAUUACAGUCAAUUGGAACGAGCCUGUCACAGAUGGAGGAAACACUGUCACGGGCUACCACCUGCAGAUGAAAGAGAGAAGCAGUAUUCUGUGGCAAAAGGUCAACAAAGUAGCAAUCAUUGGAACACAGCUGAGAGUAACAAACAUCUGCCCUGGCCUCAUCUACGAAUUCAGGGUGAUAGCAGAAAAUGCAGCUGGUAUCGGAAAAAUCAGCAAAACAUCAGAAGAGGUGCUCGCCAUUGAUAACUGCGAGCCCCCGGCAGCUGUAAGAGUCUCCGAGAUCACAAAGAACUCCAUCAGUCUGGCCUGGGUUAGGCCACCUUAUGAUGGUGGCAGCAAGAUCAUUGGAUACAUGGUGGAGAGGAAGGACUGCCCAGAUGGCAGAUGGACAAGGGCAAACUUCACUAACGUGAUUGAGAUGAACUUCACAAUGUCAGGCUUGACCCAGAAUGAAUCCUAUGAGUUCAGAGUUUACGCAAAGAACGCAAUCGGUUCUAUCAGCAAUCCAUCUGAUGUCGUCGGUCCAAUCACUUGUGUCGAUUCAUGUGGUGCCCCUGCAAUCGAUCUUCCUCCAGAGUAUUUAGAUGUUGUGAAAUACAAAGCCGGAUCUAUGGUUAAGAUCAGAGUGGGGAUUCUUGCUAAGCCUCUGCCAACAAUUGAGUGGUACAAGGAUGGAAAAGAAAUGGUGUCAAGCACUACACUCUCCAUCGAGAGCACUACUGAUUCCUCUAGUCUUCUCAUCAAGGACGCAACUCGUAGCCACACUGGCACAUAUGAAAUAAAGAUCAAAAACGCUCUGGGUUCGGCAUCUGCCACCAUCAGGAUAGAAGUUCUAGACAAACCUGGACCACCUCCUGGCUUGAUUCAGUUUAUGCUAGUCACAGCAGACAAGAUCAUUCUUAAGUGGGAGCCAAUCACUGAUGAGGGUGGUGCUAAGGUCAGCCAUUACGUUGUGGAGAAACGUGAAACCAGCAGAGUGGUAUGGUCUACCGUGUCUGAGAGACUAGAAGAGUGCUACAUAGCUGUCAUGAAGUUGGUACGAGGAAAUGAGUACAUUUUCCGUGUGAGGGGUGUCAACAAGUUCGGAAAUGGAGAGCCCUUGGACUCUGAGCCUGUUGUUGCCAAAAAUUUAUUUGUUACCCCAGGACAGCCUGCCACACCAGAGGUAACAACUACAACCAAAUCAACAAUGGUAGUUGUAUGGGACAAACCAGGUGUGGAUGGCGGUAGUCAAGUAACUGGCUACUACCUUGAGAGACGUGACAAGAAGAGCCUUCGCUGGAUAAAGGUCUUGAAAGAUCCGAUUAACAACAACACUACGACUAUCUUUAACCUAACAGAAGGCAAUGAAUAUCAAUACCGUGUGUGUGCCAUCAACAAAGCCGGAGAGGGCCCCUUCUCAGAUGUGUCUGAGUACUACAAAGCAGCUGAUCCAGUUGAACCACCAUAUGAACCUACCAAGCUCAAAGUGGUUGACUCAACCAAGACAUCUAUCACCCUUGGAUGGGCCAAGCCAGAGUGGGACGGAGGCAGUGAGAUCCUCAGCUACGUUGUUGAACAGCUGACGGACGUGGAGGAAGGAGAAGAAGAGGAGGAAGAAGAAGCAGACAAUGGAGAAUGGGUUGUAAUCAGCCAGAAGGGAGAAGUGAGGACAGCAGAGUACGUUGUGUCCGGCCUAACACCAGAUGUUGACUACUACUUCCGUGUAUCUGCAGUCAACAUCGCAGGGCGUGGAGAGGCCAUUAAGAUGAAAGAGCCUGUUCAUGCUAAGGAUAUUCUGGAGGAAGCUAUCUUCGAUCCAGAUGUUGCCAUGAGAACUCACUACAUCGUAAAAGCCAAGCAGGAUGUGGAGAUCACAGUGCCCCUCAAGGGCAGACCUGCACCUAGUGCUACUUGGAUGUUCGGAGACGAGAACAUCGACAAUAAUAAAAAAUAUGAAAUCCACCACACAGAUACUACAUCAACCCUUGUUAUUCCAGAAGUCAGCCGUAAUGACACUGGUAGGUACACUGUGAAGAUUGAAAACGGUGUAGGAGAGCCAAAGUCAAUGACACUGUCUGUGAAGGUUCAAGACUCACCAGCUGUCUGCACGAACCUGGUAUUGAAGGAUGUCACUCGUGGUAAAGUAACCAUGUGCUGGGAAGAACCUGAACUUGAUGGUGGUGCUGAUAUUACCAAUUACAUCAUUGAAAAGAGAGACUCAUCCAAGAGAUCCUACUCUAGUGUGACAACCAAAUGCACAGAACAAUUUUAUACCAUUGAAGAUCUCUCAGAGAAAACAUCCUUCUUCUUCCGGGUAUCAGCAGAGAAUGAAUUUGGAAUAAGUGAUCCUUGCAGCACAGUUGAACCAGUAAAAGCUACAGAAACUCCUGGUCCAGUCAAAGAAGUUGCUAUGAAGGAUGCCUCUAAGACCUCUGUAACACUGCAGUGGGUGAAGCCUGAUUAUGAUGGUGGAAGCAUCAUAUCUGACUACGUCAUUGAGAAGAGACUCAAGGAUGAAGAGGACUGGGCAGCUGCCGGCUGCAGCAAACAAUGCGAACACGAAGUACCAAAACUCAAAGAAACCUCACAAAUGAAUUUCAGAGUUGCUGCCAGAAAUGAAAAGGGGAAGGGUGACUUCACUGAAAUUGGACCAAUUGAAGUGAAGGACUUUGUCAUCCCACCAGAGGCCAACCUGGAUGAGUAUCCAGGUGGGGAAAUCAGUGUCCGUGUGGGCCAUAAUGUACACAUUGAGUUGCCCUAUAAGGGUAAACCCAAACCUGCCACGUAUUGGCUUAAGGACAAUAUGCCACUGAAGGAGAGCGAACUAGUACGCUUCAGGAAAACAGACAACAAAGUUGUUCUCAUGAUCAAGAAUGUGAGACCAGAGCAUGGUGGGAAAUACACACUUACUCUUGAUAACAGGGUGUACAGGAAAUCCUUCAACGUUUUUGUCAUAACUCGCGGACCACCAUCAAAGCCCGUCGCACCCAUCAACUUUGAUGAGGUCAGAGCAGACAGUGUCACAAUAUCCUGGGAGGAGCCAAAUGAUUACGGAGGUGGAGAAAUCACUUGCUACUCUGUAGAGAAGCGCGACACAUCUCAGAAUGACUGGAAGAUGGCAUGCUCUAGUGUCACUGACACAACAUUCAAGGUGCCCAACUUGAUCAAGGGAAUAGGGUACCAGUUCAGAGUGCGUGCUGAGAACAUAUAUGGAGUCAGUGAGCCACUGGUGUCACCAAGCGUUGUCGCUAAACAUCAGUUCAGGCCUGCAGGUCCACCAGGAAAGCCUGUUGUGUACAACGUCACCAACGACGGAAUGACCAUUCAGUGGGAGCUGCCCGUCUUCAAUGGUGGCUGUCCAGUCAAGGGCUACCAUGUUGAGAAGAAGGAGAAGAACAGUGUCAUGUGGCAGAAGGUCAACACUGUGGCUAUCCCUGGAACAGACUAUAGAAUCCUUGGCCUUAUUGAAGGACUGGAAUAUCAAUUCAGAGUCUACGCUCAGAAUGAUGCCGGAUUCAGCCGCAAGAGUGACGAAAGCAACACCACCAUGGCAGUUUCUCCAGUUGAUCCACCUGGUCAACCUGACUACACUGAUGUGACCAGCAAUUCUGUUGCACUGAAAUGGGAUGCACCCAAACGUGAUGGAGGCAGCAAGAUUGUGGCUUACAAUGUUGAAAAACGCCAAGGACAGGGCCGCUGGCUGAAGAGCAAUUUCACUGAUGUCCACGACACCCAGUUUACUGUCACUGGUCUUGCUUGCAAUGAACGCUAUGAGUUCAGAAUUAUUGCAAGAAAUGCUAUUGGCGUAGUGAGUCCCCCAUCCAACUCAUCUGGACACAUCGUGGUCAGAGAUGAAAGUGCUUCUCCAAACAUUGAGUUUGGCCCAGAGUAUUUUGAGGGACUCACAAUCAAGGCAGGAGACAAUAUGAGACUAAAGGUAUCGAUCAGUGGACGGCCACAGCCCAAGGUUGUGUGGUUCAGAGACGGCGUGCAAAUCACCAAGUCGAUGAUGGACACCACCACAGUUGCUGGAUCUAGCAUGCUCUUUGUACGUGAUGCUGACCGCAGUCACAAAGGAACUUACACAGUGGAAGCCACCAAUAGCCAAGGAACCAAGAAGGAGGACAUCAUUGUCCAAGUCCAUGAUACUCCUGGAGAGCCGGUGGGACCUAUCAUUUUCAGCGAUAUCUCUGAAGGAAAAGUGACCCUCACAUGGAAUCCACCGGAGAACGACGGCUGCUCGGACAUCUCUCACUACAUUGUUGAGAAGCGUGAGACCUCUAAGAUCUCAUGGGCACUUGUCUCGGAUUGCUGUAAAGAAACUGUAUACCACGCCACCAAGCUGAUGAAGACCAAUGAGUACCAGUUCCGUGUUUCUGCUGUCAACAGGUUUGGUACCGGCCGACCAUUGGAUUCAAGUCCCAUCAUUGCACAAAUGCAAUACACUACUCCUGAUGCACCUGGCACACCUGAUUCCACUGCAGUUUCUGGAGACAGUAUCACACUGGCAUGGGAAGCACCCACAUCUGAUGGAGGCAAUCCUAUUCAGUACUACAUUGUUGAAAAACGUGAGAAGAAGACUGUCCGCUGGGACAAGGUGAGGUCAAAGAAGCCCAUUGUGGAGCCUGCUCACCGGGUGGAUCAUCUCACUGAAGAUAUGGAGUAUGAGUUCCGUGUGAUGGCAGUAAACAACGCGGGUAUCGGAGCACCCAGUAACAUCUCAAUGGCCAUUAAAGCCAGUGAGCCAAAAGAUAUUGCAUGCGCUUCAUCUGUGGUUCAUGUAACCGACUCUACAGAUACAACUAUCAGUUUGGAAUGGACAAAGCCUAAAGACGAUGGUGGCAGUUCCAUCCAUGGAUACGUCAUUGAGUUGCACAAGGAUACCAGAGAAUGGAUCAGAAUCAAUGAGGAUCUGGUCAAUGAUACAAAAUACAUUGCAACUGGUUUGGAAACUGGUUCAUACUACCUGCUUCGUGUUUCUGCCCAGAAUAGUAUUGGAAAGGGAGAGGAGCAAGAGAUUCCUGAGCCAGUACAGGCUGUGGACAGACACGUAAAACCUGACGUUGAUAUUGACGCUACCUUCAAACAUACACACAUUGUGAAGAAGGGAGGCACCGUCUGUCUCCGUAUCGCCUACAAAGGAAAACCAAUUCCUUCAGUUAAAUGGAGUAAAGAAGAUGGAGAAGAACUUGGUGUCAUGACAGAUAUUACUACUACAGAGACCUACACUGCUCUGACGAUAGAAAAGUGUACCAGAUACGAUUCUGGAAGAUACACUCUUACUCUGGAGAAUAGCAGUGGCGUAAGGGAAGUUGAUUUCAUUGUAAAGGUGUUGGAUACACCUGGACCUCCAGGACCUAUUGCCUUUGCAGAAGUGUCCAGAGGAGCACUGACACUGGUUUGGGAACCUCCAGCUAAUGAAGGUGGAGCUCACGUUCAACAUUAUAUUGUAGAGAGGCGUGAGGCAAGUCGUCGUACCUGGAACCAAUCCGGUGGCAAGGUCACUGCGCUAUCAUUACAUAUCCAGGAUCUUCUGGAAGGUGUUCCCUACUUUUUCAGAGUUUCAGGAGAGAACCAGUACGGUAUUGGUGAACCUUUUGAGACGAUAGAUCCCAUUAUUGCUACUGCAGAGCCUUCUUCACCAAUGAGAUUGGAUGUUGUGGACGUCACCGAUACUACAGCAACACUCUCCUGGGUCAAACCCGAGCACGACGGUGGUAGUCGUAUCACAGGCUACAUCAUUGAGCAUAAGGCAAAGACCACAGAUAAAUGGGUCGUUGGUGGUGAGACCAAGAAUGAGAGCAUCACUCUAGAAUUAUGUAGGACUGCAGAGUAUGAGUUCCGCGUUAAGGCAAAGAACGAUGCAGGCAACAGCUUACCAAGAGAAGCACUAUCCUCAGUGUUAAUCAAAGAGCCACAGAUAGAACCAACUGCAGAUCUCAGUGAAAUAACUAACCAGGAGGUCAUCUGUAAAGUGGGUAAUACCUUUGCCAUUGAUGUUCCCAUCACUGGUAGACCAGCACCGAAGGUAAUCUGGAAACUGGAGGAGAUGAGGCUGAAGGACAGUGAAAGGGUUGCAAUCAAGACUGUCAAAAACAGGACAACUCUGUCUAUCAGAGACGCCAUGAGGGGCGAUGGUGGCAGAUACUUCCUCAGUCUUGAAAAUUCUGCUGGAUCCAAGACGUUCUUUGUUACUGUCAAUGUCAUUGGAAGACCUGGUCCCCCCCUUGGACCCAUUGAAGUUUCAUCCAUAACAUCGGAAUCAUGUGAGAUUGCUUGGGAAGCACCAGAGGAUGACGGUGGAACAGAUAUCACCAACUACAUCGUUGAGAAGCGUGAAUCUGGCUCCACUGCCUGGACACUCAUCAACUCCAGUGUGAAACGCACCAACCUCAGUGUGGGACAUCUGACAAAGUACAUGCAAUACACCUUUCGUGUCAGUGCUGAGAACAGAUUUGGCACAAGCAAAUCAACUGAAUCUGAGACCAUUGUCGCUGAGAAUCCAUUCGGUCCUUCUGGUGCACCAACCAGACCUUCUGUAUACAACGUGGCUUCCACCACCUGCCACAUUCGCUGGGAGGAGCCAUACCAUGAUGGCGGAAGCAAGGUGACUGGAUACUGGAUUGAAAAGAAAGAACGAAACAACAUCCUUUGGGUGAGGGAGAACAAGAUCCCAUGCUUUGAAUGUGACUACAGAGUGGAGGGACUUAUUGAAGGCCUUUCGUACCAGUUCCGUGUCUUUGCAAUGAACAGCGGUGGCCUCGGCAAAGCUAGUGAGGCAUCCAAGCCUAUGGUGGCUCAAAAUCCAGUUGAUCCUCCUGGUAGACCAGAAGUAACUGAGGUGGGUAGAUCUACAGUGUCCAUCAAAUGGUCUACACCACUUGACGAUGGUGGCUUCCCAAUUGUGGGUUACAUUGUUGAGCGCAAGCCAUACACCAUCACUGGUGAAGGUCGCUGGCUGAAGUGUAACUACACCAAUGUCACAGAAAAUAACUUCUCAAUCACUGCACUUGGUGAAGGAGAGGUCUACGAGUUCCGAGUCAUUGCCAAGAACUCCAACCAAGUUUUCAGUAUGCCUUCAGAGUCAACCGGCGCAGUCACAUGCAAAGCAGAAUACACUCCUCCAAAGGCAGACCUUGACAGCAAACUUCUCGUUGACACGGUUACAAUCAGAGCCGGCUCAGACCUUGUUCUGGAUGCUGCUGUUGGUGGUAAACCUGACCCCAAAGUGUUCUGGGCCAAGGGAGAUAAGGAACUGGAGCUGUGUGAAAAGUACUCCCUGCAGUACACCAGCACACGUGCCAUGGCCAUUAUUAAAUUCUGUGACAGAGAUGAUACCGGGAAGUACGUUCUCACUGUAAAGAACGCCAGUGGCAUCAAGUCAGCCGAAGUUAACGUGCAAGUACUUGAUACACCUGGUGCUCCUGACGGCAAAAUCACCAUCAGCCAUAUUUCUGAAGAGAAAUGCACUGUGUCUUGGAAACCCACUCUGGAGAGUGGUGGUGACCCGGUGACACAUUACAUUGUUGAGAGACGAGACACCAACAGACUCAACUGGGUGAUCAUGGAAGCUGAGUGCAAGGAACACACCUGUGAGAUCACCAGACUGUUCAAAAACACUGAGUACCUCUUCCGCGUGAGAGGUGUCAACAAGUAUGGAUCUGGCGUUCCACUGCAAUCUGGUCCUAUCAUCGCCAGAAACAUGUUCACUGUCCCAUCUGCUCCUGGCACACCAGAGAUUCUUGCUGUAGGAAAAGAUUUUGCUAGCAUUGAAUGGUUAAAACCAGAGAGCGACGGUGGCAGUCCUAUAACUGGCUAUCUGAUUGAGAAACAUGAAAAGAAGAGUGCCAGAUGGAUCAAGGUGAACAGAGAUGCCACACUUAUGGACACAAGCUUCAAGAUAACUGGCCUCGUGGAGGGCAACAUCUACCAGUUCCGUGUAUCAGCUGUCAACAAGGCUGGUGAGAGUGAACCCAGUGAGCUGUCUCUCUAUGCUGUCUGCAGAACGCCAACAAGUACUCCUCCACCUCCCACAAUUCCACGUAUUAUUGAUACUACCAAGGACAGUGUCAGCCUUGCUUGGACCAGACCCUUGGAGGACGGAGGUUCUGAUAUCAUUGGAUACGUUCUGGAGAAGCAAGAACAGGAUACAGGUGUGUGGGUUAAGGCCCAUGAGAAGAACCUGAGACUCACAGAACACGUUGUGACUGGCCUUACAACUGGAAAGAUGUACCGCUUCAGAGUGGCUGCAGUUAACUUCAAUGGAGUCGGUGAAUUUAGUAGAGCCUGCGCAACAGUCGAGGUUAUUGAGAAAAUUGAAACUCCUGAUAUUGAGCUUCAUGAUGAUAUGACCAAGACCAUCUGCCUGAGAGCCGGAGGUUCUCUUCGUCUCUUUGCCACAGUCAUUGGACGACCAAUCCCUGCAGUUACCUGGAGAAAACCUGGUGUCGACCUCAACAACCGUGGCUUCAUUGAAGUCACUAAAACUUCCACACAAAUCAUUAUUGACAAAGUGCACCGCUAUGAUGCUGGCAAAUAUACCAUUGAGGCAAAGAAUGAAUCUGGCGAAAAGACAGCUACCAUUAUUGUCAAGGUCUAUGAUACUCCUGGUCCAACUGGCCCAAUUAAGGUCAAGGAACUUGAGAAGGACUCCAUUACCAUUGCAUGGGAUCCUCCUACUGUUGAUGGUGGAGCACCAGUGAAUAAUUACAUCAUUGAGAGACGCGAAGCAUCAAUGAGAGCUUACAAAACUGUGACAUCCAAAUGCAGCAAGACAUCAUACAAAAUCGACGGACUCUUCGAGGGAAUGCUGUAUUACUUCAGAGUCCUCCCAGAAAACCUGUACGGUGUGGGAGAGCCAUGUGAAACCCCUGAUGUCAUUUUGGUGUGCGAGGUGCCUUUGCCCCCUGCGACACUGGAGGUUCUGGAUAUCACCAAGACCACAGUAACACUUGGAUGGGAGAAACCAGAGCAUGACGGUGGAAGCAGACUCACAGGCUACAUCAUUGAAGCCUGUAAAUGUGGCACAGACAAAUGGAUGAAGGUGACAACAGUGAAGACGACUGACUUUGAGUUCACUAUGACUUCUUUGACUGAGAAAGAUCAGUUUAUGUUCAGAGUCAGAGCUGUUAACAGCAGGGGAGCCAGUGUACCAAAGGAGCUUGUUGCAGCCGUAACAGUCCAAGAACAAAGAGUUCUGCCAAAGGUUGAUCUGUCUAGCAUCCCACAGAAGUUUGUCAAUGUGUUGGCUGGUAAACCACUUGAGCUGCACUUGCCAAUAGUCGGUAGACCACCACCAGUUUGCUCAUGGUACUUCAGUGGUAAGAAGCUGAAGAUCACUGAGCGUACGAAGAUUCAGACCACUGGAAAGUUCUCUAAGCUAACUGUGCUUGAUACUUCCAUCGAUGACAGCGGCAACUACACUCUUGAAGUGAAGAACGUCACAGGAGAGACAUCUGAGAUCAUUAAAGUGAUCAUUCUUGACAAACCUGAUGAGCCUAAAGGACCGGCCAGGUUUGAUGGGGUUGAUGCCACCUCAGUGACAAUCAGCUGGGAUCCUCCAGAGAGAAACGGAGGUGCCCCUGUCAGCGGCUAUGUUGUUGAGCAGCGUGAAGCCCACCGUCCUGGAUGGCUGCCAGUAUCUGAGUCUGUCAGUAGACCAACAUUCACCUUCGUCAAAUUGACAGAAGGAGAUGAAUACAUGUUCCGUGUCGCAGCAGUCAAUCGCUACGGUGUUGGUAACUGGCUGCAGUCUGAAGUUGUGAUGUGCAAGAGCGCAACGAACAUCCCUGGACCUCCAGGCAGACCGGCAGUAUUUGACAUGUCUCGUGAUGGCAUGACCAUUGCAUGGCUGGAACCAGAGGAUGAUGGUGGAUCUGAGGUGUCUGGAUACAUCAUUGAGCGCAAGGAGGUCAGAUCUGACAGAUGGGUGCGUUCUAACAAGAACCCAGUCACCAUGACCAGAUACAGAUCAACAGGUCUGAUAGAAGGCCUUGAGUAUGAACAUAGAGUAACGGCAAUCAACGCUAGAGGUGUUGGCAAACCAAGUGUUGUCUCCUUAACAGCAGUGGCAACUGAUCCCGUUGAUCCACCUGGCUCACCCCAGAACCCAAGAGUCACAGACACCACAAAAUCAUCCGUGUCCCUGGCCUGGAGUCCUCCUGAUGAGGAAGGUGGAUGUAAGGUCUCAGGUUAUCUGAUUGAGAUGCAGAAAGCAGGCUCAGUCACCUGGAUCAAAUGUAACACAACACCUUCUCUGAUCUGUGAAUACACACUCACCAAAAUGCCCCAAGGAGAGGAGUUCAAGUUCCGUGUGAUGGCUUGCAACGCCGGUGGACCCGGAGAACCCGCUGAGGUCCCUGGAACAGUCACUGUGAAGGAAAUGCUUGAAAAACCUGAUCAUGAGCUGGAAGCCAAGUACAAGGAUAUCUUUGUCGUCAGAUAUGGCAGUGUUGUCAAACUCUCAGUGCCCAUCAAGGGUAAACCAGUUCCUACAUGCAAGUGGACAAAGGAAGGCGCUGAUGUGCCUGAAGCAAUGAUCGCUUCCAAUGACGACUGCACUGAGCUGGUAAUCAAGGGUGCAGAAAGAGACGACUCUGGCACUUAUGACCUACUGCUUGAGAACAAGUGUGGCAAGAAGAACGUUCACAUCAAGGUGAAGGUUAUUGGCCGUCCAACUGCUCCAGAGGGACCACUUGGAUUCGAAGACGUCCAGGCACAAUCUGUUAAGUUGACAUGGAAGGCUCCUUCAGAUGAUGGUGGCUCUGAAAUCCUUGGAUACAUUGUUGAGAGACAGCAGGUUCCAAAGACAGCCUGGUACACUGUAGAAACGAGGGUGGUGGACACAUCUUUCAUUGUGAAGGGACUCGAGGAGGGACAAGAGUAUCACUUCAAGGUGACAGCUGAAAAUACAUUCGGUAUCAGUGGAUCGCUGAAGUCAACAGAACCCCUCAUACCAAAGACUCCUCUCUGUCCCCCAGAGACAUCAAGCAUCCCACCAGAGGUUAUGGAUGUGACUAAGAGCUCUGCCUCUCUGUCUUGGUCAAGACCUAAGGAUGACGGUGGCUCUGCCAUUACCGGAUACUAUGUUGAGUACAAAGCAGUAUCCUCUGAGACAUGGGUUCGUCAUGAGAAGAAGGUCGUUUCAACCCAGUUUACCAUCCCUGGACUCACUGCUGAUGCUGAAUACCAGUUCCGUGUUAUUGCUCAAAAUUAUAUUGGAGACAGUGAACCAGGACCUGCAUCCGAACCAGUCACAUGCAAAGAUCCAUUCGACAAACCAAGCCAACCAGGCGAGAUUGACACAGUAACUGUCACAAAGGACGCAGUCGCCAUCAAGUGGGCGGCGCCAGAAUGCGAUGGUGGAAAGGAGGUCCUUGGUUACUGGGUUGAAUACAGGAAGUCUGCAGAGGCUACCUGGAAGAAAUGCAACAAGACACGCACCAAGGAGAAAAAGUUCACCAUAACUGGUCUGGCCGAAGCCACUGAGUAUGAGUUCAGAGUGAUGGCUGAGAAUGAGACCGGAAUCAGCAGACCACGCAGAACAGCCACAUGCAUCAAGACCAAACUGAGCACUGGAACUCAACCAAGCCUGAGGAAAGAAAUGGAUGAAGUUACGACUAAAUUAUACCAACCAGGAAUUAUGAAAUGCCAGAUUAUUGGUAGACCUCUUCCUGAUAUCAAAUGGUAUAAAUCUGGCAAGGAGAUAAUCGAGUCUCGUAAAUAUGAGAUGAGCUCUGAUGGCCGUAACCAUUCACUGACCAUUAUGACAGACCAACAAGAGGAUGAAGGAGAAUACACAUGCAAGGCUAUCAAUGAUGCAGGUGAAGCAGAGACCAGUGGCAUUCUCGUUUUGGAAACUGCUCCACAGUUCAAUCCUGACUUCCCAUUGAAGAAUACCUACUAUGCCGAAAGCGGCACUACUCUGCGUCUACAUGUUGCCUACAUUGGACGCCCUGAGCCUAAGAUCAUGUGGCUUUAUGGAGCUACAACUGUGGUGGCUUCUGAGAAUAUCAGCAUUGAAAACACAGAGCAUUACACUCACCUGGUGAUCAAGAAUGUGCAACGCAGGGUACAUGGAGGAAAAUACAGAGUCAGACUGCACAAUCACUUUGGCAGAGCUGAUACUCUCAUCAACGUUGAAAUCCAAGAUAAACCUGCAAUGCCUGAAGGUCCCAUUGUACUUGAUGCCCUGUUGAAGAACUCUGUGAUUAUUAGCUGGAAACCACCAAAGGAUGAUGGUGGAUCAAUGAUCACAAACUACAUUGUGGAGAAGCGUGAAGACAAGGAGGUUGAUGACUGGACACUCGUGUCCUCGUCCAUCACAGGCACAAACUGCCGCAUUGCCAACCUCGUAGUAAACGCUGGGUACUUCUUCCGUGUGUAUGCUCAAAAUCGUUAUGGCAACAGUGAGCCACUGGAGAUCCCUACUCCCAUCCUCAUCAAGAGUUCAAUGGAUAAACCUUCACCACCACUGAUGCCAGUGGUUUCUGGUGUGACCAACGUUUCCUGUGUGUUGUCCUGGAAACCUCCACUCAUUGAUGGUGGCUCCAAGAUCAAGAGCUACUGCCUUGAGAAGAAGGAAAAGAAGGGUGAAUGGACACCUGUCACUACUGAUGAAAUCAAAUCCACAGUCUUUUCUGUCAAACGCCUCACUGAAGGAUGUGAAUAUAUAUUCAGAGUGAACUGUGAAAACCUUGGAGGAGUGAGUGAUUGGAGUGUGGAAUCUGAACCAGUCGUUCCAAAGACGCCUGUUGAUGUCCGUGCUCCCGCCUUCAAAGAAGAACUGAGGAAUAUGAGUGUCAAAUAUAAGAGCAACGCCACCUUUGUUUGCAAGAUCACAGGACAACCCAAGCCUGUAAUUAAAUGGUUCAGACGUGGCAAGGAGAUCCAAUCUGACGGAAAAAAACUGAAGAUUCAAGAGUUCAAGGGAGGCUAUCACCAACUGGUUAUCUCCGCUGCUGAUGAGGAAGACUCUACUGUCUACCAGAUCAGAGCAACCAACCAGGGUGGAUCCAUCUGCACCACUGUCUCUCUGGAUGUUGAAGUCCCUGCCAAGAUUAACCUGCCCAAGAAUCUGAAGGACAAAGAGGCCAUCCCUGCCCUCCGUGGAGAGAUUGUGAAUAUCAAGAUUCCAUUCAGUGGCAAACCUGAUCCUGUCAUCACCUGGCAGAAGGGACAAGACCUCAUUGAUAACAACGGAUACUACCAAGUCAUCGUUACAAGGUCAUUCACAUCGCUCGUGUUCCCCAACGGAGUUGAUAGGAAGGAUGCCGGUUUCUACAUCGUUUGUGCCAAGAACAGAUUUGGUAUUGACCAACAGACAGUUGAACUGGAUGUUGCCGAUGUGCCCGACCCACCACGUGGUAUCAAAGCAAGUGAUGUUUCUAGAGACUCAGUCACUCUGAGUUGGCAAGUACCUGCUAAUGAUGGUGGAAGCAGAGUAGCCAGCUAUGUUGUGGAGAAGUGUCCCACAACAUCUGACAGAUGGGAACGUGUUGCCCAGUCUCGUGAUACUCGCUACACCAUCAUCAACCUGUUCGGAGGAACCAGCUACCAGUUCAGAGUCAUAGCCGAGAACAAAUUCGGUCAAAGUCAACCAUGUGAACCAAGUAGUCCCGUUACAACAAAGGAGGACAAAUCAAGAGUCCUUGGCUAUGACAGUGAGGUUAGUGACAGAGAUGUUCCCAAGCAAAAGGCUCCACAUUCAUGUGCCAAGGAUGUGCAUACCAAGUACAUGAUUGCUGAGGAGCUGGGCCGUGGCCAGUUUGGUAUCGUUCACCGUUGUGUUGAGACCAGCUCUAAGAGGACAUACAUGGCCAAAUUCGUCAAGGUGAGGGGUGCAGAUCAAGCAUUCAUCAAGAAAGAAAUUGCUACACUUAACCUGGCCAGACACAACAACUUCUUGUGUCUUCAUGAGUCCUUCGACAGCACUGAGGAAUUAGUCAUUAUCUAUGACUUCGUCUCAGGUCAAGACAUCUUUGAACGCCUCUUCACAGCCGACUUUGAGCUGAAUGAGCGUGAAAUCGUCAACUACAUCAGACAAGUAUGUGAAGCUCUUGAGUUCUUACACGACAAGAUUUAUGGCCACUUUGACAUCAGGCCUGAAAACAUUGUGUACACCACAAGAAAGGGCAGUAAAGUCAAGAUCAUUGAGCUAGGACAGGCAAGACACCUGACUCCUGGCGACCAGAUCAAGGUUCAGUAUACUACAGCUGAGUACGCUGCUCCUGAGAUCCACCAGAAUGACAUGGUCAGCAGUGUUACUGACAUGUGGCCAGUAGGUGUUCUAGUCUAUGUCCUUCUCAGUGGACUCAAUCCAUUUACUGCCGAGACUCAUCAGCAGAUGAUUGACAACAUAUCAAAUGCUGAAUACAGUUACGAUGACGAAACCUUCAAAGUACCUACUGUUGAAGCAUUAGACUUUAUCAACCGCCUUCUCACCAAGGAGCGCAAGCACCGUAUGACUGCUGCCCAAGCUUUAGAACAUCCUUGGCUGAAGAUGCAAGCAGAAGUACUCAGUGCCACAGCAAUAAUGACCACAAGGCAUAAGAGAUACUACCAGGCCAUGGCAAAGAAAGAAUGGGCCACUGUCGUUGCAGGAGCAAGAGUUGCUAGCGGCGGUGCAAUCAGAGCCCAGAGAGGUGUCACAGUUGCCAAAGUAAAGAUCGCACCAUUUGAACAUGGCCCAGUCGGUGGUCAAAUAAUUCAUACAGUGGUGGAUGUGGGAGCAGAUGUCAAAUUUGCUUGCAACAUUGAAAACUAUGACAGCGCCACAGAGGUAACAUGGUACUGCGGUGUGCGUCAACUAGAGGCAAGUGACAAGUAUGAAAUCGACUAUGAGGAUGGUCUAGCUGUUAUAUGUAUCAAGGGAGUCACGAAAGCAGAUGACGGCACCUAUAGAUGCAAGAUCAUCAACGAUUAUGGUGAGGACAGUGCCUACGGAGAGCUCUUUGUAAACGGAGUCAGAUCAUACCGCGAGUACUUCACAGCCCGUGUGGUGAGGAAAGUGAAACGUAGAGUGGACACAGCAAGACUGCUCCAGAAACCACCAGAGUUCACCCUGCCCUUGUUCAACCAUGCAGCUUACAUCGGAGAAGAUGUUCGAUUCGGUGUGACUAUCACUGUGCACCCUGAGCCUCGUGUUACAUGGUACAAAUCUGGCCAGAAGAUUGUUCCUGGUGAUGAUGAGAAAAAGUACACAUUCAUAACCGACAAGGGUCUUUAUCAAUUGGUGAUUCACUGUGUUGAUGCUGAUGACGAUGCGGAGUACUCAGUUGUGGCCCGUAAUAGAUUUGGUGAUGACAGCUGUAAGGCAAAACUGGCUGUGACACCUCGCCCAGCACCAGCAGACAAUACCUUGAGGCCCAUGUUCAAACGUCUCCUGGCAAACGUGGAGUGUAGGGAAGGCCAGAAUGCACGCUUUGAAAUCAGAGUGUCAGGACUCCCAACUCUGAAGUGGGAGAAAGAUGGCAUGCCAUUGGCAUUUGGUCCACAAAUUGAAGUGGUCCAUGAGGGCCUGGAUUACUUUGUCCUGCAUGUGAAAGAUACUCUACUUAACGAUUCUGGCUGUUACAGAGUUACUGCAACCAACUCAGCUGGAUCUGCCAGUUGUCAAGCCAUUCUCAAGGUGGACCGCAUCACCCAUGUGAAGAAGGUUUACGAGAGUGAAAGAGACAAAAAGAAACAAGCAGAGAAAGAACAAAUUGAGAAGAAGGUCAGAUUAUCUCAAAUCAUGUCUGGAACUGAUGUCAUGCCACUUCCUACUUUGGCACAACAAGCUUUGAGAGAAGCGUCAUUGUUGUGCCAACCAGUAGAGGCAACCAAAAAGAACAAGACUGAAGCCGAAGAUAAGAAACGGGCAGAAGAAAGGAAAAAGAGAGCAGAGGAGAAGAGACUGCGUAUGCCUUAUGAUGUUCCCCAACCUCGUGAACGUGGCCCAACUGCUCUUUUGGAAGAUAUGGAAAUCAAACACUACAAACCUUGCUCUGACAUGAAAUGGUACAAGAAACUCCGCGAUCAAUAUGAGUUCCCUGAACCAAUGGACAAGAUUUCACAGAAGAGACUGAAACGCAUCCGUCUCUCCAGGUGGGAUCAGUUCUAUGAAGUCCCUCUGCCAAGAAUCAAGGAAUCUUACAAGCCAAAGUGGCGUAUUCCACAAGUUUCACAGGAUGAUUUGGAGACUGUCAGACCUUCAAGGCAGCGCACUCCAUCUCCUGAAAUAGAAGCAUAUCACAGAAUCAGAAGAAGGUCUCUUGGUGAUCUCUCAGACGAGGAGCUUCUCCUGCCAAUUAAUGAAUAUCUGGCAAUGAAGAGAACUGAGGAGGAGAGACUUCAACUUGAGGAAGAACUAGAACUUGGCUACUCUGCAUCCCCACUAAGCCUUAGCCCUGUACGCUUUGAAUUAGGUGCACUGCGCCACACAUCACCAAGACGCACAGUCUAUGAAGGUGUGGGUGAGGGUGAAGAGGUUCCAUUAUAUGAAAACUAUCGUAUUCCUUCUAAGUAUGAGGCUGGUCCAAGCUAUGUUGACCUUCGCCUGCGCCAUGACAAGGCUACAUUCCGACCGCCAAGACAAAACCAGAGAGUGUUGGAGGAGAGGGAGGAUCGAGAGAUGCUGAGAAAUGUGAAAACGACUCAAAGAAUAACUGGUUACAAGAGUGAACUGAAACACAUGGAGUUUGAAGAAAAAACUAGAACCGUGAAGAAAGACAGAACUACAACUUCCCAUGUGUCAACAUAUAUAGCAACUAAAACUGAGGGGAGAAGGUCACCCACCCCCGAAAGAACCCGUCCGCGUUCCCCUAGUCCUCUUGCUACUGUCAGAUCAGCCUCCAGAUCCAAGGUGGAGACGGUACAGUUGGCAAAAGUUGACCACCUGGCAAGAUAUGAGUCAAGAAAAGCCGUUCUGAGAUCCGAGCGGACAUCAGUAGAAAGGAAGGAGGUUGUAAGUAUGCAGCCCUUCAGCCUCGACCAUACCCCACGAGUCACUGUGAGGAUGCGUUCCCAUCGUGUGCCAUACGGUCAGCACACCAAAUUUACACUGAACGUCCAAUCAAAGCCAACCGCUGAGGUGAAGUGGUACCAUAACGGACAACUGAUAACCGAGAGCAGGAGGUACCGUAUAUCCAACCUGAGCGGAGUUCUGUAUCUUCAAAUUCUUGACUGCACCACAGAGGACAGUGGCACUUACCGUGUUGUCUGUACUAAUGCAGUGGGAGAAUGCUCAGACUAUGCCACUCUGGAUGUCGCAGGCAUGGGAGAGUAUUCUAGCUAUAUGGCACCUCGCGAAGACGAGGAACCCCCGGCUCUUCCUGUGGCAACCAAGAUAGGUGCUUACCAAAUAUCCUCCAAGACGGUGAAGACUGUUGAAACACACGAAACACACAUGGAGGAGUCCAGCACAUUUCAAGUAAAGAAGACUACUCUACCCGCAUCUAUCCUAACAAAACCACAGUCCCUCACCUUAAAUGAGGGAGAGACUGCAAGAUUUGCAUGUGAUGUUGACGGUGAACCAGUGGCAACUGUAACCUGGAUGCGUGAGGGACAAAUUAUCGGAUCUUCUGUUCGCCACCAUGUCACUACAGAACAGUACAAGUCUACUUUUGAAAUCACCUCUGUUGAGAUGUCAGACGAAGGCAGCUACUCAAUCAUGGUGGAAAACUCUGAGGGCAGCCAAGAGGCGCACUUCAGUCUAACCAUCCGCCGAUCGGAAGCCAAAGAGGAGGUCUCUUCUACAGUGACAUACUCAUACGAAGAGCCUCCAAUGCAUUCCCCUAGUCCAGUCACAUCUCCACCAAGGAUGAAGUCUCCUGAAUCAAUUAGCUCUCCAAAGAGAGUUAAGUCCCCUACCAGCCCUACACCUAAGUCACCCACUGAGAAAGUCACCCUCAAAACCAAGCCCUCCAUCUCAUCUGGUCUUCAGGACAUGACCGCAUCUGCAGAUUCCAUCGUCAAGCUGACAGUGAAAAUGACUAGAGAUCCUAAAGCUGAGAUCUCAUGGAUGAAGGAUGGAAAGACUCUCAUUCACGGUGGAAAAUAUGAAAUUCAUGAAGAGCAUGAUUCGGCACACCUUGAAAUCUAUGAAUCUGAGGCCUCUGACAGUGGAGUUUACAAAUGCACAGUUACCAAUAGUGCUGGGUCAUCAUCCACAAGCUGCAUUGUCUCUAUUCAAGCCUCAAACAAAUCCAAAGCACUUGCAACAAAAACAGAAAUUUCAGAGCAAGUUAUUAAAAAGGAAAUUGUCUACGGAGAGGUUGAGUCUUACACAGAAAUCAAGGCAUCCCAUACUCAGAUGGCCAUGACUGAAGGCCAGUCUCUCACCCUGAGAGCCAACAUCCCCAGAGCUUCAGAUAUCAGAUGGAUCCUGAACGGAAUGGAACUGGCCAACUCAGAGGACUACAGAUAUGGUGUGUCUGGAAACAACCAUACUAUGACCAUCAAAAAGGUCAGCCAAUACGAGCAGGGGGUCAUCACAUGUGAAGCCAAAACCGAACAUGGCCUUGUCAAGUGCCAGUUCAACACUACUGUCACUGAAGCACGAUCAGAUGCACCAUCAUUCCUUGUGCAGCCACGCUCUCAGAAUGUCAAUGAAGGACAGAACGUCAAGUUCACAUGUGAGAUUGCAGGAGAGCCUGCCCCUGAAAUCGAGUGGUUUAAGGACAACAUAAUGGUAUCUAUGACCUCAAACACGAAACUGAGCCGUUCCAAAAAUGUAUACACUCUGGAGAUUAUUGAGGCCACAGUUGCAGACAGCGGCAAAUACACCAUCAAAGCCGAAAACAAAUAUGGACAGUGCUCUGCAACAUCAUCUCUCAAUGUCAUCACUCUUGUUGAAGAACCUGCCAAAAUGGUUCUAAUGGAGCAAAGAGCUGCUGCUGCCAGCUUGCACAGUGACAGUUUCUCAGCCACAUCAGUCCAUAUGGCUGGAGCAUCAAUGACACAUGAAGGUUCUUUCCAAAGACAAUUUGAAAGCAUGUCUGCUGCUAGCAUGUCCGCCAUGACAUCUGAAUCAAUGGUAUCCAUGAGCUCCAGCAGUAUGAUGAAAAUGUCAAGUGAAAUAACGUCAAGUCAUGCUAGUUCAAUGUCAACUCAUGGAUCCUCAAUGACUGCUCUUACUCAUGGUGUUGGUAAAGCUCCCAAAAUCGAAUUUCUCCCAGAGGAUGUCAGCAUUGAGCCAGGAAGGCCUUUGAGCGUGUCCUGUGCUUUCUCUGGAGACCCAACACCUGAGAUUGAGUGGACCCGCACAGGGAAACAGUGUGAUGAAGACAGUGACCGGUUCCACAUCGAGACCACGGAGGACCUCACCACCCUUGUAAUCCCCUGUGUGAAGGAAGACGAUGCCGGAGCGUAUACCCUCAAACUGUCCAACAAGCUUGGAUCUACCAUGGCAACUGUCAACAUUCAUAUUCGAUCCAUGUAAAAAACAACAACACGUAAACAUAUAAUUUCUAUCCCCCAUUUUCCCUCCUCCAGUACCUUUUUAUUUAUUGAAUUAGCAAAAAUAAUCUUUACUUGAUAAAGACCUGGAUUUCUGUUCUUGUAAAUAUGAACUAUUUUUAUACCAAACUUGACAUAAAUUUAUGCCAAACUAGACUAAAGUCUAAAGUUGUUAUAAAAUGUGCCAUAUUGGAUAAUUAUGACUAGGAUUUUUGAACCACUUUUCUGUGACAUGUACAUAAUGUAUAUAGCCGAAUUUAACGGUUAUGGAAAAUGUAUGAAUUGUUAUUUAUGACAAUAUUAACUGAAACAAAAGGAACUAAAUGUUUAACAGGAGAAAGUUUCACAUGAAACGAAUACCCUGAAAAACCUGAAACUAAACUCCGUGCCUCAACAAAAAGUUGAAGUCUUAAGAUUUCCUCAACAGGUAGAGAGGUUCCCUGUUGAAGUUUAUACUAAAUCAGAGAAAGACAAUGUUAUGCACCGUGCAUCUGUGCGUGCAAUAUUACAAAUACUCAUAUGAAUUGUAACAUGAUCAUAAGACCCUGAGUGCUGUUUGCAUAAACCCUCAUGUAAGUAGCACAACUAGGCCUUGUGUUCAGACUGACUAUGUCAUACCACCAUUUUAAUGACAUGCUCAAGGUGCGAGCGGCCUGCACUUUGAGCUCUAUUUUUAUGUGCUCUGUUUCCGGCAAUGGACAGUUGAAUUGGCUUUUUAAAACUUAACAUCACCUGGCCAUUAAAAAACAAAAGUCAAUUCAAGUACUUCGUUGCAGAAACAGUGCCACCUCUUGGAGGAUUGUUAGGUAAUAUUUUGUGUGUGUGAGUGUGUUUUAGUUUUAGAAUUUCACCUUGCCAGUAGUCAGGGUAACCAUCAAGUGAAUGUACCAUGGUGAUACCAUCUACCGUGAAACAAAGAAAGCAAAAAGCAUGAAUAAUAAUGCCCUGCACUUUGAUUUAACUGAGUCUAUUGAUGUAGAAUUACUACUAUAUUCAUCCUCCUUGAGUUUUAUUUGACUGAUUUAAUAAAGCAUGAUUUCAGCACUA